AGGAGCCAGCAGAUUCCAGGUCCUAUGGGGGGGGGGGAGGACAGGAAAGUUGGUGCACACAGUCCUUUUUCUGGUGUGGGGUCUUCCAGCAGUUGUAGUUUUGACAAGAAGCUGGAGGAGAGGAGGACCUGAAAUUCACACCCACCCCUUCCGGUAUCCUGUGAACAGUCCGGGAAAAUACGCACUGAUACCAAGAGGGGAGGAAGUGGCUUGAUGAAACGUUUGGAGCUGACAAACUUGUUUGUGUCAGCAUCCCUAUGCUUGUGCGUCUUGGAGCAGAGAGACAACAAAAGCCCCCAGUGGAACUGACCGGCAGAAAAGGAGGCAAGUGAGUGCAGGGUCCAGCCAGUCUCCCUGGCUACCCAGUUCCAUCAAGAAGAAGUUUCUGCAACUAGACAAGCAUGGCAGGAGCGGUGAGCCCUGCGCUACAGAAGCUCAUAGUUUGGGCAGCGUUUCUGCUGAUGCAAGGUAAGUGAUCAGGAUCCGUCCGGACUAGGGGAAGCUUUUACUUAUGCAGUCAAAGGGGUUUAGAACCUGAGGGCAGAUCUCCACCACCCCCUCCCAGCCCAAUGGAAAGGAGAGAAUCUUUGAUUAACUUUCUGAGCAUACUUGGAAAACUAUGAUGAAGGCUGUGGUCUUGCACACACUUAUGUGGGAGUAAAGUCUAUUGAAGCAAGAAGGCUGUGCUUUUCAGUUAACAUGUUUCAGAUUGCCCUGUAAGACUAGCCUGAAAGGGGGGGGGCUCGCUUCCCCAACGCUCUUCACUGCUGCAACAACCCCCUGAAUUUAUAGGAGAAAGAACCACAAAUUUCCCAGCAACACGAUUAAGCCUCCCAAUAAAAUAUUUGAGGGGGCUGCCCCCCAAGUUGAAGCGCAUUGCCAUUCAAAUGGUGUGCAUGCACCACAUCAUGUGAUUGAUUAUGCAAGGCAGGGCUUACCUGGGUCCCCCUCCUGACAUUUUUUUCACGUUGGCACCCCGCCAUAACGUAAGAUGUUUUGCAAAUGUCACCUGGAUCUUGGGUCGUGUUCCUCUUGUUUCCUGUCGUUUUGCAAAACAAAAACAAAAACCUAUCGUCAAACUGAUUGAUUAAAAAGAAAUCUCUGCAUUUUUUAAAGCCUGGAAUGGAAUGUACUGCCAGAUCUUAGCUAGGUUCACUUACAGUGAAAACUCUGGCAUAUUUCCUUGAGUCAGAAGUCAGUCCCUCUGCGAGUGUUCAGUGGGGUUUGUCCUAGUUAAAUGUGCAAGUUUCACUGUGUUCAAUGGCCUUACUGCUAGCCUGUGGUGCUAACACUAAUAAUAAUAAUAAUAAUAAUAAUAAUAAUAAUAAUAAUAAUUUUCUACCCCGCCCAUCUGUAUGGGUUUCCCCAGCCACUCUGGGCAGCUUUCAACAGGUUAAAAACGCAUUAAAACACAAUCAUUAAAAACUUCCCUAAACAGGGCUUAACUUGUAAGUCAGAAAUAAGCCACACUGGACAUACUGGAGCUUCCUUCCAAAUUUUGAAUAAAUUCGCUUAAAAUUGUACUGUAGGUAAGGCAAAUAUAAAGUGAGCCCACUGAAUCCUAACUUUCCCUUGAGCACUAUUGGCUUGAUUUAGGAAAUUUGGGUUGCUAGGUUAUCCCCCCGGAGCUGUGAUAAAAACCACUUGUCUUCCUAACUUUGCCUUCAGAAUUCUGUCCCAUGAUAUGCUUAAUAUUACUGCACUACUGUUGUGCAAGUAGUUACAACACAUCUGGAGCUCCAAACAAAAUAUUUAAUUUGCCAUUGGUACACAGUGGGAUCUAAGAACACGUGAUCUUUUGAUUUGGAUUUGCUUUGUUUGGCGUUCUGGGAUGUUUGGAGAAUUUGAUUUUAGAAUGAAUUGAUUUUAGAAUGCUGUGUUACUUUUAUUGUUGUUAGCCGCUCUGAGCCCGGCCUCGGCUGGGGAGGGCAGGAUAUAAAUAAAAUUUUAUUGUUUAUUAUUAAGAAUGUAAGGAGGCAGUGAUUUCCAUUCUGUCCUGAACCCAUUGCAAUUGGCACUGUUUCUCUUCUGCUACAGUUCAGCUUCUGCUAUUUUACUAUGUGCUGUGGCCGAAACUAAUAUAAUUACGCCAAUAAUUAUGUAAUUAACUUCCAUGCAUUUCAAUGGAAAGAAAUGUCGGAACAAUGCAUAAAACAGCACACUUAUUGAUGUAACAUUUGCAGACUAAAAAACCAUGAUAGCAAAUACCACUUGUAGUCACCUGGGUGGUUUUCGUUUCUGACCUUAGAUGGACAAGAGAACUGUAGCAAUUCAAGGUGUUAGGUAAGGUAAGGUUUAUAAAAUUGAUAUAUUGCUUUCCAUUACAAAAAUUCCCAAAGCAAUUUGCCAAGUAAAAAUGCAAUAGUGAGAAUCACAUAAGCAUGUUGAAAACAUAGAAUCAGUGACGGGAGAAAAUUUAUUUAUUUAUUAUUAUUAAUUGUUGAAUUUAUAUACUGCCCUAUACCCGCACGUCUCGGGCGGUUCCCAGAAUAAAAUCAAAAUACAGUGGUACCUCUGGUUAUGAACUUAAUUCGUUCCAGAGGUUCGUUCUUAACCUGAAACCAUUCUUAACCUGAGGUACCACUUUAGCUAAUGGGGCCUCCUGCUGCCACUGUGCAAUUUCUGUUCUCAUCCUGAGGUAAAGUACUUAACCCAAGGUACUACUUCCGGAUUAGCAGAGUCUGUAACUCAAAGUGUUUGUAACCCGAGGUACCACUGUAUACAACCACAAAAUACACAAUCAAAACAAAGACAACCCAACCCCCCCCAAAAAAACACAUUUCAAAAGGGCAUGGGAUGUUGACACACACAUCCUUUGAAAUUCACACUUCUCCAGAUUUUGCAAUGCAGCAAACUAAUGUGUGGAAAAAUGCACAUACUGUAUAACAUAUGCAUUAAAAUGCAAGUAUUCAUGAAAAUAACAUAGAAAAAUUAAUUAUAUUAGGGAAAUCUGCUUUGCCAGAUUGUGUACAGGCAGCGACUAUUUUAGGUGUGUCCAAAUGAUGCAUGAUUGCUGAUAUGCGGGUACUUUUGGACUUGAAAGAAGGUGGAAUGGGGCAGAAUGGAGCGUAACAGGGCGGGGCACACAAAUACGUACUGACUGAUGCACAUGGUGUCCAGGAAUGGAACUCCCAUGCGAAAUGGUCAUCAUUUGUAUACAGUAUUAGGCAAAAUUCUAUGCAAUAAAUGAAUGCAUUAGCACUCAAAUGCUGAUGAUUUUUCAUGAGGACUUAAAAAAAUAAAUUGCAAAGUGAUGUGGGAAUGUGGAGAACCAAACUUAGGACUAGAAAAACAAGGAACUGGACAGCUUUCCUCAUCCCUAAUAGAUUUCAGUGUCAUAAAAUGGUCCAUCUCCAUGAGAACCACCCCAUCCAGCUUCAAAUGAACACCAAAACAAACAGUCAGUUGUUGGCACUGCCCAAAUGCCUGGGAAAACAAAGACGUCUCUGGCUUCAAAACAAUUCCAACGUUUGUGGCAGGCCAAUCUUCUUGGGCAGAGCAUCCCAUAGACAGGGUGCUAUUACAGAAAAGGCCCAUUCUCUCGUUUGCACCCUCCAGGCCUUCCUCGAAGGAGGCUUGCACAGCAGGGCCUCAGAUGAUGAUCUCAGGGUCUGGGCAGGUUCAUAUGCAGAAUGGCAGCCCUUUCGAUAUAGGGGUCCUGAACUGCGUAGGUCAAAAACAACCAUUGCUUUUCUUACUAAUUCACAUUAGUUUGCUCAGAUGAUCAGCAAUAAUGGGAGAGCUGUUUAUUUUAGAUGCUGCCUGCUCCCUUCUUUGUGUUUAUUUCAUGGAAAUGAUGAAAUGCUUUCUUUCUUAUUUUGAAAAGCUUUGCAGUGUGAUGACGGGGGCUUUGGUUCUAGAACUCUAAAAGGGAGCAACACUGCCACUUUUACAAAGUUGUUGCUAAUGCACAUCCCCUUUUGAAGAAAGGCCCCACCCCCAGCUGUGUUGAUUCACUCCGGGGGUCAAAACCUGCAGCCACUGUACCAAGUGAUGAAUACUUCCCAUCCCUCUCUUUUCCUCCACCUAGCCCAAAUCCUGUUGCCCAGUUCUCUCAUUUCCUGCUGCUUGUUAGGAUGGUAAUACAGAAUCUGAAUGGGCUAAGAUGAAAAAGUGGUGGGGUGGAAUGCUUAGAUGUUUCUUUAGAAACAAAUAUUGAAAAGCAGGAAAUUCCUGAAAUGUUACACACCGGCCUGUCGUCAUGCUCGGUGAAUGUGGGAAAGAUAGGGAAUCAGGAAGCUUCAGUGGUAGCACCAGGGGGAAAAAAGUUUUUGCAGGGAUACAAAGAAAGGAAAAAUGACCUUUCUGGGUGGCUUGAACUUGGGAAAAGUCCCUUUACUUCAAACAGCCAAGUCCAGCAACAAAAUACCGGGGGGAGAGGGGGAAUUAAAGUAUUUUUCUGGGUCUUCAUCUGCACUAUACAUUUAAGGCAGUAUCAUAGCACUUUAAGCAGUGAUUGGUUCCUCAAAAGGAACCUUGGAUUACUGCUCUACGUGGGGCUACCUUUGAAGGUGACCCGGAAACUACAACUAAUCCAGAACGCGGCAGCUAGACUGGUGACUGGGAGCGGCCGCAGAGACCACAUAACACCGGUCUUGAAAGACCUACAUUGGCUCCCAGUACGUUUCCGAGCACAAUUCAAAGUGUUGGUGCUGACCUUUAAAGCCCUAAACGGCCUUGGUCCAGUAUAUCUGAAGGAGCGUCUCCACCCCCAUCGUUUUACCCAGACACUGAGGUCCAGCACCGAGGGCCUUCUGGCGGUUCCCUCACUGCGAGAAGCCAAGUUACAGGGAACCAGGCAGAGGGCCUUCUCGGUAGUGGCGCCUUCCCUGUGGAACACCCUCCCACCAGAUGUCAAAGAGAACAACAACUACCAGGCUUUCAGAAGACAUCUGAAGGCAGCCCUGUUUCGGGAAGCUUUUAAUGUUUGAUGUAUUAUAGUAUUUUAAUAUUCUUUUGGAAGCCGCCCAGAGUGGCUGGGGAAGCCCAGCCAGAUGGGCGGGGUAUAAAUAAUAAAUUAUUAUUAUUAUUAUUAUUAUUAUUAUUAUUAUAAAAGAAUCUUGGGAAUUGUAGUUUGCUAAGGGCACUGAGUGUUGUUAGGAGCGGGGUGAGCCAUGGACCUGGGCAUCGAUUUUUGAGGGGGUACGAAACCCCUCUGUGAGGUGCUCCUCUUCUGGUGUUGGAGGAACCAAGGCUCAUUGAGAGGAGCAGCGGGCAGCGCUGUCCUGGGGUGCCGGCUUGGGGGCGCCUGGUCGGGCCUGCCAAGUGCCACAUUGUUUGGCCAGAUUCCCCCUCCCGGCAUGGGCAGGCAAGUGGAGCGGUGCAGGGCAGAGUCACUCUGGUGGUGUCAGAAUAUGGAAUAUGGAAAAUGGAAUAUGGAAAAAUGGAAUGUUUAUGUUUUUGAAUAUGUACAAUCAGAAAUAUUCGCACAGAAAAUGGCAGAGGAUAGAUGGGAAAAUAAAUGCCAAAGAAUCACAAAUAAAUGGGCAUUUUACAGGAGCUGGAUAGAAAGAGGGGAAGCCAACCCUAACAUACAAGCUCAAAUGAACAGACUGUGUACAUGGAUAAAGAUAUGAAGAAGGAAGGCUUGACCGGGGAGGGGGGGUUUGGAGUGGGGAGGGAGAGGGGGAAAAAAGAAAGGUAAACCGGAUGGUAUUUUGAAUUGAUUUUGUUAUGUAAGCCUUUUUUCAGAAACCAUAUAUAUUAAUGUUAUGUAGUUAUGCAUUGUAGUAUGAAUGAAUUUUGUUUUGUAUUCUUUGUUUUAUAGAAUAUAUAUAAUGAUGUUAUGUUACUAAGCAAAUUUAAUAAAACAGUUAAUAAAAAAUAAAAAAAAAACUCCGGUGGUGUCGGUGGUGAGGGCUGGGGUGCUGUGCCCGGCUCCUUCACCCCCCGUGCCUCUGCCCCCCCAGCGUGCAUGCACCUCCCCGGGAGUUGAGAAUUCACGCAAUGCCACUGGUUAGGAGACCCCCAUUGCCCUCACAGAGCUACAAUUCCUGGAGUGGUUUAAUAGUCAACCUCUCUUCCCAGGGAAGUCUGGGAAUUGUGGCUCUGUGAGGAGAAUAGAGGUUGCAUGAUAAUAGUGGCAGAGGGUGGGUCUUGUGCAACACACCUACUUCUAGAAAGUACUGGACUUGGAGGACUUCUGGGAGAUGAUGGCACCCGGUCAAGUCUCCCAAGUGUGCUUUAUAAGCUGGUCUCCGACCGUAAUAAAUUAUCUAUCUAUCUGCUGGACUUGGAGAUUUGCAUGAGACAGGUUGCAGAAAGCAGAGUUUUUGACUGGGAAAUAGGGGGAGGAGAAGGGUUAUUGUGUCUCAAAGGGAGCCUAGAGGCCCACCGGUCCAUUCUUUGUGGCUGAAGGUCCUUGACUUUCUGCUGCUUGCGAGGGGACAAUGUCAGGAAAUUCUGCACAGGAAGCUCUGAGGGGAUUACUAUGUAUUGCCGCAAUAACAAUGAGUUUGCUUCUCAGAGGCUGUGGAGCAGCAGAGUGCCAUUCUACAGAAAGCUUAAAUCAAGGGCUGGGGCUUUCUCCAUCUCUCGUUAAAUUUUAGAAGUUUGAAAGGCUGGGAAAAUUGUGCCUCACAUUAAACAGAGAGGCUAGAAAACGGACGGCGGUUACUAACAGGCACUGAGAUAAGGAGACCAAGCGUGCUAUACUGUACUUGUCUACCCAGUCUAAUGGGAUUAAUCCCAGGAGUAGUAUGUAUAGGUUUGCCAUCUAAGAGGACCAAUUGAUGUUGUUGAUUCUGACAGUGAUGUUAUUUAGAGCAUUAAAAUGUCCAAGGCACAUUCAUGUUCUCAGCAACCUUCGCAAUGCAUCAUUGUCAUUUUGAUAUUUUUGGAUGGAGAGCUGAUUCUAAGGGAGAGGCAGAGCAAUUCAAACUCCCUUAUGGGGAGGGUGGGGUAGGGAUUGGAUUAAAUGGAAGUGCUGUUCUACUGGUCUCCUUCUGACCCACCAGCAGGGCAUGCCAUCCUCCUUUGGGUGAGCAGGAAGCAAGGUGGCAAGUCAUUCAACAGCCGAGCCCAGGCUGAAGCCCCCAAAGUGGAACAUUCUGAGGCAGUUUGGGAUUUGCUGAACCCCAAACUGGUCUUGCUGUCAUCGCACAAUGCCAUUGGGCCCAUUGCCUAACCUGUGCACCAGCCUGCAGCUGCCACAGGGAUCAGGCUCAUUCAUCCUUCUGCCAUAGCUGGUGCGGUGAUCUGGCUGGCCUGAAAAUGCAGACUUUUUCCUUGCUUGCUGAAGCAGCAGCAGCAGCAGCUGGUGUAGGGGUGGGAAGGGAGAAAGGCUUUCUUUCCUUUGUUAGUCCACUUCCACACCCACCAGUGGAGGAGGAAAGUGGCCAGUAGGGGCACUGACCUCUCAUCAUACUGUCAUUUGCAGCAGCACCUGCUGGUGGCGGUGUGAACUACAGCAUGACGACAACCUUACACAAAUAUUAUGUGUAAAUAUUGACAAGGAUAUCUGGUUCUCCAAUGAGGCUGUGUUCGCAAUACCCCUGCUGUUAUCAUCCGAAUACCCCUGCAGGUUAGGCACACAGUGACUCACCCAACAUUCGUACAUUUUGUGGCUUAGCAGGGACUUGAAACCAAGUAUUCCAGUCUAUGACCAACAAUAUAGAUUCUGCAGAGCACUGGUAUGAUGCAAGGUGCAAAAAUAUGACAUAGGUUACUUUGCUACUGGUUUGUUUGGAACGUUUGAGUCAACCCAGUGCUGUGUUACUGUAGGUGGCAAGUAGUCCAGCAAAGGAAUGGAAAGACAAAAAAGUGUUUGAUGGGGGAGAAUGAAGUUUAUUUUUUUUCUGUCCCUCUCUCUCCGUUUCUUAUUCUCCCAGGUUCAAAGUCUCGUUCAGAGGAGGUUGUACCAUAUAUCAUCGAUCACCCCUCUGACCUCGUGGUACGCUGGGACCAGGCUGCAACCUUGAACUGCCGUGCGGCCGGGAACCCGACACCCACCAUUGAGUGGUAUCGCAAUGGCGAGUAUGUGAAGACAAACAAAGACGAUGGUCCCUCCCAACGCACCCUCCUGCCGGGUGGCUCCCUCUUCUUCUUACGCCUCAGCCAGAGGAAGGGGAAAUCGGACGAGGGGGUAUACAACUGCGUGGCCAGAAACCACCUGGGGGCAGCCGUUAGCAAGAAUGCGUCUCUUUAUGUGGAAGGUAAGGCAUUGGGAUCUGCUUAGAGAGUUCCGUACCGGGGAAGCCACUUCUAUCUGGGUGGGACUAGGGACUCACCUACAUUAGUCAAAAACUUCAUUUUAAAUACGUUGUAAACAUGCAAUACUAGAUGGCGCUGUAGAGCAGAAAACUUUUCUAUGCAAUUUUACACAGAGUUCCCUCCCCUUUGGUUAAAGCAAUUUAAUUUAUGGCUUAUUUACUGCGUCCCCCCCCCCCGUAUCAAUCCACCCUUGAGGGGCUGCCAAAUCUGUCCAUUGUCAUUUCUCUUGAUUUUCUCAUUUGUCCAAUAUUAAGUUCAAUUCUCCACAUUGUUUGAUGGGUGGUGGCAGAAUAAAGUCCUCCUGAAAAUUUCUUCAGAUUUGAGUGCAAAUUUCUCCUUGUAUGCACAUUUUUGUAUCAAACUUUGCCAAAUAGGCACUCCCCCCCCCCAAGGCAGCUUCCCACAACAUAAUUCAUUCUUGUAUGUUAUUUACACUAAUAGUAUGCAUUUCUACGCGUGCUUUAUCUCAGUAGAUGCACUUUUGUUUGUCUUACUUGGCUGGAAAACGGCACUGCAAAAUUUGGAGAAGUGCACAUUUUGAAGCCUGUCUUCGUUUUGUAUAUUGUUUUGGAAAGCACAAGGCAGGUAGAUUUACCUUUAAAUGUGAACUAAAUCCAAUCCCACCUACCGACGGUGAGAUCUUGUUUCUUUGGGCCUAUGAACUUUUCCCCUAGACUAUGCCACUGACUGCAGGUGUGCAUUAUUUGUAAAGACUGUUUAAAUGCUUUUACCUUAAGAAACGGGGACGUGGGUGGCGCUGUGGGUUAAACCACAGAGCCUAGGACUUGCUGAUCAGAAGGUCGGCGGUUCGAAUCCCCGCAAUGGGCUGAGCUCCCAUUGCUCAGCCCCUGCUUCUGCCAACCUAGCAGUUCGAAAGCAUGUCAAAGUGCAAGUAGAUAAAUAGGUACCGCUCCAGCGGGAAGGUAAACGGCGUUUCUGUGCACUGCUCUGGUUCACCAGAAGCGGCUUAGUCAUGCUGGCCACAUGACCCGGAAGCAGUACGCCGGCUCCCUUGGCCAAUAAAGUGAGAUGAGCACCGCAUUAGGCCACGAGUGGACCUAAUGGUCAGGGGUCCCUUUACCUUAAGAAACAGGGCGGACAAAAGAAAGAACUUCACACAGUACCUAGUUAAACUUGGGAUUGGCUCCCACAGGAGGCAAUGAUGGUGAGCAACUUAAAAGAGACAUCUUGUUGGCCACUGUGAGUAUAGGUUGCUCAGCUAGGUGUGCCACUGGCCAGAUCUAACAAGUUAUUGUUGUGUUCUUACAUUCUUACAAGCAAACCUUUACCUGUGCAUGGAAAGCUACCAUGUAAGAGAAAAGUCCUCAGGACAAACUGUCCCUCCUGUACUCGAUUUUCACAUGCAGGGAGCUUUUAACAUGGGAGAACUUUCAAAUAUACACCUCCCACCUACAAAAUGAAAUGAUCCACAGUCCCUGGAGGACUGUUUGUUUGAAUUAGUUCUUUGAUACCUACCUACCAACCAACCAAUCUUUAUUGUUGUGAUCAGAGAUCAGCCACUAAAUUAUUGCCAAACAGCUAGCAGUGAAUGUCCACGUUGUUAAACUCAUGCUAAUAUCACUUUCAGUGCUCCUUGCCUCACAUUUUCCUCUCACAGCAGUCGUGAGCCAAGGCCUCAACUGCUCCCAUUUUACAGAUGAGAAAACUGAGAGAAAAGGGCUGGUUCAAUGUCACCCAGUGAAUUCAACGCUGUUGAUCCCAUCCAAUUAGUUUAGUGUGCUGAACUAGGAUUGGGGAUCAGGGGACGACAUUUUGCCUCUUGUAUUCAGGAAGCAGAGAGUAAUAAUGCCAUUCAUCCAUAAAUAAAUACAAUUAAAUAUAUGUAUACUGAGAGCAACAAUUAAGAAAAGUUCUGCCGUGUGUGUGUGUUUUGUUUUUAUAAAUACUUUUGACUUUCUAGCUACUCUCAUUACUCCUAUAUUCCAUGUUCUGCAUCCCCAGGGGUAGUAUAGAGAUAUCAAAUGCCCCAUCUCAGGCAUGCCCCGGACCACACCAUCUUCCGCACCUUUAAGCCCACAACGUCUCUCUUGCAGGAUUUCACAGUGCUAAUUAUUGGCACAAUUAAAAACCCUUUUUAAUAUUCAGGCUGGGAGACCCUCCAAUUAACACUUCAUUAACAAUCAGGCUCCAUCCGGCUCUCGUGGCCCAGUGUGAAGGUUCGCAGUGGUGUUUGGCAGCUAUAAAUAUUCAUGCAGGCGAAGAUGGUUUGGGAGAUGCUUCUGUUAGCAACACUAAAUUAAGUGCGCCACAUGGACUCGCUGUUCGAGCACGUGCAAGCAAAUAGUUCCCCUCCUCGGAUGUGCAUUGGGUCUUGCAUUGCCAUGGAGCGAUGCGAAACAUGCGCUCGGGCAAGCCAAUUCCAGACAUGGUCGCAGUUUUUCCUCUGCUCUCUGCCCCCCAACUGCCUCUGUGUGGGUCUCUGAAACAAAGUCAGUAGGAGGCUGGUGUUGCUUUGGUGUUUUUGCUUUGUGUCAGAUCAGCCCAUCGUGCAGAGUGAGGAGGUAAAAUGCUCCUCACUGGACCAUUUCAAAUAGCAAAUCUGUGUGUUUCAUACCAUUUAAUGAGCCAACACAUUUAUUUUAAAAGGGGACAACAUUUUAGCUGACUGAAACAUUUUGAAUUGAUUAAUAUCAUGAUUGUAGCUUAGAAAAAAAACCUGGCUCAGGGACAGAGCAUCUCUUAAUGUCCCAGGUUCAGUUCCUGACAUCUCCAGUUACAAGGGUCAGGUAACAGGUAAUGGGAGGACCUUUCCCUGUCUGAGUCACUGGAAAGAUGCUGGCAGUCACAGUAGACAAUAGUGGGCUGGCUGGAUAUAUAGUCUUAUUUUUGUAGAGGGAGGUCCCAUAGCCCAGUGGUUUGUACAAGGCAGUUUCCUCUGUUUGUUUGUUAAAUAUACAGAAUAAAAAAAGAAAUUCUUGUGAUUGAAAAGACCAGCAUUGCAGACACAAGCUUUUGUUCCAGACUGAUUGACUUUAAGAAAGUACUAUCUUCUUUUCCCAUACCCUAUGAUCACAAAAGCCAAUUAAAAUCCUCAGCUUGCUCAUACAUAUGCAGCAAAGUGGGAAGCCAUCAUUCACUAACCGUGAUCUCAGUUCUCCCAACACCUCCAGCACAAGAGGUAUUGUUACACAAAAUCUUUAGGGGGCAAAACCUAAAAGCUGGUGCUGGGGAACCACCAUAAACGUCCCACUGGGGACUGAAGACAGUCGAUGGCCAUGCAAUGUUGACUAACUGUUGAAAGGGAAUAAUGAAAAACUUGGAUGGAGGAGGAAUGGGGUGGAAUAUCUUGGAAGCUAGCAUGGCCAGUUGACUGAAUCCCUAAACAAGAAACACUCCACACUGGGAUGUUUUGUAAUAGGUUCCACUUAUAAUGUUAACAGAGUCUAGAUCAUACUUCUUCUGAGUUUACUAGCUAAAAUAGCAGUUGUGGAUCAAAACUCCCUGUAAAAUAUUUGUGUAUUGACUUAUGCACUAGGAAGUUAUAUUUACAUUCCCAUAUGGUCAGGGGCAGCUAAAUUUGUCUCCCUCCCACUUCCGGGGUGGCGCCAUCGGCAAUGGCGGACUCCCUCUGAUCUGGAGGGACUAGCUCCACGCGAAACGGGUCUUUUCCGCUAUGGCGAAGCGGGGACCCUUUCAAAAAUCACAGGCAGAUGAAGCCUGUGACCAUGGGACUCGGCGGGCACCUUUAGCGCCCCCCAACCCGCAAAAGAACCCACUAACGGGCUCCGGAGCGAAGAGGGGGAAGUGGCGCGGUGCUGAGAGUCAACUGCUUCUUCCGUGGAGCGAAGCCGCACAGCCGUUGCCGGAGAGCGCUGCCUUUUCCUGGGACAAUUUGGCUUCUAAAAUAAUCACCCGUGAGUACUUAAAUUUCGGACAAUUGGACUUUAAAUAAGGACUUGCGAGCAGAAAGGAAAAUUGGACUUAAAAGUUUACCUCAAUUUGGCACUGAAACGGGAAGGUCUAAACAGGAAGUCAGCCUUCCGUUUCUUUGUAGAUAGAUUAAAGCAAAGACAUGGCAAACUAGAGCUCAGAAAAUCGCUUGUAAAAGAUUAACUUUCAUCAUUUAAAAUUGUUGAACCCCCCUUUGGAAGCAGGAGAAGAGGGGGGAUUUUUUCGGACUGUUUAAACCUGCAGAAGUGAGUGUAAAGUAAAGUAACUUUCCACCGUCCUGAUCCUGGAGCGGGGUGUCAGGACUGACGUUUUUUGAAGCUCAUUGACCAGAGACAAACUUUUUGACAGAUAGCUAUAAGAAGAGAAACAUUGAUUCCAUUGUUCCCCUUCGCAUUUUAAAGGAACAAAUAUUGACAAAAUAUCUGAAAAAGGAAACUUUGUUGUUAGACUUGUCUUUAAAAGAAAGAACAAAUAGAAGUUUUCCCCCUAGAGGGAGUCUGUGAAACUGUAACCAACUCCGGGGAGCUUGCAGCUGUUACAGAUUACAAUUGUGGGAAUAGACUUCUGACCUUGCAGGACAAUGUAUUCAGAAGCUCUGUUGCGUGCUUUCUGUAAAACAAAUGCCCUACUGGAACAGCUACAUGAGAAGACGGAUUUGAUGACUGACGCGAUCAGAAAUUUUGAACAGGCAGUGGGAAAUUAUAUGGAGUCCACCCAGGAAUUAAAUCAGGAGUGUGCCCUGACAGAACAGAUGAGGGAAGAGGAUGUUACUGAAUCUUGGGCGCCAGAGAUGAAGGGAGCUGUGGCCCAGCAGGAACAUGAGCUUUUGGACUUGACAAAUGAACUUGGAAAAAGCCAGAUUUGGAAAGAUAAAGUUUGGUUUGGUUUGGAAAUGGGGGGUUGGAUAGACCCCCCUAUGCAGGGAUGUUUGGACCUUUCAAGUCUGGCAAUGGGCCGUGAGAUGUUUGGGGUUGUGGGGGCUCUUAAUUUUGGAGGGAUUUUGAAACAUGUUCUUAAAUACCACAUGGAGUUUAGUGUGGACUAUGGAAAAGGGGCUGAUUUGUCGAGAAGGGUCAAAAACAUUGUUAAACUGGAGUUCCAAAGGAAAAUACAGUUAUAAAUUUGAAGAAGAGCUGCGGAAGGGACAUGGAAGAGACUUAAGGGCAUCGGAUACAAGGUUACCAGGUUAAUGCGCUAGAUCGAUGGGAUAAUAAGGAGGAAGGGACGCUGGAUGAAGAUUGGAUUGUUUUUAUUUUAUUUUUUUACUACUAGGAUUGUUAUAUAAAAUUGAUGAAUGUUAGAAAAAUGUUGGAAUGAAAUUACUUGGCUUUAGCAAAAAUGUUUAAAGAAUUAUGUAAGAAUAUUAUGGUUAUGAGAAGUUGGUAAAAAUAAGAUUUAAGUUUUAAGCUUUAAUUUUUUUAUAGUAAGAUAAGAUUAAAAUAGAUUAAGGUAAUGUAAUGACAGAAUAUUAUGAAAUAUGGAAAGGAUUUGCUGCGACAAUUAACAACUAGGAUACAAAAAGGGAGGAGGAGGAGGUCAAAGAAAGAAGGUAAUGACAGUUGAGGAUUUGAGAAUGAUGGAUUUGUUUUUGAGUGUUUGUGGUGUAUUUUUGUUUUUUGAAUUUGUAUUGUUUGAUGUGGUUUGUUUUUUCUUUGUUUUUUCUUUCUCUUUUUCUGCUUUGUUCUCUUUUGUAAUUCUAAAAAUUUUCAAUAAAUAUCAUUAAAAAAAAAAAAUUGUCUCCCUCCCAGAUGUUGAGACGCUUUUCUCAUUUCUACAGCAAAUAUAACCCCCUCCUGUAUGGGCACAUCUGUUAAUUUUGGCUUCUCUCAAUUUCUCAUUUUUCCCAGUUGCAAGUUCAGGUCUCUACAUUUCUGCAUCAGUUUGUGAUUUUAUUUUUAAGUAGCAUUUUAGAGCAAUUUUCGCAUAAUAUGCACAUUCUCGUGCACAAUUUCCCCAUAGUUUCUGAUUAUUUCCUGAUAUGAAUUCAUUUUAUGUCUUAUCUUCAUUAAUAUGCUCAUUUUUGAACACACUUUCCCCAAUAGACAUCCUUUUUUUGGUGCAUUAUUUGUUUGGAGAAUUUCAAUGCAAAAUUCAGGAAAGUGCGAAUUUUCAAGAAUGGCUGCUUUUUGGUUAGCAGAUUGCAUUGGGAAGUGUCAGUUAGGUUGGUUCCCAUUUAAAUGGAGAUCAACCAAAUUUCUCCACCAUCCAUAGUCCUCUACCAUCCUUCUUCGGCAGUAGAAUUGACCUAUUUCUUUGUUACAGCGCAGUCGCUGCAAUACAGCCUAAUCUUUUCUCUUGGUCUGCGCUGGGAAACGUGGGGCGGGAGACUUUUGGAAACAAUUAAGGAUUAUUUUGUUUAACCGUCUAAAAAUAUCUAGCAAUAACAUCCUAAGGUACGGUCUCAGCAGGUUGCUGCUUGUAAGAAGUUGACUCAUCUCCUGGACUUUUGAUUAUAUUACAAAGGAGUCACAUCCUUCAGGAGGGAUGAAUGCAGGAAGCAGGCAGAAGACUGGAAGGCAAGGGGAAAAGGCUGCCUCUCUCUCUCUCUGUGGGUUUCUCCCUUCUGAUUGUGUUCCCAGUUCGGGUUGUCAAGGCAAUUGUUAUAUUUGAAGCAGAAGGAACUGCAGGAAGACGGCUUCCCAUAAAUAGCCACGCUAGUUCUCAUUUUGUUGCCACAGGAUGGGGUGAUGGUUGCUAGCUUAGAUGGUUUCAAAAGGAGAUUGGACAAAUAUAUGGAGGAUAAUCCCAUCAAUGGCUAUUAGCGUUGAUGGCUAAAUGGAAACUCCAGGUUCAGUGGCAUUGUAUCUGUGAAUAGUACCGGUUGAUGGGCAGUAACAGCAGGCAAGGACUUCUCCCUGUUGGCCAACUGAGCUUUGCUGGUCCGAAGGAGGAAAAAACUUAAACGCGGUGCAGAGUUUCCAAAAAAUAGACCGGAGGCAGUUGUACUUCAUCCAGCAGAGCUUUACUGAAGGCAAAUGAGCACAAUGGUCACAAAUCCAAUACAGUCAUACCUUGGUUGUUGAAUGUAAUCUGUUCCGGGUGGCCAUUCGACUCCUGAAACAGUUUGAAAACCAAGGCACGGCUUCUGAUUGCCUGCAGGAGCUUCCUGCACUCAAUCGGAAGCCACGGAAGUCGCAUCAGAUGAAAAACGUUUGCAAACAGGAACACUCACUUCUGGUUUGCAGCAUUCAGGAGCCAAAACGUCCGAGUACCAAGGCAUUCGAGAACCAAGGUAUGACAGUACAUUCAGGAUUGGCACAGUUGCAGCACUUACAAUAAAACUUACAAUGACUUAUAAUAAGACUAAACCUUAACACUAUAGCGUACAGAACAGCACACCACAACAAAGAGACAGAAAGAGUAAGCUGAGAGCCCAGGCUCCUUCUGGCCUUAUUAUUAUAGUCAGCAUGGCCUUGACAGUAAGAUAAGAGAACCAGUUUAAACCAGCUUUACUCAGCUUCUCAGAAGAAAUAACCCAAACAAGAACCUUCUGCCUGUUUCUUUCAUAUGGAAAGAAAACUUUCCAGAAUCCAGAACUACUUGAACCAAGUAGAAUAGGAAAGAUCUCUACACAUCAGAUCAAUACUUUCUGUACUAAGAAAUGAGAACUGCUACUCCCUUCAUGUUCUGCUUGUGGGUUUCUUGAAGGUAUCUACCUUGCAAGGGUGGACUUUGGUCUUUCAAAGUUCAGCGGCACCCUGUGCGAGCCUAAAAUUCAGCAACCCUUUCUCUCCCCUUUUGUUCUGUUCAAUUCAUGACGUCAUAGUUGCAGCACCCUGCGGCGCCCCCAAGGCUCAGUACCCAGUGUGGCAGAACUGGUGGCGCUGCCCUACGUCCACCUUUGUGGCUGGUCUCUUUGGGAAAUGGAGGCAUAUGCAAUGCAAGUUUCCUACUCAGAGUAGGCACCCUGAAGUUAAUGGACCUGAUUCACUUAGGUUCAUUCAUUUCUAUGAGUCUGCUCUGAGUAGCAUCAGCAUCAGAUGCAACCUGCAGUGUUGAAGUUGGGGGGCUUUUGGACAACAGGCCUCUUUUUGGUGGCCUUGGUGGUCUUUUGUAUUGUUCAAAAGAGCAGCAGCUGAUGGUGCUUUGAGUGAAGUGGGACAACAGAUGACAUUAAAUGGCUACUUGUACAGUCCAGCAGACUGACACUUGGAAAAAUGAUAAUUUUGAGAAGCCUCUAAAGGCUCAUCUAGCACAGCAUCUUCUUUCUUUCUUUCUUUCUUUCUUUCUUUCUUUCUUUCUUUCUUUCUUUUUUGCAAAAAGUGAGGGCGAGGAAACAUGCUUGCUAGGGUGCAUUGAUGUAGUUCAGCAACAUCCAAAGGAUAAAAAAUUCCCCACUCCUGCCUUUCGUGCACCUGAGCAUGUGAGCUACAGUGGUACCUCGCAAGACGAAUGCCUCGCAAGACAAAAAACUCUCUAGACGAAAGGGUUUUUUGUUUUUUGAGCUGCUUCGCAAGACGAUUUUCCCUAUGGGCUUGCUUCGCAAGACAGAAACGUCUUGCAAGUUUGUUUCCUUUUCUUAACACCGUUAAUACAGUUGCGACUUGACUUCGAGAAGCAACUCAUAGAACAGCGGUGUGGUAGCCUUUUGAGGUUUUAAAGACUUUGGUGAUUUUUGAAGCUUUUCCAAAACUUUCCCGACACCGUGCUUCGCAAGACGAAAAAAAUCGCAAGACGACAAAACUCGCGGAAUGAAUUAAUUUCGUCUUGCGAGGCACUACUGUAGUAUGCUUUUUCUGGGCUAGCAACUGUUGUGGAAUAGUGUGUGUGUGUGUGUGUGUGUGUGUGUGUGUGUGUGUGUGUUGCAGAGUUUUCUCAGCUGCUUGGCCUCGUACCAAGGUUGAACACACACUAGCUCCACACUACACACUUGCAGGCAAUUGAUGCUGCAAUUCAAUGCACAUGUUCCUGGGAAGAAGCCCCACUGAGCUGAGCAUUUGGGUUGCCAUACGUCUGGGAAAUCCAGGACAUGUCCUCUUUUGGGAGGCCAACAUGCCCAUCCGGGGGGAUUUUUACAUUUUAAAGGAAAUGUCAGGUUUUGGAGGGGUGGGGCGGUGUUAUUUAUUCAUUUAUUGGGGUUUUUUUUUGCUCGGGCUUGGCCCAAGCUGGGGAAAGAUGCACGUGUGCUGACAGCGGCUCAGGCUGUCCUCUUUUUUGCUCUUCAAGUUAUGGCAACCCUACUCGUUAUGGCUUCUCUGACAAUGGCAUGCCCAGGAUGGCAAUGUUAAUUGAAUUCCUUACAUCUAUAUCAUCAUUAUCAUCAUCAUCAUCAUCAUCAUUGACUUGGGCGCCUAUUUAAGCUCCAUCUCCUCUGUUUAUGUAGCUACACUCCAUCAUUGAAAACGAUUAAAAACACAUUAAUUAGAUGUGUGUGUGUGUGUGUGUUUUAGAAUCCACAAAGUAAUGGUAAAAUACAAACCAGAAUUAAGGAAUUUAUACUGCAGCGCUCUCUUGAUGCAGUAAACAUGUGAAAGGCAAUUCAAAGCCUUUGAAGAGUGGUAAAAAUCUUAGGGUACAAUCAUCGAGCGCAAGUGAAGUAAGCACCAUUGACGUUGAUGGGAGAGAGUUAAACAUGUGCUCAACACACUAAUUGAAAUUAAUGGGAUGUGCUUUAUUGCCGUUACAACAGAGUGGCUGCACCAAAUAAACUCACUUUUAAGUUUAGUAUGGUUUAUGAUUGAUUCUGCUGGUUCAGCUUUUCCUGUUUUAAGUAUCCCUACCCCUCACAACAUCCAAUGACUUUGGGGUUGGAAAUUUGUUCAAUUGAUAGUUUCCUUAUUGAAGUUGUUGUUUUUAGCACGUUUAUCUAUUAUUGGCUCUUGCCCUUAAUUUGUAAGGAAUUAAACUGCUUAAGGAGCGAUCCUUUUAACUGCGUCAUCCUUCCUUGGUGUUAGAACAUGGAAGUUUAGCCUCCAAACUGAACAGAUUAAUUUUGUCAGGUGGAACAGAAAGGCAGCUGGAUCCGUGCUUGAUUCUGCUUACGAAAUGCAACCUCUGGAAAUGACUGAGUAAUUAAAAACCACGCUGCAUGUCCUGCUCCUUUGCAUAAACACAGUCAGCACCAGAGGGCAAAAGAAGGAUUCUUACACUUAUCCCCCUUUACUACCUAAUGUACAAUGAACAACUUUUUGCACCUUAGACUUCUAUUUUUUCUUAUUACGUGAUCGGUAGUCCAGUGCGGGGCUACCCUCUACUGAUGUGGCUAAUUUAGGGUGUUUCUAGACCAGACAUGUCCAAAGUCCAUUUCAGGGACUUAAUCCUAAUCCUAAUCCGGACCACUGGUCAGUUUAAUCCAGCCCCUGUGGCAUAGCUGUCAACCUUUCCCUUUUCUUGUGAGGAAUCCUAUUCGGAAUAAGGGAAUUUCCCUUUAAAAAAGGGAAAAGUUGACAGCUAUGCCCUGUGGCAGUUUAUUUCCUGGAGUAAAAUCCAAAAAAAUACCUCAACGACUUCAAUCCUAAAAAAAGGCUCAACAACUUUGGGGUAAAAUCAUUAGAAAAGCUCAAAAACUUCAAUCCUAAAAAAAGGUUAGCAACUUGGGUUGGCCCUUUGGUCAGCCCUCAUGGCCCUUCACUUCAUCAGAUCUGGCCCUCUUUGAAAAAAGUUUGGACUCCACUGUUCUAGACGGUUGUUCUUUUCAGGUGGGAUUCAAACACAUACUGACAAAUUCAGUUGCAAAAUUGUAGGCCACCUUGACAUAUGUGCAGUUAAAGCAAAUUGUUUCCCCCAAAGAAUACUGGGAACUGUUGCUUACCCCAUACGGGAAUUUUAUUUAGGAUAUAUUUGUGUUUUCUUGUAGCUCUGCAAGAAGAGUUUCGGCUUCAUCCCAGCAACUUGGUGGUGACAACUGGAGAACAAUUGGUGCUGGAAUGCUUGCCCCCUAGAGGACACCCUGAGCCAACCAUUUCGUGGAAAAAGAACGGCGUCCCCAUAAAUGAGGAAAAUGGUCAUUAUGAGGUCAUCAAAAACAAUACAUCUAGUAGCAAUGCUUUUUGUGGUUUUUUUAAGAGCCUCUGUGGUGUAGUGGCUAGAGUGGGACCUGGGAGAUCAAGGUUCAAAUAUUCACUCAGCCAUGAAGCUCACUGGGUGACCUUGGUCCAGACACUAUCUCUCAGCCUAGCUGACCUCACAGGGUUGUUGUGGGGGUUAAAUGAGAAGGGGAAGAACCAUUUGUGCCACCUUGAACUCUUUGGAGAAGGGGGUGGGAUAUAAAUGAUAUCAAUCAUCAAUCAAUAAAUGCAGCCCAUAUCAGAUACAGUGUAUAGUUAUCAAAGUCACAAUUGCACCACAUCUUUUAAAGCAUGUGGCCAUCCCCCCAAAGAAUCCUGGGAACUAUAGUUUGUUAAGGGUGCCAGGAAUUGUAGCUCUGAGAACUAUUGUUCCCAGGAUUUGGGGGUGGAAGACAUGUGCUUUAAGAUGGGAAUGUAGCCGCAACAACCACAGUAGAGAGGAUAAAAGGGCAAUAUACAUACACACAGAUUCUGCCUUUUAUUUUUAACAAAACAACAACAACAACAACCCCAUUAUCAAAACUAAUUUUAAACUACAGACAACUUUGGCUUGGAAUUCAUCUUCUCUUUAACAGUUGUAUCCCAGUUUCCCAUUUUUGAUGGCUACAGUGAGGAACUUAGCUAUAUUUUCUCUGAAAAUAAAGCCUCUAAGUGGAUGUACUUAGUGGGCUUGGGAAUUGUACUGUGCAUUGUGUUGUCAUUGCUAUGUUGAAGUUAUUUUGCACAAUUAUGUAUUGUGUGAUGUUGUGAUGUCAUAUUGUGUGUGUGUGUGUGUGUGUGUAUUUAUGCUUUGCAGAAUGUGUAGAGAAGUUGCUGAGCCAUCUUGCUAAGCCAGCUGUCCUCGUUUUACCUAGCAAAAAGGCACUUCACAGACUCCCAGACAAUAUGACAAUAUUUUUUAUAUAUUUUUAUUAAUACAUUUAUAUAUCACCUUCUUCCAAGGAACUCAAGGUGGGGUACACAAUUCUCCUCCUCCCCAUUUCAUCCUCACAACAACUCUGUGAGGAAGAUUAGGCUAAGAGUUGGUGACUGCUUCAAGGCGACUGAGCUUCAAGGCUGAGUGGGGAUUUGAACUCUGGUCUCCCAGGUCCAACACCCUAACCAUUAUGCCACACAUCAAAAGGGACAAGGAAAUACUAAUGGAGCUCCAACAUAUUCUUUCUCCCCUACCUCACCCCAUUUCGACAGGUGACCAACACAAAGCUUUUGGUAGCGCAUGCUUUGAAGAGCGACGCGGGAGCAUAUGUCUGCAUGGCCACCAAUCAAGUAGGAGAGCGAGCAAGCAGAGCUGCCUUGGUCUCCAUUUUGGGUAAGGAAGGGAACAGGGAUUGCUCCUCCCAUCUUUCCCCACCAAGUUGAGCUAUGCCCUUGGCGGGUGUUCCAUCAGCUGGUGAGAAUCUCUACACCACAGAUAAGUGCCACAUUGGGGCUGAUUGGCAAAAUAUAUAGACAUGAGCUUCACCUAACUGCGCAGAGCACAGAAGUGCUUAUGGAGAGAACGAGAGCAUUGCUCAACCAUAACUGUUGAAUUAUCAUGGUAUCUGUUUCCCAUCAUUUCCACCACCAUCAGGUAUUGAAUUUGUGCAUCGUACUGAAGCUGGCAGGACCAAGGUAUUUACUUAGCCAAUGGGAAACAUAUUAGAAAGUUAAUUUUUUGAAAGGGGAAGUGAUUCUGAAGACAUCUGAAGGCAGUCCUGUUUAGGGAAGCUUUUAAUGUUUGACAGACUAUUGUAUCUUAAUAUUUUGUUGGAAGCCGCCCAGAGUGGCUGGGGAAACCCAACCAGAUGGGCGGGGUAUAAAUAAUAAAUUAUUAUUAUUAUUAUUAUUAUUAUUAUUAUUAUUAUUAUGAUGAACAACACUUUCUUUGGGGAUGUGGCAUCAUUAUAAGCAGCUGGAUCAUUUAGCGUAUUCAGAUCCAGAAUAUGAACUGAAUAUGAAAAACCAUAAUUCGGUGGCAGAACACCUGUCUUGCAAGCAGAAGGUCCCAGGUUCAGUCCCCAGGUGUCAGGGACGGCACUGAGGAGGGCUGCACUGAGGAGGAAUGGUGGGAGCUUCCCGCUCCCCCUGCUCCUGAUCAGGAUCCUGAAUCUUCCCAGGAGCAGGAGGACAGUAUAGAUUUGGAACAGUGGUUUGCAGAGGGACAUAGUUCAGAAGGCAAAAGCUGGGAAAUACUGGAUGGGGAACAGCUAGGAGAAGAUGCACUGGGAGAGAGAGAGUUAACAGAUUCACUGUCUCUGGAAAGAGUUCAUCCGCUCAGCCCAAGUCAAGAAAAGCUAAUAAGGUGGCAGCACAGAAAUUACAGAGGUUACGAGCUUAGGGUACAAGACACAGUAGUGAUGUGGGUGACUAGGGAGGAAGUGGGUGAUACCCUUAAUUGGGGGCACCGCCAUUCCUAGGACAGGGAUUCUUUGUUCUCUCGCUGUGUUUAUUAGUUUCUAAUGGGUAAGAAUACUCCCUUCCUUUCUUCUGGUUAUCUGCUGCCUAAAGGGAGAGGAAGGCGAUUCCCUGAAGCCUGACACCAGGUAGGACUGGGUAUGUCCCAUGUCUGAAACUCUGGAAAGUCAGUGUCCACCGGCAGACAAUACUGACCUAGAUGGACCAAUGGUUUGAAUUGGUAUAAAGGAGCUUCCUAUGUUCCUUUGAGUUCCUUUUUACUGGUUCCAUCACUAGGAAGUGUGGGAAAGAGCAUUAAUAUGAAAGCAUGGAUGGACAGAGAGGUGGGUCAUCUUGCUGAAAAGCAGCUAUGUCUUUGGGUGGCUGGACUCCGUGUGCUGUAUCCAGUGCUCGUCCUACUCAGAGUAAAAGGUAAAGGGAUCCCUGACCAUUAGGUCCAGUCGUGAAUGACUCUGGGGUUGCUGCUCUCAUCUCGCUUUAUUGGCCAAGGGAGCAGGCAUACAGCUUCUGGGUCAUGUGGCCAGCAUGACUAAGCCGCUUCUGGCAAACCAGCGCAGCGCACGGAAAUGCCCUUUACCUUCACGCCAGAGUGGUACCUAUGUAUCUACUUGCACUUUGACGUGCUUUCGAACUGCUAGGUUGGCAGGAGCAGGGACCGAGCAACAAGAGCUCACCCUGUCGCGGGAAUUCGAACCGCUGACCUUCUGAUUGGCAAGUCCUAGGCUCUGUGGUUUAACCCACAGCGCCACCGGUGACCCCCUACUCAGAGUAGACCCCUUGAAAUUAAGAGACAUGGCCAAUUUAGACCCAUUACUUUCAAGGAGUCUACUCUGAGCAGAUGUUGGUGGGCUCCGACCCCAUAAAACCCACUCUGCUAGUGAGAGCUUCCAUAACCCUAAGGGACUAUUCGGUUUGAUUAGAUUGUCUGCUUCUCCUAUCCAAGAAAAGCCAGUAUUCACUCGGAGGCCUAAUGAUGUCGUGGCCAAGCUUGGUAGCACCGUCCUGUUCAUGUGUGGAGUCCAUGGAGACCCAACGCCCGCCAUUCAGUGGAACAAGGAAACGGGAGAGCUUCCCUCUGGAAGGUGAGGAUACCUGUUAGAUUCAGAGGAUUUCUCUGGCUGUCACUCUCUGCUUGGCCACGGCAUUGCAGCUUGUGAAAGGAAGCUCAAAUUGUGUGUGUUUUUAAUUGAUUUUUUAAUUGUGAAUUUAUUAAAGACAGAAGAAGAGAAAAGAGACAGGGGGGAAAACAACAACAGAAAAGUUUGGCCCCUGCAUUAGCAAUACAAUAAACAUCCAUCUUAAAUUACACUUGCAGAUUAAUAUAUGCCAUUCAAAUGUCAGAAUAGGUCUCAAAGUUGGUGUUUAUAAAUGGUUGAUGCUGCUCCCACUGCAGAUUUAUUCCUCAGGUUUUGCUUUUAAGUUACCUAGCUAUUGCCAGACAGCUUAGAGGAACAAAGGCAGAACUUAAGAAGAGCCUGGCUGCAGGAUCAGACCAAAGGCCCAUCUAGCACCCUGUUCUCCACAGUGGCCAACAAGAUGCCCAUGGGAAGCUUGCAAGCAGAAGAUGAACACCAUAGUUCUCUCCCCAGUAACUGGCAUUCAAAGGCAUUCUGCCUCUGUGAUUCCCUCAGCAGCCAACCACCUGUCCCUAGAAAGGAUAUAAGCAGGAUAUGAAGACCAUGGUCUUCUCCCACUAGCGAUUCUUAUUGGGAGGCAUGAUGAUCCUAGAACUGUUACGGCUCGUAUCCAUUGAAGAUUGCCUCUCCUUGAUUUCCUCACCUACUGCUAUCAGUCCGGGUGGCAAUGGUAAACUGUGGAAAUAGGAGAAGCCAAACUCAUUGCUGGGUCCAGCUUCUGGGUCAGUUAGCGUUGGACAGAUCAGUCUUUCUUUCUUCUGUGUACGGCUAUGCUGACUACUCGCCUCUUCGCAGGCUAUUAGUUUUUUUAUUGCAAGUUGGUCUUUUAAAAAAGAAUCAUCAUCAUCAUCAGACUAGUAGCUUCUCACAGAAUUGGAAGGGUUCAUCUCGUCCAACCCUCUGCAAUGCAGGAAUAUGCAUCUGUCCCAUACAGGGAUCGAACCUGCAACCUUGGUGUUAUCAGCACCACUCUCUAGCCAACUGAGCUAUCCAGGGCCAAUUUGCAAGGCUCCUCCAAUGUUUUAUCUCAUCACUUAACAUUACCAUCAGAGCGAUACGGAGCUUGCCUUGAGCUGGAUGUGUGAAUGGCCUCCCCUGGAACAUACGGUGCUAAGAGUAGCAUGACAUCAGAACAGAGUCCUUGGCAUUUGCUACUGUGGGUUCCAGGCAUUGUGCUCCUCUGCCCCCAACCCUCAGACAAAUAAGGGACAACAUAGACUGGUUCGGAUCGCAACAGGCCAUAACUUUAUUGAAUACAGAUGAAAGAGGUUUGGCUUGGGCAUGGGGCAAUCAAAAUGCUUCUGUCCUGCCCACUGGAAGUGAUACAUAGGUUAAUCUGGGUGGGUAGGGGUGUCCUAAGACUUACAUAAAAUAGGGUGACCCCUGCAGAGACUGCCGUCUGGGGGAGUGCCUUCGGCCCUGGCCCCCCCUGGGCACACAGACAUGGCCACUCCCCCUGGAUCCCUUUAGUGGGAUACCCCAGCAUUUGGAGGGGCAGGCGGAGACUACAGCCUCCCCUCCAUCCAGGUUGCCCCAAUGCCCAACCAAGUUGGGAUGAUUGCUAUGAAGUAGGCAAAACCACCGGGUUGGAGCCAAUUGGCCCAGUGGACAAAUUCCUACCUGGUCCCAUAAAACGGCAACCGCCGUAGCCACAGUCCUUAAACAUCAGCUUGAACCAAGGGAGGGUGGGUGGGAAACCUGACAAGGGGAAAGCAGAUAGGGCCCCAGGUGAGGGCUGUUUAAAUUCCCAGGGAAUGGACCCGAGGGAAGCCUUUGUCAGGAGCUCAUCCUACACUCGAGUAGGACCCUUGUAGAGACACAAGCCCGACUGGCAUGUUCUCUCCCUCCUGGUUGAUUGUUCGGGAGCUUCAAAAGUUUUCUUCAGCCCGAACAUCACAGUGACCGAUGCCAACAGACAUUGGCAUACUUAGGGAUCUGCAGAGUCUUCGCAGCUUGUGUAACAGAACUCAGCAACUCAGCAUUUUGGCUAAUCUACUUUAUUGACGUAUAAAUGCACACAGAGCACUGCAACAUGGCUCCCUCCCUCUCUAGCAUCAGACAGCAAAGAGAAUGAACAAAGGACAAUAGUCCCACUUCACGGAACACAGUAACACAAACAUCCUGUUUCCGUCACUUCCCACUUUGUGGAGUCAAAACAUACACCGUCAUGUGAAAGACAACAAUCCCAUGACUGCAAUCACGGAGCAGGAAUUCUAACAGCCUUCCCACCCCAUUGACUCCUCCCCAUGGUCCAGCCCGUGUCCUAGCCUGCAUCCCCAUUUGCCAAUCUGGGAUGCAGGCUAGGAUCCGAUCUCUGAUAGGAGGCGCGGGCUUAUGCCAGUGCCCCCUAUCCAUAUGGGGCUGUGAUGAUGCUACCCCCUCGUUGGGGCCUUGGAAGAGCCUCUGCCGUCCUGCAAUGCCACCACACCUAAAAGGGGUGAGCGGACUUGUGAUGACUCUUUCACACAUGCAGGCCCUAUUCCGGACACUGCAUCUGUGUUUAGGGAUGAACAUGCAUUUGCGAACAAAGCCUCGGUCACUGACUGUGGGUUCCGUACCGCUGCUCCCCACAGGUAUGAAGUAAACAGAGAAAACGUCCUUCAGAUUCAGCACUUGACGAUGAACGACGCUGGGAAAUAUGUCUGUACUGCUCGCAACGAGGUGGGAACCAUCUCUGCCAAAGCAUCUUUAACUGUGCAGGGUAAGCGGCUCUUAUCAAUAUAAAUAUUUGGCCCUUGGGACCCUGUCCAGGCCACACCCACUUCCCAAGCCACUCCCCCUGUGACCAGGCUUGCUCCUCGAGGGCUUGACCUGGCCAGCUAGGACAAUGGCCCUGGUUUGCCUGAAGGAAGAAUGACCUCACCAGGAAGCUAGCCUGGCUAUUCCAAGAAUUAGAAGGGGAGGAACAGCCAGGCAUUCGAAGGGUCUCAGCAUACAGCCUCGUCCCCCACCCCCCAAGUCAUAACAUUAUGCAGCUGUGAAAAAAGAACAGCACAUGAAAACAAAAUAGGAGCGCAUGCCCACCUCCGGAAGGAAGAGAAAAAGUGAGAGGUGUUUUCUUUUUUUAAUUUAACAAAUGUUUUUCUACUCCUUUUCUGUGAAACGCACAGAAGAAUUGAGGGGGGGAAACAGUCGAUGUUAAGCAUGUGACAAAAUCAGUUAACAAGAACAUUUAUGUUUUUUGCCAAAUCACAUUUCUUUUGCAGCUCCAAGCUGAGAGAGGAUGUCACAAUUUGCUUCAAUGUGCAUAAAAAACAAGUUGGGAAAUUAACCAAAUGCCAAAAAACACACACCAUGUAAUGGUUACUUGGGUGUGAGGCUCUGGGACAAAUGCUUUGCUGUCUUCGCUUUUGGUACCAUUGGCUUUUUGCCUCUGGCCACACUUCUUACCUUUGGCUCUACACACCACUGGCAUGAGAUCUUCAACAGGUUGCCCACUGUUGGAAGAUGUCCAUAUGUCUGAAAAAGGUUCCUCACCUUUUUGCUGUAGCCUAAAGCAGGUGGCGAAGGGACGCAGGUGGCGCUGUGGGUUAAACUACAGAGCCUAGGACUUACUGAUCAGAAGGUCGUCAGUUUGAAUCCCCAUGACAGGGUGAGCUCCCGUUGCUCGGUCCCUGCUCCUGCCAACCUAGCAGUUUGAAAGCACGUCUAAGUGCAAGCAGAUAAAUAGGUACCGGAAGGUAAUAAGCGGGAAGGUAAAUGGCGUUUCCGUGUGCUGCUCUGGUUUGCCAGAGGCGGCUUGGUCAUGCUGGCCACAUGACCCGGAAGCUGUAUGCCGGAUCCCUCGGCCAAUAAAGCGAGAUGAGUGCCGCAACCCCAGAGUCGGUCACGACUGGACCUAAUGGCCAGGGGUCCCUUUACCUUUUUUAACAACAACUAGGAAAGCCACAAUGAUGUAUUUUGAUAAUUGCUGUUGCUGGCAUCCCUCUGCCUUGGGAGAUUAUGGAGGAGUGUACCUUUGAGGGUGAAGUCAAACUGUUGGAAGGUUGCAGCGCCUGCUGUGGCUGGAGAGACAUGUCUUGUUGCAGUGGGGACAGAUGAAGGCAUAGGCACUGAGUUGUGACCAACAUUGGGUUGGUCCUUCGCUUGAGCAUGAAGUUGAUAUGCAACACCUCCCCCCAACCCGGCCAGGCCAACUCAGCCCACUCUCCCACCGCCAGGCACCUUACCUUUGUGAAAGGAACACAUUGCCGUUGCCCUGGUGAUCCUCAAAUGGACAUGGCAGAGCUAAGCAUCUUCAUUCUGGCGUGUCCUGUUGAGGAUUGCCAUAAAAUUGGGGGUAGGGUUCUUGAAAAUAUUGGAGGCUCCCUGGCCCCCAUGGCCCUCCGUAGAUGGCAGCUCUGGGUGAAGGCAUCCAGUUGUGUUGCUGCAGAUGCACCAAGCAGUUUCUUCUCUCUGAGCUCCUCCCAGCGGUCAUUCCUCCUCUGGUCAUUGCUAUGGAUGCACAACCGGACUUUCUGUCUCCAGGCACUGGGGGUCGCCUGCAAGCGAUUCCCACAAUGGCAGGAUUGAUGUUGCCAGCCUUCAUUUAUUGUGAGCUGCGUUGGUCACCAUAUCCUGUAAGAAAGCAGCACAAACUUAAGCAUAAAGCAAAGGAAGGGGUGACUCCAAAAGGACUGAUCUUAUCACCUCUCAAUUUGGGUAAAGUCCAGGUUCUCCAAGGAUACACCUUUGAGUCUGGUUUUUUUGGCUUUUAGAUCCCCUGGACACUGGCCAGAGCAAGCAGGACAGGCCAAAAGAUGUACUGAAGGAGCCGAUGGAGGCAAAGGUUUACCUGGCAAACGUCACAGCUGUCCCCUCCACGCCAGCAGCCCACCUGCACUGGAAGGUGAAUUAGAUAUAACAAAGGUGUAACAGAGCACACAGAUGGGGGCAGCAUGCUCUAAACCCAUGGGCCAUUCCAAUUGGGCCCACAAGGUGAUUUCCCCAAAUCAUGCCCACCUCUCAAUCAGCUGACGUGACUUCAGCAAGACAGGUUUUGGAUCUGCAUCAGGUGUGGAUGCCUGUUCCCAGGAGGCUUUAACCCAAGAUUUAUCUUAUCAGCUGACAGGUGGGAGUUACAUUGUUUUCAGGGAAUAGGCACACACAGCCAAAGGAAGCCUGUAAAAUGCAGACAUAUUUCUCCCACUUCCUGCAGCAGCAGAGGUGGGGAUGAAAGGGAGAAAGAAGCUGUAAAAUGCAGGGAUUUAUUGAACACUGCUGUUUUAAUCUGUUCAUGAAUGUUGUUCAAAAUCCAAAUUUUGAGCUGAAUUGAGCUGGCUGUUCAGAGUUGAAUUGCAAAAGCUUGCAGAAUUUUAAUUUAAUUUAAUUUGGGGUGAAGAUUCCGUUUGGCUUUUGUCUACUCCCACUUUGUUCCAUAGCUUUUGUGUUCCUCAGGGACCUCAUCUAUAUCUUCAAGAGUCGCUUGACCCGAACAAUGCUGUGGUUUCUGCAGAUAUCACAGUUCUCUCUGAUUUAGGGUUGGGAGAGAAAUCUACCCACGUUGCCUUUUAAAGCAAGCCUGCUUAAUUCACAUUUUGUGAACCAACAAGUCAACUGAAAGGCAGCCAUCCUUCAAAACCCACACACGCCUCCAAAUUCUAUGACAUCAUUCUCCAGCCAAAAAGUGUGCAUGAAAAGGCACAUGAUAUCGAAGAAAAUGACAUUACAUUGGAGGGAAAUGCUUGCAAAAAUGUGUAUAUUAGUCAAAACUGCAUAACUAAAUGCAUGCAUUGUGUGCAGUUUUGUGUAGAUGUUUUUAAAGGAAGAAAUUGCAAGCCGAGAGAGUCAGGGAAAGUGAAUUUAAGGUUGGAAGAAUGAGAAAUGGAGAUAAGCUUAAACUGGCAAAUUUUCUCCAUUCCUACUCUGAGCCAGAGGUUAACCCAGAUUUCCCACCUAUUGUCUUGAAGGUUGUCUCCUCUUCCCAGCGCAUAGAUGGCUAUGUGGUGUUCUAUCGCUCCCUGUUGCCUGUGACCACACACUGGGCUGAAUGGCACGUCCAAAGCAACCACCGUACCAUCGUCCCAGGGCUUGAGAGAGGCUAUAAGUAUGAGUUCAAGGUGCAACCAUAUUCAGGGAAGGUUUAUGGCUUGGACAGCAACGUAAGGGACCUCUGGAUCCCAGAAGAAGGUACGACCCUUCAGCACUUCCUCUUUUUGAACACUAAAUAUUCUGGAACAUGGGUGGAGAACCACUGGCCCUCCAUACAUUGUUGGACUCCAACUCCCAUCAGUCCCAGUCACCACAUCCUAAUGGCCGGGGACAAUGGAAGUUGUAGUUGAGCAGACAUACAUCUAGAGCAGGGCUACACCUAGUUGCAGUCCUUCAAGGCAUCUAGAGGGCAACAGGUUCCUCAUUCCUGCUCUAGCGGCAGUGAUGUGGUGCGAUCUGUGCCUAGCAGUUUACUUUCCUUAGGCAGUGGGGUGCAUGUGAACAUAAAGAAAUGAGUUAUAUUGGGCAUGUGUGGCCCUCUGUCAGGCACUGCGCAGAGGAGGAAUGGUGGAGGCCGCCUCCCCAGCCUGACCCUUCCAGAGAAGAAGACAGUUCAGAAUUACAACAGGGGUUUGAGAGAGAUCACCGCUCAGAGGAAGAUGAGGGGGAAAGCUGGGAGAUAAUGGGAGAGGAAGUAGAAGAAGCACCAGAGGGGUGACAGCUGACAGAUACAGUGUCUUUAGAAAGCAUUCCCAAUCCCCCCUCUUUCAGAACCUGGCAAACAUUGAAAGUAGGAGAGCAAAGAGCUCAAAGGCAGAGGGCAGUUCUCAGCACCCAUAGUGAUGACGCAUGAAGGGAGAGAGGGAGGGGGUGGAGACUCACUCGGGAAACACCAUUAUUCCAAAAGGCUGCAUUUCCAAGCCUCUCUCUGUGAAUAUUGAUUAAAAAGCAGUUGGUAGGGACUUUCCCUUGUCUUAUCCAUUCCUGGCAACCUGUCGUGAGGAUUUGGCUCCUCUGACGACUGACACCCUCUGGAUGUUUUAGACUCCAACUGCCCCAGCCAGCAUGAUCUGGGGUGAUGGGAGUUAGAAUCUAACAUUUGGAGGGCCACAGGUUCACUUGGCCAUUGAUCCGUUUCCCCUAUUAUUGUCUCACCUGGCUGGACACAGUUCUCUAAGGUGCCAGGCACAGGACCUUUUCUAGCUGUGAUACCUGAGGCUCCAUUAACUGAAGACUGAACCCACCCAGGACCUUCUGUCUACAAAGCAUGUGGCUAAGCUUUGACCUAGCCCUUGGAGGCCAGUAGGAUUCUUCUGUGCUCUUGCACCUUUGCAAAACCCAGGCAGCACUGAGCAACAGCAUAUGAACUCUGCCUUGUUGUCAUGAAAUGAAAUUAAGAGCACAUAAUUCAAAUGUGAACUUUUCCCCAUCCCAUGCUCUCUAGUCAUCUGCUGAUAGUGCCAGCCCAAGGCUAAUUUCACCACCCCUCUUGGAGAACUCUUUGAGAUCCACCAGGCAUGCAAAGGAUUGGGAUCCCUCAGUCCUGAACUUCUGAUUUUGAGCUGUUGAGUUGUAUGGAGGAGGCAGGAGGUGGCAGAGUAGAUAAUAGCAUGUGGCGUGAGGCCUGUUGCACCAGUAAUUGUUGCUCCUUCUUUUCCUAAAAAAUAUCUCAGCAACCCUAUCCUUUCCUUUCUUCCCAGUGCCCGGUGCUUCCCCUGAAAGCAUCAGCAUCACCACAUUUCAAGAUGUGAAUGGCACUGUGAUCAUCCGCUGGGAGCCCCCUCCACAAGACAUGCACAAUGGUAUCAUCAAAGGUUACCAGGUAAGGAGGAAUGGAAUUGGUGCCAUUUGGGUACCACAAUAUCUGGUUGAUGGUGAUGGACAGAAGGAAUCUGGAGGAAGGGUGAUUAAGUGGUAUUCCACCAAGGUCUGGUGGAAUAGAGCAUUUCAUGGGGGUGGAUCAAACUAAAACUAUGGUUGCAACCCUUCAGGAUUAUCCAGCUGUUGUACUUGAGGAAACUGGGGAAACUAGAGAUGUGCUUGAGUGGCAUGCAGUUACGUUUCUUUAUGUUUCCUGAAAUAAUUACAGGCAUGAGGAAUCUUUGGCCUUCCAGGUGUUUCUGAACUACAGCUCCCAUCAGCCCUAAGAAGCAUGGUCAAAGGACAGGGAAGGUGGGAGAUGAAGUUCAGCAGCAUCUGAAGGGCCAGAGGUUACCCACACCUCAUCUGGUUCUUACUUUGCCAUUUCAAGGCUUGUUUUCUCUUUUGCCUGCUGUCAUGCUCCUUGUAUAUUAUACAUGUACGGCAGGUGCACUGACUCUGGACUUACGUUCCAUGGCAGGUUAGGGAAUCACAAGCCUGGGGGUCAAAUGUGGCCCUCCUGACAUCUCGACCUGGCCCUCAGAAUUCUCAGCAGGUCUCACCCCUCACUGGUACUGCUUCACCCCUCAAGUGUCUUUACUUGGCUAGAAUGUGUCCUUGAAUUCUAACUUUGCUUCUUGCCUGUCUGGGUGGAGGCAAGGCAGGGGCAUGUGUGUGUUUGUAGAAACUAGUCUACUUUACAGAGAUAAAACUUUACAUUCCUUGCCCUGCCCACUUUUGCCUAAACUGGGAUCUUCACUGGCUCCCAGUAAGUUUCCGAGCAAAAUUCAAAGUGCUUGACUUCCAAUCCUCGCCUUCCCCCAUUCUUAAACCCAGCCCUUCUUCCAUGACCAAGUCCCUCACCAUACUUUCUAACUAAGGGACAGACACACAGUAUACUCUUUAGUUAGAAAGUAUGGAAAAGGACUUAGUUGGGAAAACGCUUCCCUGCUUAGAAAAUGUGUCUGCACAGGCAUGGCUGAGCUGCGAGGGUGUGCUACCAACCUGUCCCUUUUCCCCUGUGGGUCAGAAAUCAUUUCAGGGGAACUGGAAUUUAUGCUCUUUCUAAUUUGGGGAUUUAAAAACAAAAGGUGGGGUUGUGAGUUUCUGUAUAGUAUACAGUCCUCUUCAGAGCUAGAUCUGUUUAUACUUCAACUCCCCGGAUUCUCCAGCAGCCUGCCUCAUCUCUUGUCUCAGUUCAAAGUGUUGGUGCUGACCUUUAAAGCCCUAAAUGGCCUCGGCCCAGUAUACCUGAAGGAGUGUCUCCACCCACAUUGUUCAGCUGGAUACUGAGGUCCAGCUCUGAGGGCCUUCUGGUGGUUUCCUCACUGCGAGAAGUGAAGCUACAGGGAAUCAGGCAGAGGGCCUUCUCAGCAGUGGCACCCUCCCUGUGGAAUGCCCUCCCAUGAGCUGUCAAGGAGAUAAAUAACAAUACAACUUUUAGAAGACACCUGAAGGCAGCCCUGUAUUGGGAAGUUUUUAAUGUUUGAUGUUUUGUUAUGUUUUUAUAUUUUGCUGGAAGCUGCCCAAAGCGGCUGCGGCAACCCAGACAGAUGAGUAAUAAAUAAUAAAAUAAAUAAUAAAAAUAAAUAAUUUUUAUAAUAAUAAAUAAUAUAAUAAUAAAUCAAUAAUAAAAUCAAUCAAUCAAUCAAUUCAUUUGGCUUCACACACUACUGGCAUGUGUGCCCCCCCCAUCAGAAAUGCAGCCCACAGACUGGAAAAAAACUUAGCCUUAGCCACCCCCUGUUAUUUGGCAUCUUUCCCCAACAUUGCAUCUAUCUCUUACUGCUUUGCUAGAUGUGUGACUCUGUGCAGGAUAUAUUUGGUUCCUCUCAUGUGUGCUUCUGUUCUGCAGAAAUUGCCGUCUUGUGCUGCUCUGUGUGAGACAGGCUGACGUUUUUCUUCUCUCGCCUUGUGUUUGCAGGUCUGGUUCCUGGGCAAUGAAACUCACUCAGGCUGUAACAGAACCGUGGGUGGAGAAACACACAGCCUAGAAGUGACAGGCCUGGCUAAUGGGCAAAAAUACUGCGUCCAGGUAGCAGCAGUCAAUGGAGCUGGAAUUGGAGUGCCCAGUAAUCCUGUUUGCAGUGCUGUAGGUCAGAGGUGCUAUUUUGUAGCUGAUCUCUUAGUACAAGGGUGGGGACACCUGUGGCAAUCUAGAUGCUGUUGGACUACAACUCCCAUCAUUCCUGACCAUUUACUAUGCUGGCUCCGGUAGAUGGGACUUGUAGCAGUGCCAGUGAUGGCCACCAAAAGAGGAUGGCUUUAAAAGAGGAUGAUGCCAAUACAUGGAAGAGAGGGCUAUCAGUCCAAAAAUACGGUUCAAAAGCUUUACUUACAUUAGUAAAGAAAAACAGGUUUAUAUGCGUUAUAACACUGUGACACCAGAUGGCACUGUGGAGAUCCGUCUUUUGUCAACGUGAGUUCCCUUUAUGAAAUGUACAACGUGUUUAACUGAAACGCUUCUUUGAUGCGUCUAAAUCCAGCCUUACAGAACUUAACUUCAAAACAACUCAGAACAAAUAAAAGUUACAUCCACUUAGUUGCAUAAUUUCGUAUACUGAUCACAGCAUAAGGCAUAAUAUCUUAGAUUAUAAAUAUCUUGCAGGCUGAGCUAAAAAUCAAAGCUCUUUCUCUUCUCCAUUGCAGCCUCCAUUAGCCUCAGAGAUUCACACAACUGCAAUACCACCUCUCCCCAUAUGAACCUACUCGGACCCUGAAAUCAUCCUCUGAGGCCUUUCUUCAUGUGCCUCCUCCAUGAGAGGUCCGGAGGGUGGCAGCAUGAGAACAGGCCUUUUCUGCAGUGGCUCCCUGUUUGGGGAACACUCUCCCCAGGGAGGCUUACCUGGUGCCUUCAUUAUACACCAGGCAUAGGCAAACUCCAACCCUCCAGAUGUUUCGAGACUACAGUUCCCAUCAUCCCUGACCACUGGUCCUUUUAGCUAGGGAUGUUGGGAAUUGUAGUUCCAAACAUCUGGAGGGCCAGAGUUUGCCUAUGCCUGUUAUACACCUUUAGGUGCCAGGUGAAAACAUUCCAUGUAACCAGGCCUUUGGCCAAUUGACAUUCCAUGCCCUUUUAAAUGGACUGUGAAAGGAGGGAUUAUUGGCUUGUCUUUGUUUUUUAUAAUAAUAAUAAUAAUAAUAAUAAUAAUAAUAAUAAUGUGUGUUUUUAUUUUGCAAUUCUAUGUUGUGAACCGCCCUGAGAUCUAUGGGUAUAGGGCAGUAUACAAACAACAACAAAGAGAGCAUCUCACCCAAGUUGAAUGCCUCCAGAUUAACAUAUGCAUAAACCUGCACUACAGUCCUUUUCAUGUAAUUCUGAGCUAAACACCUUGUGACUGAGCCAGCAGAGAUACAGCCCCACUUAAUGAUUGACCUGUUAUCAGCUUCAGUGGAAAUUUCCAGCCAUGCUUCACAGUACAAUCCUGGCACAUUAUAGAUUUAUUUCUCAUUUCAAUGUACAUUAAAACAAGGAUCCUUAACAGGGCUGUAGCUUCCUCCUCCUUAGUCUCAGUGUGGUCCUUGUAGGGAGGAGGAUGGGGAGCAAAACUGGGAUAAGUUGGCUCUGCCUGUCAUUGGCUCUGGCUCCACCUGCUGUUGGUCCUCUUCCCCUCCAGCUGCCAUGGGCAUCUGGCAUCACUCCAGCAUGUGCCCUGCCACUCAGCUGUAGCUGCGCCUCCCACUGAAGAUGUUGUCCGUGAGGCCAGGGUUCAUCUACUGUGCGUACACACAGCCCAAACCUUCUUCAUUCUUCUGUGGCUUAAGUUCACCAUCACACCUUGUUCCACUGAGAGCCAGUGUGGUGUAGUGGUUAAGAGUGGUAGACUCAUAAUCUGGUGAACAGGGUUCGAUUCCCCGCUCCUCCACAUGCAGCUGCUGGGUGACCUUGGGCUAGUCACACUUCUCUGAAGUCUCUCAGCCCCAUUUACCUCACAGAGUGUUUGUUGUGGGGGAGGAAGGAAAAGGAGAAUGUUAGCCGCUUUGAGACUCCUUAGGGUAGUGAUAAAGCGGGAUAUCAAAUCCAAACUCUUCUUCUUCUUCUUCGUUCCAGAGCCGACAGUUGAAAAGAUGGCCAAGACCCCGGACUUCCAUUCCGCCAACUACAUCCUGGAAGUGGUGCGUCAACCUGUCUUCAUUGCCAGUGUGGGCUCGGCACUCUGGGUCAUGCUGAUGGCGUUCACGGUUUAUGUUUGCCAGCAGCAAGCCAGGCAGUAUGGCCGGAGACGUCCAUAUGCCCUAGGUGAAGGUAAGAGAAGCAGAUAGAGUCUGGCUUUAGGCUUAUAGAAAGGGCAGUGUUCUGACUCAUUGCACUGGGUCCCAGGUGGGUAAAUGGGCUCAGUGUAGGGUGUCAGUCUGAACAGGACUCUCUGCCUGUGGUGGGGAACCUUUUUCAGUCUGAGGGCCCCAUUUCCUUCCUGGCAACCUUCUGAGGCCCACGUUUCAGUGAUAGGCAGAGCCGGAGACUAAAGUAGGUGUAGCUAUUAUGCAACCUUUACCAUUGUACAAUAAAAGGGACGUGGGUGGCGCUGUGGGUUAAACCACAGAGCCUAGGACUUGCUGAUCAGAAGGUUGGCGGUUCGAAUCCCCGCAACGGGGUGAGCUCCCGUUGCUUGGUCCCUGCUCCUGCCAACCUAGCAGUUCGAAAGCACGUCAAAGUGCAAGUAGAUAAAUAGGUACCGCUCCGGCGGGAAGGUAAACGGCAUUUCCGUGCGCUGCUCUGGUUCGCCAGAAGUGGCUUAGUCCUGCUGGCCACAUGACCCGGAAGCUGUACGCCGGCUCCCUCGGCCAAUAAAGCGAGAUGAGCGCCGCAACCGCAGAGUCGGCCACGACUGGACCUGAUGGUCAGGGGUCCCUUUACCUUUACCUUUACCAUUGUACAAUAGACUAGUUUCUACAUACAGUCAACACAACCCUCUCCUAUCAUCCGUCCUGGCAAGCAAUAGGUGUUAUCAGGGUCCAAGGAAUGUAUCCCAGGUGGUCAAAAACACUCAAGGAGGGUGUGAAGCAGGGAUGUAGCCUGGGGAGAAGUGUUUUGGCCUGGGAAGAUUUCCAAGAGUUAUACAGAGAUUGCUGGGGAGGCGUAGGGAACCCUGCUCUAUUCUAAGCAGGGAUGCAUGAAAAAAAUGUCACAUCAUGUGCAUCGCAUGUGAUUGUAUGUGGGGGGGGCAUUGCUUUCUUGAACACCGCCCCCCAAGCAACUGAAUACAGUAAACACACCAAGAGGUCACUUGAUCCCAGGUCAGGAGUUAAGUUGUGGUCUUACUAGUUUGGCCCUAGGAAGAGGCUUUAUGCAGUGUGGCAGGGAGUCAUGAAAUGAAUUGUCAGUGAAGACAGGUUUGCCUGCCUAAUGCUAUUUUGCCAUGCACCUCACUCUCUCCAGGUUUGUAUAGAAACGCCAGUGAUGACACCAUCAUCAAACACAGGUAUGCUGCCGUUCACCCUCUCUCUAGGGAUGCAUGCAUAUUUAUAUCUGGGCAAGACAGCUCUAGCAAAAUAGUUAAAUGUCGUGGAAUGUUUGAUGGCAAUCGGGGGGCAAGUUAUCACCCGCCACCACUGUGACCCAGAAUUAAAUAGCGAUUUCACUUCUUUAUGUCCUGUCCUUGUCAUGCAAAACCAGAACAAAAUCACUGCAGUUCUUUAUAUAUGUUUUGCUGUUGUUUAGUCGUGUCUGACUCUCCGUGACCCCAUGGACCAGAGCACACCAGGCACUCCUGUCUUCCACUGCCUCCCGCAGUUUGGUCAGAGUCAUGUUAGUCGCUUCAAGAACACUGUCCAACCAUCUCGUCCUCCGUCGUCCCCUUCUUCUUGUUCCCACAAUCUUUCCCAACAUCAGGGUCUUUCCCAGGGAGUCUUAUCUUCUCAUGAGGUGGCCAAAGUAUUGGAGCCUCAGCUUCAGGAUCUGUCCCAGUGAGCACUCAGGGCUGACUUCCUUAAGAAUGGAUAGGUUUGAUCUUCCUGCAGUCCAUGGGACUCUCAAGAGUCUCUAAAGAGUCUCUAUAUAUGUUUAGUCUUCUUGUAAAGGGGGUGUGAGGUAUAUACUUCUGCAGCUCACUAGUCCUGUGUGUGCAAAUGAAGACACCUGCCAGGUUUGAAUGCCCAAGCUACUAAUAGAGUCAUGUCAUGUCCUUCUCUGAUUUCAUAGACUUCUGUCUGUCUGUUUAGUCAGUGAGUCUGUCUGCCACACUACCGAGAUUCGCAUCUAUGAAAGUGUUCCUAUUUCCCCUUUGACUGUAGGGUAGACUGUAGCGAUUCUCCCUGGCUUUCCAACACAUGGAAGUCAACUUCAGGCUCCAAGAACUACAGCACCAGCAGCAGCUUGAGCAGUCAGCUCCUGUGGACUGAACCCAAAGAUAACCAGGAAUCCCACAAAUCUAGUAAGUGUCCCUUGCGAACAGCAGGUGGUGGUUUAGUUUUGCUUAGAGCUUGCUGAAAUUUCUCUGAAAUUUGCAAUCUGAUCCAUUUAUUGAGAAUUUUUCUGCUCCUUAAGUUGUUAGAGAAUUUCACACAUCGACCACCCUGGAGAACAUUUAGCAAGAUAGCCCAAGAAUAUUGUUCUUACAAGUAAGGUGCAUAAUUUUGGGUGGAACUGUGCAUCUGGUUUUAAUAUCGUUUAUUAUAAUAUGGUUUUUGCCCAAGUAUAGGGGAGCAUUUAUCGUUGCUCAUUUCAGCGAGUUGCCUUUUGCACUGUUAAGUGGACGAUUCACCAAGCCUUGGGUUUAUGAACAGUUGGUUUGUGUGGAGUUGGAGCAAUAGGACCUGUUGACCCUGUUCUUCUGUACUGCAAUCUGUAUAGAGAGUGUAGAGAGAGCGGAUGAUUCUCCUUUUAUUAAGCACUCUCCCAGGAAGAUCUGAAGAUCUGGUCUCCAUCUGCUUAAGGGAUGCUCACUCGUAUGCUACUGGGAAGGUUGUAAAAAAAAAAAAUCUGACUUCAAUACAGAUCAGGAGAAAUUGUCUGUUGGCUUGAGAGAUGGGGGGAAAGUAUAAUAGUAUCCCAUCUGUUUUCAAUUGUUUUAACAAGCUGUAUGUUUUAUUUCUGUACUUAAUUUUAUUGAUCUGCAGCCAUAAUAAAGAAUUAUAUUAUUGUUGAAAGAAGCAAAGGGGUCCUUGCAAACCUCCACUCUUAGCUCAUUGCCACCUUCAUCCACUGACAGUAUUAUUUCAUUCAUUCAUUCAGUGAGCUGGUUUGCAUGCAAUGCGAGCUUAGUGCAGACAUGUGAAUGUGAGGGUUCCUGGAGUUGGUUCCUCCCCAUCCUCUUCCUGCUGCACUACUGCUGCGCUUAACCAUGGUUUGGCUUAGCAUGUUGUCUGAACUGGGGAUCUCACUCCAGACAAACCAUGUAUUGUAAACCCAGGAACAAAGCAUGGUUACAGCUCAUGGUUUUUCUGGAGUGAAACAAACCAUGAUCCCUGAUUUGGAUGACACACUGAGCCAAACCAUAGCUUAUUUCAGCAGCCAUACUGGAAGAAUCAGGGCUGGAGAAGGAGCCAAGGUAGCUGCAAUCUUGUCUCUGGGAACCUGCCCAUCCAUGCAUUCUAGAGUUAUUUGGAUUUUGCACGUCUCUGAAUUUUGAGGUACCUAUCAAAAUGCAUAUACUGCAUUGGCCCGAAUAUAAGCCUCACUUUCUCCCCAAAUUCCGACCGUGAAAAGUUAAAGUGCAGCAUAAAUUCAUGAACUUACAAAAAUCGGCUUUUACGAUAUCGCUGCUGAAACAGACAUAUGGUAAAACGGAACAAAAAAAAUGUUUUAUUGCUGAUUUGAGACUGUUCGUUUGUCAUUUACGGGUGUGAGCACCUGAGGAAUUGUAUUCAACUGAACAGCGAUUUGCAAUUUUAGCGAUUGUACGGUAACUUUUGCAGGCUUGCAAGAUCAAAGGCUUAAAUUGGCUUGGAGUUACAAUUCUAUCAACCACAGCGAUUUUCAACCUGUAACCCAAUUUUAAGGGAGCGGCUUAUAUUCAGGUAUUGACUCCUCCUCCCACCAAAUUUUAAAGGUGUGGCUUAUUUGCGGGUAUGGCUUAUAUUCAGGCCAAUAUGGUAAAAUGUGUACUAUAAGGAUAAAAUAAACUUUUGGAAAUGCAUACUAUGAGAGACAUUUAAAAAUGCAUUUAAGGACAUUUAAGUAUACAUAUUAAAUACGAUCUUUCUGUAGAUUCCUUUUUAAAAAAAAUCAGAUUAUUGCAGUAAAGGGGCAAAAUGGACUUAUGAAUCAACACAUGCAAAACGGUAAUGAACUAAGUAGGUUGCUCCAUCCUUGACUGACCCCUCCUUUUUGCCUUUUCCUUGCCCCCCCUCCCCACAGCAGCAUCCUUCGACAGGCAGAGCCAAGGUUCCCGUAUCCAAACUGUUCCUUUGGUGGCUGAUAGUAGGAGCAGCAGCCUAUAUGGGGCACUCUAUGUAGAUCUUCCCGUGAAGGACCUGAAAACUUUCUACAAUGCCCCACUGCCUCACCUUCCCAGCCCCAGCCUGCAUGCCGUGGAACUAGUGCAAAAUGGGGACCAGAUGUUCAUGCCCCACUACAGCCCGAACCCCUGGCUGGCCAGUACUAGGGGAGCAGCACGUCCAGGGCCACGGAAGGCAAAGGGCUCCCUGUCUCCAAAUCUUAUACCUCAGGGAUCCUGGGAUAAAAAUAGCAAGAAAGGUAAGACAUCAUCAUCAUCAUCAUCAUCAUCAUCUCUCUCUCUCUCUCUCUCUCUCUCUCUCUCUCGUCUGGGAGUUGCCUAUGACAUCAUAAUAUAUAUAAUAUAUAAAGAGUUGGGAAAGUAAGGUUGGCAAAAAAUUUUCUGGCAGAACUCAUGAGCUUUGAACAGCUGCAUCACCAUUAGUAGUUUGGCAGAUGAUGCUUCUUCCCAUUUUAAUAAUAAUAAUAAUAAUAAUAAUAAUAAUAAUAAUUUAUUGUUUAUACCCUGCCCACCUGGCUGGGUUUCCCCAGCCACUCUGGGUGGUUUCCAACAGAAUAUUAAAAUACAAUAACCUAUUAAACAUUAAAAGCUUCCAUCCUUAUCCUUAUCCUUAUUCUUAUUUUUAUUUAUAUACCACCCUAUACCCAGAGAUCUCAGGGCAGUUCACAGAAAAGAUCACAACAUAUAUAAUCAGAAUAAAAUCAACAAUGAAAUAACACUCCCCCACGCAAAAAGCCACAUUUUAAAAGGGUAAAGGUAAAGAUAAAGGGACCCCUGACCAUUAGGUCCAGUCGUGGCCGACUCUGGGGUUGCAGCGCUCAUCUUGCUUCAUUGGCCAAGGGAGCAGGCAUACAGCUUCCGGGUCAUGUGGCCAGCAUGACUAUGCCACUUCUGGUGAACCAGAGCAGUGCACGGAAAUGCCGUUUACCUUCCCGCCAGAGCGGUACCUAUUUAUCUACUUGCAGUUUGAUGUUGUUUUGAACUGCUAGGUUGGCAGGAGCAGGGACCGAGCAACAGGAGCUCACCCCGUCGUGGGGAUUCGAACCACUGACCUUCUGAUUGGCAAGCCCUAGGCUCUGUGGUUUAACCCACAGCGCCACCCGUGUCCCUUUUAAAAGGGUAUAGGAUGUCAAACAGAUCAACCAAAGGCCUGGUUAAAAAUGAACAUUUUUGCCUGGCACCUAAAGGUGUAUAGUGAAGGUACCAGGCGAACUUCCCUGGGGAGAGCAUUCCACAGAUGGGGAGCCAUUGCAGAGAAGGCCCAUUCUCGUGUUGCCACCCUCCAGACCUCUUGAGGAGGAGGCACACGAAGGAGGGCCUUCACUGCAUCUGACUGCUAGGACAGCUUUGCCUGAUUAAUUGUGUCAUGCAGCUGUUAAAAGUUGCAAGAGCCCCAUCUCUUUCUGGAUGAAAGAGAAGCAGUAGGUUACUUAACUGGACCCUUGUUUCUGGAGGAAGUCCUAGGCCACAUAGGAAGCUGCCUUAUACCAAGUCUGACCAUUGAGCCAUCCUCUUCGCUGUUGUCUACACCAGAGACAGAUAACCUAUGAGCCUGUACAAUUUGUUGGAUAAUAGUAUAAUAAUAAUAAUUUAUUAUUUGUACCCCACCCAUCUGGCUGGGUUUCCCCAGCCACUCUGGGCGGCUUCCAACAGAAUAUUAAAAUAUAAUAGUCCAUGAAACAUUAAAAGCUCCCCUAAACAGGGCUGCCUUCAGAUGUCUUCUAAAAGUCUGGUAGUUGUUGUUUUCUUUGACAUCUGGUGGGAGGGCGUUCCACAGGGCGGGUGCCGCUACCGAGAAGGCCCUCUGCCUGGUUCCCUGUAACUUGGCUUCUCGCAGCGAGGGAACCGCCAUAAGGCCCUCGGCGCUGGACCUCAGUGUCCGGGCAGAACAAUGGGGGUGGAGAUGCUCCUUCAGGUAUACUGGACCGAGGCCAGUUAGGGCUUUCAAGGUCAGCACCAACACUUAGAAUUGUGCUCGGAAAUGUACUGGGAGCCAGUGUAGGUCUGGAUGACAGCUCCCAUCCUCCUAAACCAGGCAUAGGCAACCUCAGCCCUCCAAAUGUUUUGGGACUACAAUUCCCAUCAUCCCUGACCACUGGUCCUGUUAGCUAGGGAUCACAGGAGUUGUGGUCCCAAAACAUCUGGAGGGCCAAGGUUGCCUAUGGCUGUCCUAAACCAUUGGCUGGGCUGGCUGGCAUUAAUGAAAGUUGGAUUCCAAUGACGUCUGGAGAAUGGCAGGUUAGCAGCAUUCUAGGAUUUCAGACAGGUAUCUCUCCCAGAGCUGCUUGGAGAUGCCAGGGAAUGAACUGGGGACCUUCUACAUUCAAGGGUAAUGGUCUACCACGGAGUCGUAGUCUCACAUCCCUAGCAGAAACCUUUUCUUCCAAGGAACAAGAAUCUACAAGUUCUCUCGGCAGUUGAUUUUACUGCAAAGCUGUUCCGCUAAUGUUAAUUUCAGGUUUACUGCCUGAAACGAAUUUCCCUGUGGAGAGGGUGUCUUGUGGAGACUAUAAGAUUACUUAGGGAGUUAGACGCAGGGAUGACAUAGAGAAAGGCAUCACAUCUGUGGCAGCGGGAAACCCGAAGGGUGCAGAGACGUAAGGAGGGCUGAAUCUGAGAUAGUGGCUCUAAAUAACAACCAACAGUAGGUCUCUAGCUAUCAAUAUUUCCGCUCCAGAGGGGGAGCUCUGUGGCAGCAAAUGUGAAAAUGAGUUGUGGCACCUUAAAGAUCACUAGUCUUUAUUAGGAGCAGAGUUUUGAUGGAACUUGAGCUGACUGCACUGUGCACAAAGUGUUACCGGGUCUGUGGAGUGUUAACAUUGUCUCUCCUUGCAUCUCCUGCCCUUUUGGACACCCUGCUCUUUACAUUCAAGAUAUAGAUAGAUGGAUAUCUGUCACCUGAUGAUCACAGCAUGCAUCUCAAGUGGAUUCUGGUACACAAAAGCUUAGGUUACAAUCCGUUUAGUUAGUGUAGGGUGGCACUGUGGGUUAAACCACAGAGCCUAGGACUUGCCAAUCAGAAGGUCGGUGGUUCGAAUCCCCACGACGGGGUGAGCUCCCGUUGCUCGGUCCCAGCUCCUGCCAACCUAGCAGUUCGAAAGCACGUCAAAGUGCAAGUAGAUAAAUAGGUACCGCUCCGGCGGGAAGGUAAAUGGCGUUUCCGUGCUCUGCUCUGGUUCACCAGAAGCGGCUUAGUCAUGCUGGCCACAUGACCCGGAAGCUGUAUGCCGGCUCCCUCGGCCAAUAAAGCGAUAUGAGCGCCGCAACCCCAGAGUCGGCCACGACUGGACCUAAUGGUCAGGGGUCCCUUUACCUUUACCUUACUGUCAUUAUGCUUUUUAUUAUGUUUAUAUUUUUAUUAUUGAUGCUCCUAAUUAUUAUUAUUAUUAUUGUUAUUUUUUAUUAUUAUUAUCAGUGCAUUUUUUUCUGGGGGUACGUAGGGGUAUGCAUACCCCUAAACAUUCUGUGAAUCUAAGUUUGGCCUCAUUGAGGGAAAGUAUUUCAAUAUGAGUAGGAGAAUGAGAGUACCUCUAAACAUUUUUUAAGAAAAAAAGCACUGAAUAAUAAUAAUAAUAAUAAUAAUAAUAAUAAUAUACCACCCUAUACCCGUAAGUCUCAGGGUGGUUCACAAGAUAAAAUUACAACAUAAAAACACAAAAUACACAAUCAAAAUAUAAACAGAAGUAGCCAAAUACCACCACCACAAAAAACACAUGAAAACAGUUAAAAACAUUUUUUAAACACACACACACUUGAAAAAAUCAGUUGAAAAUGUGUUCUUAAUGUUGUACACCACCCUGGGAUCUUUUGGUCGAGGGCAGUAUAUGAAUCAAACAAUAAAGAUGAUAGUUCUAAAGGUGUAAGGCUGGGCUUUGUGAAUGUGUGAUGAAUGAACUGCAGAGAGGGGAAAGGGUGUGUAAGUAAGCUGCCGCCCCCCCCCCCAGUCCCCUGGCAUGCUGACUCCUUUCUGAAUUUUGCUAUUGGCCCACUCCACAUUCUUCCCACUCUACACAUUGUUAAUGUUUCUCAGUAGAGCCCGGGGAAAGAGAACUUGUCUUCCGCCCUGGCAAUGUUGUUGGAGUACAAUUCCCACCCCCAUCCCCCCGAUUGUUGUUCCCCAUCUCAGCCUUAGAACUUCGGUUCCCAUCCUAUACAGACUCCCUGAAUCCACUGAAUUCCAUGGGAUGUGACCAUCUGAGCAGACAUGCCUAGACUUGCAUAGGGUUGCUCCUCAUGGGAACUCCCUGAUUUGGCAAUGGUAGCCACAAUCAUGAGCAUCAGGAGUACAGUGGUACCUCGGUUUACAAACUUAAUCCGUUCCGGAAGUCCAUUCUUAAACCGAAACCGUUCUUAAACCAAGGCACGAUUUCCCUAAUGAGGCCUCCCACCGCCAGUUCAGAUUCUACCGUUCGGAUUCCAUUCUUAGAUCGAGGUAAAGUUCGCAAACCGGGACACAACUUCCAGUUUUGCGGAGUUUGUAAGCCAAAUUGUUCGUAAACAGGGCUGUUCUUAAACCAAGGUACCACUGUAUUGCCAUAGAACAGAUCUUCCCAGUCUGGGGCCCCCAGAAGUUUUUGACUCCAGCUGCCAUUAUCUCCAGCCAGCAUGGCCAAUGGUCAAGGAUGUUGGGAGUAGGAAUCCAACGACAUCUGGAGGACCACAGAUUUCCCCAUCCCUGGCUAGAGAGACCAAACGUCAGAAUAAAGCAGCUUCCAAUGUCCUGAGUCUUGAGAUAAGGGAUUUGUCCACCUCUAAAUGUCAUACGGAUUCCUGGGGGUGGGGGAACAGCCUUAGCUCAGCCCCUCCUCUGCAUGAUGCCAGCAUCUCCCUGCCCUCCCUCCAGGGAGGCUGAGGUUCUCAGGAGGCCCUAAUUGAAUCAUCUCCAAAGUUCAGGUACAAAUUGAAUGCCGCGACUUUUGCGGAAUCUAAUAGAAAACCUAAUUUGCUUGCUGAAGCUGCUAAUUGCCGGGAGCGAUGCAGAGAGGGUGGCCUUCCCUGCUGAGGACGAGGCGGGUGGGGUUGCUGGGAAACAAGCCUGGCAGCUCUGAGGGGCACCCCCAUCACUCGGUAUCCGUGUGGUCCUCCACAACUUUGGCCUUUGCAUUCAAAUCAGGCCUCCAGAACCAAUUAUGGAAAAACCUCUCUAAUUCCCUGGAAGGUUUCAAUUUGCACUGAAGGCCCCUUCCUCCUAUAUCACUGGUCCAUCAACUGGCCUCCUCUCCAGCCCCCUUUUUUCUCCCCUCCUACCUUCAGCAUAGGGACACGGGUGGUGCUGUGGGUUAAACUACAGAGCCUAGGACUUGCCAAUCAGAAGGUUGGCGGUUCAAAUCCCCAUGACAGGGUGAGCUCCCGUUGCUUGGUCCCUGCAACCUAGCAGUUCGAAAGGACGUCAAAGUGCAAGUAGAUAAAUAGGUACCGCUCCGGCGGGAAGGUAAACAGCAUUUCCGUGCGCUGUUCUGGUUUGCCAGAAGCGGCUUAGUCAUGCUGGCCACAUGACCCAGAAGCUGUACUGGUUCCAUCGGCCAGAUGAGCACCGCAACCCCAGAGUUGACCACAACUGGACCUAAUGGUCAGGGGUCCCUUUACCUUUACCUUCAGCAUGCUGGGGCAUCCCUGGGCCACCUCAGGCAGCAGAGGUGGUGGGCAGGGCACAGCGGAGGAGUCAUUGUCAUCAGUGGCAACAUCAGGGGGGCACUAGGGUGGAGGACAAGUGGCAGCCGGGGGUGGGCAGCAUUUUCACUUUUGCCGCAAGCAGCAAAAUGUCCUGGGCCGGCACUGCCAUCUGUUCCUACAUCCUCUGUUACAAAGAUGGAGAAGAUUUGGCCCUCCAGAUGUCGUGGGCCUCCAAUUCCCAUCAGCCCCAGCCAGUAUCGCCAUUGGUCAUUGUGGAUGAUGGGAGUUGUAGACCUUUGGAAAGGCCACAGGCUCCCAAUCCCUUCUCUAUUAGAAAGGUUUUCCGAGAUAAAGAGCUGUAAUAAGAGAUAGCAGGGGCCUCAAAAGUGCCUGUCAUUAGGUAGCUCCUGGGCAGGCGACUGACAGUUAUUAUUUUGUACCUACGGGACUGCCUCUCCUGGUAUGUCCCACGGAGGACCUUACGGUCUUCAAACAAAAACAUCUUGGAGGUCCUGGGCCACAGGGAGGUUAGGCUGGCCUGAACCAGAGCCAGGGCUUUUUCGGCUGUGGCUUCCAUCUGGUGGAACGCUCUGUCACAAGAGACUAGGGCCCUGCGGGACUUGACAUAUUUCCUCAGGGACUGCAAGACAGAGCUGUUCCACCAGGCCUUUGGCCAGGGCACAGCCUGACCCUCUCCUUUGGCAAUCCUCACAGAACUCUAGCCAAUGGUUGCCAUUAAUUUGAUUUGAACUGAUUUUAUAAUGAAAUGAUUUUAGAAUGUUGUAAUAUUUUACUGCUGUUAGCUGCUCUGAGCCCGGCUUCGGCUGGGGGGGGGGGAGGAGGAUAUAAAUAAAUUAUUAUUAUUAUUAUUAUUAUUAUUAUUAUUAUUAUUAUUAUUUCUAAAUUUGUUUCUAUACAUAUUAAAUUGGCAUGUGCCAAUUUUAUGCAAACAGAUAUCCUCUUUUUUGUAAUAAGCAGUGUUUUUUUUCUGAGGGGUAAAAGUGUGACACUUACUGUAGCAACUUCAAGGUACCUGGACCUACCUACCUUCCUUUCUUCCUUCCUUUCUAAAAAAGCACUGGUAAUAAGUUAAAAAACACAGCCCACACUUCUGAAACCACCUUAAGUCUUCAGUAAAAAUGCAGUUUUUUCCACACACAAAGAUCUCCCAACCAUCAGCCCCCACCGAUAAAUCAUCAACCAGUCAUUUUGAUCCAUUAACAUGCAAUCUUCCUAGUGAAAGAUGGUUGUCCAGUCAUUGCAACAAUACAAAUGCACUAACAAAAGGAUUGAAAGAAAAUUUUGGAUGGGAAAUACUACAGGCUCAGUUGCCUAAAACAAUUUUAAAAAUUGAAAGUGGCACUUCUUAUCGAGAAAGAAGACUAUAUAGUGUGCCAGAAUUAUCUCCUUUGUUAGUUGAAAUGAGAAUCAAGGCUGAUCUGACUUGCACAUGUCAAUGUCUUUAUCUCUUCCAGAGCUACAACAAGCACACAGCACUCCCACGCAGCCAUCUAGUUUUUCAGCAGACUGGAGCAGCCAGGGCAGCCAGACAAGCUCUCGUAUCAGCUCUGGGAAGCACCGGAGAUCUCAUGGUAGGAGAAGCAGCAAGGGGCAAAACAGAGCAUCAGGAAGAAACUCAAAUACAGGCAAUGUUCUUAGAAACCUAGGGUUGGAUCCAGACUAACAGUGCAGACCUGUGCAUGCUCACUUAGUGAGUUCAGUGGGACCAGCUUAGGCUGCUACCCUUCCUUCCUUCUUUCAUUUUCAUACAAAAAGAACCAUGUUCUUUCUUUUUUAUUAUUGAAUUAUGUUGCAUACACAAGCAAUUAGAACAAAACUUACAGUUGUCAAACAGAUUAAGUAAAUAAAAAAAUAAAAAAUUAAUAAGGAAAAGUAAAAUUACAAUAUAGAAGGGGGGAAAGGAGGAAAAAAAGUGUGUGUGUGUGUGUGUGUGUGUGUGUGUGUGUGUAGGAUAACAGUAAAUCACUCAUUGUUAGACUAAUAUUUUACAAACAGAUUCUUAAAUUAAAACACAGAGAACUACAUACAAAGCUACCUACAAAACAAAAAAUAAAGACUUCUGCCAAUACCACAACAGUUCAUUGUUCUUAGUAAAGAUACUUUCCUGUAUUUCCAUUGGUUCCUCAUCUUCAUAUCAGGACACUAUUGCUUUUGCAGUGUUAUUCUAGGCACAACCAGAUCUUAGGUGCUGAACCUUGAUUCAUCAGGUCUUUGUUUAAAUGACCCCAUUCUUUCUUAACUAUUGUAUUAGAUUUGUGUCUUAAUACAUCUGUUAGCUUUGUGAGUUCCAAGUACUCGGUCAGCUUGCAUAACCAUUCUUUGGUGGGUAUAUGAUUUUCUUUCCAAUAUUUAGCUACCAAGACCCUUGCUGCUGAUAUUGCAUAAAGGAAUAAUCUUAUUUUAUCUUUAGGGAUAUGAUAUUGACUGUCAUGAUUCCCAAAAGGAAUGCUUCUGGUUUUUUGCAGAAUGUGAUUUUCAUUUUUUUAAAUUUUUUUAUUUAUAAAAUUUUCAAAUAUAACAAUAAAGGAAAAACAUUCCAUUCGAAAUAUACAUCCAAUUCUAAUCUUUCCACUUUCAGACUUCUUUCAGUCUAUCUGGAAAUUUUUCAUGUUAUCACAGUUAAUCACAUUUCUUCCAUCUGUUUUUUUUUUUAACCAAAUUAAUCUUAACAAUUAUUAUAAAACAAUAUUUCUUUCCAUUAUUAUCACAGAGCUUCUUGAAAACCUACAAACGUUAAUUGGCCUUCACAUAUAUUUUUAAUAUACUCUGUAAAAUUAUUCCAGUCUUCGGUAAAUCUCUGGUCUCGCCGGUUCCGAAUUCUCCCCGUUAGCUUGUCUAAUUCUGCGUAUUCCAUCAACUUCAUUCUCCAUUCUUCUUUCGUCGGGAUUUCUUCCUGUUUCCAUUUUUGUGCCACCAAAAUUCUUGCCGCUGUUACUGCAUAUAAAAACAACUUCUCAUCCUUCUUUUUUAUGUCAUUUCUUAGUAUUCCUAACAGAAAGGUUUCUGGUUUCUUAACAAAGGUAUAUUUCAACAUUUUUUUCAAUUCAUUAUAAAUCAUUUCUCAGAAACCUUUCAUUUUUUUACAUUCCCACCACAUAUGAUAGAAUGUUCCUUCUUUCUCCUGACAUUUCCAACAUUUAUUACUAACUUUAUACAUCUUUCCAAGUUUUACUGGUGUAACAUACCAUCUGUAUAACAUUUUCAUAACAUUUUCUUUUAUUGUAGUACAUGCAGUAAAUUUCAUUCCUUCUUUCCACAAUCUUAUCCAAUCAUCAAAUUGAAUAUUAUAACCAAAGUCUUUGGCCCACUGAAUCAUUGCAACUUUAACCUCUUCAUCCUUAGUAUGCCACUCAAGUAAUAAUUUAUACAUUUUAGAUAAAAUUUUAACAUCAUUAUUCACAAUUUCUUUUUGAAAGUGGUCUGUAACGCAGGCUCAAAAAUAUUCUGAAUUUUUUCAGCAGGAGAUCAUACAAACCUAUUCAGCCCUUGGCAUAACUUCAUAUGAUCACGAUCAAACUAUUAAUCUAUUUGCCAAUCUGUUGAAUGACCUUACGUCAUUCUUUUCUGUCCCAACCCACUAGGCAAAUUGGGCCCACCCCAAGAUAGGUGCACCGUGGUUUAACUGUAAUUGCAAACAAGCCAAACAACAUCUUUGUGCUAUUUAUAAUGAUUACAAAUCCUCAGGGGCGAUUACGCUUCCCAAGGAGUACUAUCAGGCAAAAUCAGCUUACAAAUAUGUGCAGAAAAAGGCCAAACAGGAAUGGCAAUUGAACCGCUGGCAAGCACUUAUAGCUGCCUCAAGUACCCGUAAUUCCCGAAAAUUCUGGCUGUUGGUUAACAGAAAAUCUAAAAGAUACCCUUUAACAGUUAUUCCUGCCCCAAUUUGGGAAUCCUUUCUAAGGAAUUAUUUUGCCUUACCAGACCUUAAUAUUAAUACAAUUGAUGGAGUCUAUGAGCAGCUCCCUCUUUGGCCACCCACUGACCCGGAAGAAAUCCACGGACUUAUUUCUAAUCUUAAAAGCGGAAAAGCCCCCGGUCCUGAUCUAGUCCCGGCAGAAGCUAUAAAACUUCAUGCUGACUGGUGGGCGAAAAUCCUGGCCGCUACCUUUGAUGCCGUAAACAACAGUGGGAAGGUACCAAGAAUAUGGAAGGAUGCGAUUAUUGUUCCAAUUCAUAAAAAGGCUCGACAGAUGACCCGGAAAUUACAGGAAUAUCAGUUUAUUGUCAUUAAUUGGGAAAAUAUAUGCACGGUUCUUGUUAACUAAGCUUACUAAGUGGGCCGAAGAGAACAACCUGAUUGGGCCUGAACAGGCUGGUUUUAGACCGAAUCAGUCAGCGGUUGAUCAGGUCUUAGUUUUAUACCACCUUGCCCGGAAAUACUCCUCCCCAAAUAGAGGCCAACUUUGUGCGGCCUUUAUUGAUUUAAAGGCCACUUUUGACAGCAUCCCCAGAGGAUUGCUUUGGGGAAAAUUAGCCCGAUGGGGAAUAGACAAAAGACUUUUGUGGCUAAUAACUAAAUUGCACGACGGAUCGGCCGCGAGGGUGAGAAUCACUCCGGCAGGCGACCUCUCAAACUCAGUAGCUAUCAAUAGAGGUGUUCGCCAAGGAUGUAUCCUUGCUCCGACCCUUUUUAAUCUAUUUAUAAGUGAUAUGAGGGCGCCUCUGAUAGAGGCUCAAGAAACGAUCCACGCCCCUCGUCUUGCCCAAUAUCGUUGCCCUCUUCUACUCUACGCAGACGACGCAGUGAUCCUAUCCUUUUCAAGAGUCGGCCUUAGGAGGGCAUUAAAAAUUUUCGAUGUCUACUGCAAAUCAAAUUUUCUUACAAUUAACCAUGUUAAGUCCAAAGUCCUAAUUUUCACCAAGAGUCGAAAAACCUAUAAUUGGAGAAUAGACGGAAAAGCUAUUGACCAAGUCUUUAAAUUUCAGUACUUGGGAGUCUUUCUCCAACACAACAUGGGCUGGAAGGUCCAUGUUGCAUAUGUAUUAAACAGAGCUAAAGCCCUUUCCUAUGCGCUAUUGCGUUUUCUUUUCAGAUGGGGCUUUCCAUAUUCCAUCAGUGUUAAAAGUUUUCAAGGCAAAGGUGAUUGCAACAAUAGCAUAUGCAGUCCCAUUAUGGGGGUCCUUUGCUAAUCUAACCCAUUUGGAGGUAAUCCAAAACCAGCUUUUAAGAAGGUUGUUAAAAUUACCCAGGUGUGUAAGCAAUACUGCUAUACGACUGGAACUAAAUGUUACAUCUCUAGAAACCACAUUAUGGAAAUGCAUCCUCUGUUACUGGUUGGCUUUAUGGCAUAAACUUCCAAAUCUCCACUUGAUACAAUGCCUCUGGAGAGAUGACUUCCCUAGCCCCUGGGCAAAAAUAAUACAUGGGAAACUUGUGUCUCUAGGACUAUCUCCAUCUGAACUAUUAAAAUUGGAUUUAACUUCGGCCAAAAGAAUUAUAACUCACAAAUUAGAGGAGAUGGACUUACAAUUUAAUAUUGCGACAGGUGGUGGCACCUGUUCGCCGAUAAACCUUGGCUUAACACCACCAACGAAACUUCCAUCUUACUUAACUACCUUAUCUGUGGUGACGCACAGGUAUGCCUUUAUAAUGGCUAGAUUCAAUGCUUUCCCAUCAAACGUGUUGGGUAACAGACUCUCCAACGGACAGAUCUCACUCCUCUGUGACUGUAAAAGUGGAUCUAUAGAAUCAUUAUAUCAUAUAAUCUUCUGUUGUCCAUUACAUUCGGCUUCACGGUCCAAGUUUCUGGCCCCAUAUUUAUCGAAAAUUGCUGACAGUCCUCAGGAAGCCCAAAUAAUAUACUUAUUAAACGACGAAGAUACAAGUAGAUCCCUUGCAAUCGCUAGAUUCCUGAUUAAUGUUUUAUUUCAAAAGAGGAGAAAUGGAUCACUGUAUGUUUCUGACAGCUUAGCCAAACUUAAGAACCAUCAAUAAGUGCCAGAACUAAGACGUAUACCCCCCAAAAUCUGAUGGAUCGGAAUUGCGGUUUACAUAGAGGAGCUUAUUGUGUAUAGUGUUUACUUAACUAAAGUAAAAUUGGUUUUAUAAGGGUGUUUCAACUUGGAACUGUUUAAAUUGUAUUGUUUAUGGAUAAAUUCUGAUGUAUUGUUUUCGAUAUGGGCCAAUGGCCGCAAUAAAUCUAAAUCAAUUUUGCAAUCAAUCAAAUCAAAUUUUAGAUAAAAUUUUAACAUCAUUAUUCACAAUUUCUUUUUGAAAUCUAGAUUUUUCAUCUUGAAAACCUCUUUCCAGCAUCUCUUUUUUAAACAUCGCAUUCACUUGGAAGUAAUGUAACCAAUCAAACACAUAUUCUUUAACUUCAUCAUAUGGUUUCAAUUUCGAUUUAUUUCCUUCUUUUAUAAUUAAAUUCUCAUAUGUAAUCCAACUCCCCGUCAUAUUGAUCUUCUUAACACUCAUUACCUCCAAUGGCGACAGCCAAAAUGGAGUUUUAAACUCUAAUAAAUUUUUGUACCUAUUCCAUACUUCAAUCAGCGGACCUCGGAAAAUGUGAUUUUCAAAACCUUUAUGCACUCUUUUUUUCUCAUACCAUAAAUAUGCGUGCCAACCAAAUCUAUUAUCAUAUCCUUCUAUCCAAAAGUUCUGAAUUUUCCAACUUUAUCCAUUCUUUCACCCAGCAAAGACAUGCAGCCUCGAAAUAUAACUUUAGGUCUGGCAGGGCAAAGCCUCCUCUAUCUUUUGCAUCCGUUAAAAUCUUAAAUUUUAUUCUAGGCUUCUUGCCCUGCCAGACAUAUCUUGAUAAUACUCUUUGCCAUUCUUUAAAUAUCGCCACACCUUUAAUUAUUGGUAUUGAUUGAAAUAAAAACAACAUUUUUGGUAGUACAUUCAUUUUUACCGUUGCAAUUCUUCCCCAAAAUGACAACUUCAUUCUUCCCCACACUUCCAGGUCCUUCCUAAUCUUGUUCCAAACUGGUACAUAAUUAUUUUGAAAAAGAUCAAUACUCUUGGGAGUUAAUAUAAUCCCAAGAUAUUUAACUUAACCACUUCCAUAUCUGUUUGUUGCUGAAUUCUUUCUAUUAUCUCUUGGUCCAUAUUUUUAACCAUUAUUUUCGUUUUACUCUUAUUUAAUUUGAAACCGGCAACUUGUCCAAAUUGCUCUAUCUCUUCUAACACUUGCAGAAUGUGAUUUUCAAUAACUUUUUUAUUUCCUUGUAAGUCAUGUCCCAGAUUUUUUUUUAUCUCUGGGCACAACCACCACAUGUGAUAAAAAGUUCCUAUUUGGUUUUUACACCUCCAACAAUUAUUGUUGUGAGAUUUAUUUAUUUUAGCCAACUUAGCAGGGGUUAGAUACCACCUGCAUUUCAUUUUCAUAAAAUUUUCCCUUAUUAAGUAGCAGGCCGUAAAUUUUAAGUUUUUUGUCCAGAGCUCUUUCCAUUUCUCCAAUUCAAUCAUACAGGUCUCGGUCCCAUUUUCUCAUAACAUCUUUAAUUUCCUCAUUCCUCAACUUCCAGUUUAUCAACAGCUUAUAAAUUUAUAAAUAGAACCAUGUUCAAUAUGGCUUGUGACAAAGAAAACAUGGAGACAUCUCAACAUCAACCAUUGCAAGAACCAUUUCUUAAUAAUAUAAUGAAAUGACAACAUAAUAGCAAAUAUAACAAUGUAUAAGGAAACAACUUUUCAGUUCUAUAAAUAUAACAAGAUUAUAAUAACAACUUUGCACUUCCUGGUAGUAGCAAAAAUAACAAGGGAGCUUAGCAGGUCCUAGAAAACCUUCCAUAGUGUUGCUGACAGUCGCUCUUCUGAAGCAGCUUCUUAAAAGGCUUUCAAAGGCAGGGGGCGAGGUAGCUGAAAACCCCCUUCCCAUGAUGCACCUAUUACUUUGGGUACAGUUGCAUAGAAAGUAGAUCAGAAUCUACGGGCAGAUCCCAGGGUGAUUUGCUGUAGAUUGGCAAUGGUUUCUAACUCCCUUAACAAUAGUAACAACUAAAUGACUUUUCCAGCCUAAAUUGGGCUGUAGAAAUGAAGAAAGCUAAAAUCAGUAAUGAAAGGACUGUAAGCUCAGUUCAGCUCUGGAGCUGAAAAACAAAUUCCUAGGCUCAGAAUGUGCUCAGAGGCACCAACUUCCUUAAUUCUAACAGGAUGCCUUCUGUCCUUGGUUCUGGUUGAGAGAUCUCAGGAUUAUAGUAGAUCCGACACACUGUCCACCUGACCUCAAGAUGUAGUUCUGUCGAAAAUAUGGGAAAGUUAUUUAUAAAACAGCUGUACUUUAAAAACAUAGUUUUGAGUUUGGAAAAGCCCCUGGUUUUUAAGGAUGUAGUUUUUAAGGAUGCAGUCCUGAAAGGUGGAAAACAAAGUCAAUCUUGCUCCAGUUCAAAGCUCCCGUUUCCUGAAAGCUGUCCACAGCAACUGUGCUUGGAUGGGUUAAAGGUAAAGGUAAAGGGACCCCUGACCCCUGAGGUUGCGGCGCUCAUAUCGCUUUAUUGGCCGAGGGAGCCAGCGUACAGCUUCUGGGUCAUGUGGCCAGCAUGACUAAGCCACUUCUGGCAAACCAGAGCAGCGCACAGAAACGCCGUUUACCUUCCUGCUAGAGCAGUACCUAUUUAUCUACUUGCACUUUGACGUGCUUUCGAACUGCUAGGUUGACAGGAGCUGGGACUGAGCAACAGGAGUUCACCCCGUCGCGGGGAUUUGAACCGCCGACCUUCUGAUCGGCAAGUCCUAGGCUCUGUGGUUUAACCCACAGCGCCACCCGCAGGUUAAUCUACAUCAAUUUCUGUGGAACCGAUCCCAUGAGUGGGUGUAAUAGAAAUUAACACUAUGGAAGAAUGGGAGGAGGUGGGGAAUCUCAGGCCCAGCUCAGGGGUAGGGUAAAUGUACCCCUCCAGGGCUUUCAAUCUGCCCCUUGAAAUUCCUUCCUGGCCACAUCCCUCAGGGGUCCUACUUCACAUCUUGGGUGUUUUUGCCAGCUGGAAUGUGUCCGUGAACUUUUGCUUCUCUGGUUGUAGGAUAGUGUGUAUGUGACUGUAGACACUAGCCUAAUGUACAAAGAUAGACGUACACAUAUCGUUUUGCCUCUCGCAUGUGACCCUCAAAAGAUUGCCCAGAAGAAUCCUGCUGGAUGAAACCAAAGGUCCACCACCAUCCUGUUUCUCACAGCAGCCACCCGCAUGUCUCUGAGAAGCCUUCUCCGACUCCUGUUCCCCAGGAACUGCAAUUCAGAGGCAUGGUGCCCACGACCCGUAGCCAUUGAUAAAACACAUCCUCCCUGAAUUUGCCUAUUCUCCCCUUAAAGCCAUCACCACACCUUGCAGAGGGGAAUUUCCUACUUUAUCUAUGCACUGAGAAAUCCCUCAUGAGCAUAAGGCUUUCCCUGGCAGAGGUGGGCAAUAGCAUGGACGUUCCUGUUUAAGCCUCUACUUCGGAUUGUAUAGCAUCUCUCUUAACAUCCCAGGAGAGGGCAGCAAAGCUUCGUGUUAGCUCUGGAGUUAUGGAGCUUUUCUUUGGAGAACAGUUGAUUGCUAAUGCUUUUGCUUUCUGGUGCCCCGCUCUCAUUUCGGACCUGAGGUCUCCUUGUGCUUUGGCCUGUAGUACCUUGCAUCCUUUGUAAUGGGAUGCUCAUAUUCUGCCAUCCUGGGACCUUUGGGCGGCUAAUUUCAAAGGGCACUGCUCCAGUUUUGAACACAUGCGUCAUUGAAUGAUCUUGGUUGCUUCUGCCAAUGGGAGAUUUUCCUUUAACGCUAAUAAGUGUCUGCUUGUGUGUGAUUUUUAAUGGCACCGUGGCUUGGAAGGAAAUUAUUGAGCCUCUCCUCCCUUAUCUAUGAAAAGCACCAUCACUGCCCCAUGCCUGCUAUGACACAUUUAGCACUGUGCUGCACCCUGGGGGAGGGGGCAUUCAAAAGAGGGGUGUUCCAUAUGUUCCAUGCAGUGCUAUUUUUCUAGAAAAUAAGGUGCUGGAACUCCCCAUGAACACGUCCCUUGUUCUCUUAUAACGGCAAUGGCGCUCACCCGAGAGGUGCCGGAACUGAGUUCCAGCUUAGAAAAAGUCCUGGCCCAUGGACCCAGACCUGACUGAUGGUCUGUUAGGGACCUGGGUCUGCUAAGAACCAACGUGUACGGGGAGGGCCACAACCCAGUGGCAGAGUUUCUGCCUUGCAUUCUGAAGGUCCCUGGUUCAACCCUGAGCAUCUUCAGGUAGGCCUGGGAACAUUCCCUGUCUGAAACCCUGGAGAGUCACUUAUUAUACUGAGCAAGAUGGGCUAAUACUCUGACUUGCUAUGAAGGCAGCUCCCCGUGUUCCUAACCCUUUAAAAAGCCUUGUUGCACCAGGGACGUAGGUGGCGCUGUGGGUUAAAUCACAGUGCCUAGGACUUGCCGAUCAGAAGGUCGGCGGUUCGAAUCCCCAUGACGGGGUGAGCUCCCGUUGCUCGGUCCCUGCUCCUGCCCACCUUGCAGUUCAAAAGCACAUAAAAGUGCAAGUAGAUAAAUAGGUACCACUCCGGUGGGAAGGUAAAUGGCGCUUUUGUGCGCUGCUCUGGUUCGCCAGAAGCAGCUUAGUCAUGCUGACCACAUGACCCGGAAGCUGUACGCCGGCUCCCUCGGCCAAUAAAGCGAGAUGAGCGCCGCAACCCCAGAGUCGGCCACGACUGGACCUAAUGGUCAGGGAUCCCUUUACCUUUACCAUUUGGGCACCAGUCCCUGCCUUCAUCUAUUCCUCCCUCGCCCCCUGCCAUGGUGCCGUCUGCUGGGCCAACUCCAUGUGCCAAGCAUGUACAAGGAGCUCUGAGCCACAGUUUCUCUCUCCUUUGAUCCUCGCUGAACAGUGGCAUUGAAAUCGUUUAAAUAAAUACAGUCAGGAGCCGGAAGGAUGAGGGACUGAGCUUGUACACAUCGCCUAGCAAUUGCCCGCACCUCCUUAGGGGAUGCCUGCCCCGUUCCAAGAUGUUUGGCUUUCGAGGGCUCCCAGAGCUAGAGAUAAGACUAUUAGUCUGAGCCUGAACUGUGUGUUUAUGGCCAGCUCUGGUGGUAAAUCUCUGCUCUCUCCCGGAUGUGCCUCUGAGCUUUGCCUGCAUUGUUUUUAUUAAGGGAGCCUCGUUGCCAGAUGAGCCUCCAGCCGGCAAGCUGGCUCUCGAGGACAGAGACUUCUUCUUUGAAGCCCCUUUCAAAAGCUUAAUGAGGCAGCGGGACUGCCGAGGACGCCUCUCCUUGCAAACUGUGUGCUCGGCCUCCACCGCACCCUCUCCCUGGUGCCCCAUGCCCAUAAAUCCUUCUGAGUUAUUCAUGAGGCAGGGUCUGCAAGGAAGAGGCUAUGUGGGUAAAUUGGACAUUGUGGAGGGGGGACAAGAGAGGAAUCGGAGGGUUUCUGUCAAUGUAUGGAUUACGACAGGGUUUUUUUGUUGCAUGAACAGCUGCCUGGCCUGGAAGCCAUUAUUAUUAUUAUUAUUAUUAUUAUUAUUAUUAUUAUUAUUUCACUUGUAUACCACCCUCUAUCAAAGGAUCCCAGGGCGGUGUACAACAUUAAAAAUACAUUACAGGGCAUCAAUGAUAAAAAACAUAAUAAUAAAAGCAUGAUAAAAAGCAUACUGACUAAUGCUAAAGUAGUCUAAUACUAAAAAUAGUCACUACAAACAACCACCCAGAGUGGCUGUGGAAACCCAACCAGAUGGGUGGGGUAUUAAUAAUAAUAAUAAUAAUAAUAAUAAUAAUAAUAAUAAACAGUUCUCUCCCCCACACUUUCACAGGCCAUAGAUUAUUUCAUAGCCAUAGGCCUGGAUAAAGAGGAAUGUAUCAGGAAAGGGCAUUCCACAACUGAGGAGCCACCACAGAAAAGGCCUGUUCUCUUGUUGCUGCCCUCCCUGGGAUGGGGGACAUAGAGAAGGGCCUCACAUGACAAGCACAGGGUCCAGGUCAGUUUAUAUGGGGAGAGGUGAUCCUGGAGGUAUUGAGGUCCUGAACUGUGUAAGGCCAGCUUAUAUCUUCAACUCAGGCCCUGCCACGCUAUACAUUCAAAGCAGUACCAGACCACUUUAAACAGUCGUGGGUUCCCCCCAAAGGAUACUGGGUACUGUAGUUUGAUAUGGGUACCAAUAGUUGUUUGGAAGACCCCUGUUCCACUCAGAGAGCUACAGUUGCCAUAGUGGUUUAACAGUCAAUCAGUCUUCCUUGGGAUCUAGGGACGUGGGUGGUGCUGUGGUAUAAACUACUGAGCCUCUUGGGCUUGCCGAUCAGAAGGUCGGUAGUUCUAAUCCCCGUGACAGGUUGAGUUCCCGUUGCUCUGUCCCAGCUUCUGCCAACCUAGUAGUUUGAAAGCAUACCAGCACAAGUAGAUCAAUAGGUACCGCUGCAGCAGGAAGGUAAACAGCAUUUCCGUGCGCUCCGGCUUCCGUCCUGGUGCUCUUUUGAACCAGAAGCUGUUUAGUCAUGCUGGGCACAUGACCCAGAAAGCUGCUUGCACACAAACACCGACUCCCUUGGCCUGAAAGCGAGAUGAGCACCGCAAACCCAUAGUCGCCUUUGACUGGAGUAAACCGUUCAGGGGUCCUUUACCUUUUUUUAAAAACCUUACCUGAGGAACUCUGGGAAUUGUAGUUGUGUAAGAGGAAUAGGGGUCUCCUAGAAACUGUCAGCUCCCUUAAGAAACUACAGUUCCCACGAUUCCUAGGGUGUAUGUGUGUCUUGACUGUUUAAAGCGGUAAGGUACUGUUUUAAAUGUAUGUGUAGUUGGGGACCCUAGAAUCUGCAAGUGAUGAAGCCUCUCGUCGAUUAUACCAGUUUUCAGGUUGCAGGUGGGAGCUUGCUUGUUUUGAAGAUUCCUCCCUAAGUGGUGGCGGGUGGGCAGAGAUGCCCCCACACAGAAAAGGAGCAGGUUGGGAAUGAAAGCUAAACCGAAUGCUUGUCCCCAGUCCGCCCAUUUUCAAGAUCAAUAUUUUACAUUACGUGGGGGAAGUAUAUGAAUCAUGCAAUUUGCCCCAAGCCCAUCUCCCCACUGGACUCUACAAUCACUGGCCGCAGCAUCGCCCAAUGUUACAGUCCAGGGAGAACCGAAAUAUAACAAGAUGCCAAAAGUUAGUUCUCUGAUUGCUAGCAGCGUAGAGUUCAUACAUACCACUUAAAGUCUGGUUUUAAAAGCUUGCCUUCUGCUGUUGGUGAGCAAGUGUGAAAGACAAGAAUGUGGUUUUAAAUGUGUUUCUUUUCAGUGUUCAGAUCGCUUAAUGGCAUGGGGCUAUUUCAAUUACAUUUCAACCUUCUUGGUUUUUUGUGGGGGGGUUUUUGUGUGUGGUGGGGAGGUUUAGUCACCUGUAAACUAAUUUGUUCUGAUGUGCAUUUUUCGGCUCCUGCUGCUGUUCUUCCCCAUAGAGUUGUACAGAUUUGGAAAUAGCUUUUUCACAGUUUAAUUUAAGCUCAGUGGUAGGGCCCUUGCUUUGCAUGCAAAAGGUCCCGAGCUUAAUCUUUGGGAUCUGACAGUUGGGGUAAAAAAAUAGUUGCAUUAGAAGCUAGUGCUAGUCAUUGUUGACAGUGCAGAGAGAGACGGACAAAUGGUCUGAAUAGAGUUGGCCCUACCAUUAGGCAGAGUGAGCCAAUCUCCUCUGGUGGCAGAUUCUGGGGCGAAGCAUUCCCCUCUAUCAGAGGACAGAGCUAUUUGUGCCACACUGAUUGACCUGCACCCGCUAAACUAGCCUGCUGCCCUUGGGUGGAACAGGUGGCACCAUCUUGUCCCUUUGCAUCAGGCAGCAAAAUGUCUUGAGCUGGCUUUGGACCUGAUUCAAUAUAAGGCGACUUCCUAUGUUCUUGUCCAACUUGAGAUGUGGUGGGAAAACCUCAUCAGUUUAACCAGGCCUCGGCAAGGUUUACCUCACCUGGGCCAGUUCACUCCAGCAGAGAUCUCUCUGUGGGCUGGACUGCGCAUGUGCAUGCGCAUGAGCGUGCGUGCCUGUGAUUUCCAGCAUCUGCAUCUGCGCAGACAUGAUUUCCAGCGCCGCGGAAGUGAGUCUCCGUGCUGUGCUGGUUUAGCGCAGCAUGCUGGGACUCACUUAGUGGGCAGCUUGGUUUGGGGGGCGGCUCGUGGGCCGGUUAAACGACUAGUUGUGGCCCAUGGGCCUUAGGUUGCCGACCCCUGACUUUAACCCAUGUAGUUUUCCUUUGCCAUUCAGCGUCUCUCCUGUCGGUUGGAAUUGAUAAGGCUUUCCCUUGACCUUGCGAAGAACAGAUGGGGAGGCAGUGAAGACAAUGAUAACAGGUUAAGCCUGAAGGUUUCUUGUGGAAUUGCAGGACACUGUGAGUCCGCCUCUGAGGUAGGGGAGAGGCAGGAUCCCUUCUGCCCCAAGUGGGAUGGAUGCUGUGGCAAUUCAAGGAGGAAUAGCACGACUUGUGGGUGGUGGCAACACAUUGAUCCAAGAAGAUUUCUGAGCAAUAAUUAAAGUGUUUAAAAUGCACCUGUGCUUGGGGCCUAAAAGGCCAUAAGUCAUUACAUGUGAGAUGAGAAGAGCAUAAUAUGAGCUCUGCUGGAGGAGACCAAAGGCCCAUCUAGUUCCAGGUGCCUGUGGGAGGCUUAUAAGAAGGACCAGACUGCAACAGCACUUUCGCCGUGUGUGACUGCCAGCAACUGGAACCUGAUUCCUUUCAGCUAGGUGCUAGGUGCUGUACAGAACGCAAAUGUUUAUUCUUGACACAAUAUGUCUUGGAGGUGAGGUCAAUAAUGUGGGAAACUGAUGUGACUGAGAAGUGUGUGUGUGUGUGUGUGUGUGUGUGUGAGAGAGAGAGAGAGAGAGAGAGAGAGAGAGAGAGCAGCAAAAAAAUAGUGAUGGAUAAUAAAUUGUAGCAUGGACUCCUUCUCUCUCUCCUGCCCUCCUCAUGCAUCUAUGAAUAACAUUAGCAGAACUCGCAAACAAAUGUCGACCUGGACACCCUCUUUGCUGCUGUGACCUGUGAAAAAAACAGCGAAAUUUGAGGGAACGUUCCUGUUGGUUGUGAUAGACGUUGGGUAGCAUUAUUGCCUUAAUCUCCUUUCCACAUCCCUGCAGCUCAGGAAACUAAGUGCCUGAUCAAUUUGUCCAUAGAGAUCCUGUCAGGCAGUUAAUGUUUAUCUUGGUCUUUUUUCCCUUUCCCUUUCCCCCUGAUGGACACAUUAAGUUUUCCCUAAUCUGAAUUGGAUCUGGCUGUCAUAUGCAAGGCUUGGGGGAUGCUGCUAAUGAGACUUUCAAGGAGAACAUUAUUUCUAGUUUCCUAUAAGAGGGCCAAUGAUGCAAUUCUGCUGAUGGCCUUGCUUCUGCCAGAGAGAGAGGGAGAGAGAUUGCUCUUUUCUUCCCCAUAUUGGAUGCAAGGACUGUAGAGCCUAUGAUGGCACAAUAUGGCUCCUAAGAUGACUUAAUGCCAAAUGCACACUUCAGCUCAAAUUAGGGCUGGGAUGGCUCCAUUGGUACCAGUUUCCAAUAAAUCUGGUGGAUCUAGAUUUAUUGCCAGACAAGAACCAGUUCCUAGGCUCAGAGGAACCCAGUUAUUUUAUUCUAAUAGUAUAUCUUUUGAGCUUGGUUUUGGUUGGUAAAUCUUGAGGUUCUAGUAAAAAGCGAACUAGAUCCCAAAAGCCUGAAAACUACCCACCGCUGCCCUAACCCAUGAGAAUUGCGCUAAUUUAAAACAUGAAACAAGGAAUUGUCAUUGUUCAUAUUAGGUGUGCUGGUGAAAUAAUAAUAAUAAUAAUAAUAAUAAUAAUAAUAAUAAUAAUUUUAUUGAAUUUGUAUACUGUCCUAUACAAGUCUCAGGAUGGUUCACAAGAUAUAAUCACAAUGUGAAAGCACAAAAGAUAUAAUCAAAACAAAAACAACCUAAUAACCCCCUGGGUGAAACAUGAUUUUGGCUAAUUGAGGAGUCUACCUCCAUGGAUCUGAAAACUGUUGUAGGGUUGUGGGCUGAGUCAGAAAUGACUAACUGUUUCUUUUCCUUGUGUUCCUCCACAGGGGAGAUGAAAAAGGUGCUGAAAACGUACAGCUCCCCAAAGUUCUCAAAAUGCAGUGCCUCACAGAACGUCGCCGGUUUGUUGCCUCCUCCUCCUCCCGUCCCUCCGGGUUUUCAAGCUCCCCAAGAUCACAGCACCCAGCCAGUGUAAGAGCAGAUCUGAAAUGCCUUUGUGAUUUACCAUAGAGUCCCUCCAGUCAUCAUUUUCAUUUUGCAUACAUGAUUAUUUGUGCUUUUGGUGCUCUUGGGGUGGCCGCAUGUGAUUCUUCUUCUGAUACUGUUGAUGCCUGCAAAAGUUUUGAGGAGGCCACACAGCUUUGCUUCCAAUCCGUGCAUAUCCGGUAACUUCUUGCUGAAGCCCUGUUUUGUACCACAGAUGCUCUGGUUAUUUUUUUUUUGCCUGCCCCUGGCAGCAACAACGUGGCAGCAUUGGAGAAGCACAGUAGAACAACCUAAAGCAAAAUAAAUGCACUGCUAAGGCCCCAUCUGCAUUAUACAUUUAGAGCAGUAUCAUGCCAAUUUAAAUACUCGUGGCUUCCACCAAGGAAUCGUGGGAACUGUAGUCUGUUAAGGAUGCUGGGAGUUGUCAGGAGACUGCUGUUCCCCUGAUAUACAGCCCUGGCUACUUGCAUAAUGUUUUGUUGGGGUCCAGAACUUGCUAUUUGAGAUCCUAAGUUCACACGGUGCCAUUUGAUUUGCUCGCAAUCCCAUCAGUGCCAUCCCAUCUUUCUGUAAUUGCAGAUGCGGGGAGGGAGUUGAUAUUAUCAGGUCCACAGAAAGGAAAGAGGGAACUUUUAAUCCUUCCUUCUAGCAGCCCCAAUAGAGUGCUGCAAUUAAGUCUAGAAAAAAAGACAGAGUUCCCAUUGACAGCUAUGGGAGCUACCCCCCCCAAAAAAACACCUACCUGUAGCAUAAGGGGGAAGAGCCUAAACUUCCCAUCUUGUGCACUAGGGUCCUGAUAAAAAAGAGGGUAUCUCUACCUGUAACUGAAUAAAGAAAAGCCAAAGAUAUGCUAGCAAGCGAUGCAAUUAGCAUCAAGUACAGUUAUGUACAGGUGGCGCUGUGGGUUAAGCCACAGAGCCUAGGGCUUGCCGAUCAGAGGGUUGGCAGUUUGAAUCCCCGCAACAGGGUGAGCUCCCAUUGCUCAGUCCCUGCUCCUGCCCACCUAGCAGUUCGAAAGCACAUCAAAGUGCAAGUAGAUAAAUAGGUACCGCUUCGGCGGGAAGGUAAACGGCGUUUCCGUGUGCUGCUCUGGUUCUGCUGGCCACAUGACCCGGAAGCUGUACACAGGCUCCCUCGGCCAAUAAAGCGAGAUGAGCGCCGCAACCCCAGAGUCGUCUGCGACUGGACCUAAUGGUCAGGGGUCCUUUUACAGUUAUGCCCUGAGCUCACAAGACUGUGACUCACACAAUUCGCUGUAGUGAUGGAGCCUGGGCAGGCUCUGCCUGGCUCCAGGAAUUCCUUCCUGUAUCUGUGCACCUUUUGAUGGGUGGAGCAUUGCAGCUGUAUCAAGAUCUGCUCCAUGCUGACUCAUCUUCCAGUGCCACCAGGUGCUUCAGAUAAAUUUCCCAGUCCCCGCCUCCCGGCACCGAGAAGAGAAGCCUACCUGCUUUUGCAUACUAUCCUCAGGCACUGGUAUGAUGGAUCAUCUUUGCUGGUGGUUCUGGUGGGAACGAAUUCCAGCCAUACUUUCUACCUACUUGGCACUUAAAAAGCUACAAAUCAUGCUGAGAAUCCAUGCUUUGCUGGAAGAGAGAGUUUUCCACUUAAUAGAGCGGGCCUCUCUGAACAAGUGCCCAGCUAUUUAAGUAAAUGGACAAUUAUCAUUCCAGGAACGUAAAUCAAUCCAUUAGGGCAAUAUCAGCUGACUCUGUCCUUUUCGCUGCCCGCUGAAUCCCACAUUUAUGAAGAGAAAACGUUGUCCUUGGAUCUGUGCAUGAACUAAUAUCGGUGUCAUUCUAAAUUUAUGGGCAAUUACACCAUAAUUGGCCGCUCUAUUGGAAAUACAUUUGGUUGCAGAGGAGAUCGGGGCAGGUUUUGCAGGAGAGAAGAGGCUGCAAAUACGUUUCAUGCACUGCCUCAUAUCACUACUGGCAUGUGCCACAUGCUCAAGUCGAAUAAGUGCUUUUCCUCCUAGUGAUGGGAGGACCGUAAUGGCAGCCUUCGGACAGGGCUGGGAAACCUUGCCCGUUUCCCCAUUUCCUGAAACCCUGGAAAGCAGCUGCCAGUCAGUGUAGGCAAUGCUGAGGUUGAGGGACCAAUGGUCUGCAGCUUCCUAGGUUCUUAGUGGUGAUCCUUGACUAUUUAGCCAUCAGGAGCUGAGGAAGAUACUUCUGCUUCUAGGCCAUGUUUUCUGUAGCUGGUUAAGAACAAGAUGCUAGUGUCCAUGCAUUGCUACUCAGGGUAGGGAACAUUUUUCAUACCCUCCAACGUUUCUGAAAUGAAAAUAGGGGCAUCCUAUUCCAUACCCUCCCAACAUUUCCCCAAUGAAAUGGGGACAUCGUGUUCCAUACCCUCCAACAUUUCUCCAGUGAAAUGGAGGCAUCCUGUUCCAUACCCCCCAACCUUUCUCCAAUAAAAAUAGGGACAUCCUAUUUCAUAUCCUCCAAUGUUUCUCCAAUGAAAAUAGGGACGUCCUAUGCCAUACCCUCCAACAUUUAUUUCUCCAAUGAAAUAGGGACAUCCUGUUCCAUACCCUCCAACAUUUCUCCAAUGAAAUAAGGACAUCCUAUUCCAUACCCUCCAAUGUUUCUCCAAUGAAAAUAGGGACACCCUAUUUCAUAUCCUUCGACAUUUCCCCAAUGAAAAUGGGGCCAUCCUGUUCCAUAUCCUCCAACAUUUAUCCAGUGAAAUAGGGACAUCCUGUUCCACACACCCCAACCUUUCUCCAAUAAAAAUAGGGACAUCCUAUUCCAUACCCUCCAAUGUUUCUCCAAUGAAAAUAGGGACACCCUAAUUCAUAUCCUCCAACAUUUCCCCAAUGAAAAUGGGGCCAUCCUAUUUUGUUCAGCCUCCUAGGCUCCCCAUGCCAGUGGUGGGCACAGCCAGAGAGAAAAAUGGGUGGAGCAGCAAAUGCAAGUCUUACCUUGGUGUGAUUGGCUACAUUCUUAAGCAUGUGAACAUUCAGAGGCAUCUAUAUCCAGAUACCCCAUACCCACAUCAGGCAAGCAGGAGGCAUUAGUCUAGUUCAGGCAUGUCCAAAGUCCAUUUCAGGGGCCUAAUGCGGCCCGCCGGUCAGUUUAAUCAGCCCCGUGGCAGUUUAUUUCCUGGGGUAAAAUCCUAAAACAACAACAACAACAAAUCCGCCCCCCCAAAAAAAUUCAACAACUUUGGUUGGCCCUUUGGCCAGCCCUCACGGCCCUUCACUUCAUCAAAUCUGGCCCUCUUUGAAAAAAGUUUGGACACCACUGGUCUAGUUCAAGGACUCAUUCCAGCCAGUGAAAAGCACUCAAGGAGGACUCAAAGCAGACCUGGUGAGGGUUGUGACCUGAUGAAAACCCUGGCAGUCAGACAUCCCAGCCUUUGCUCACAGCGAAUUGCCCCUUACAGCAGAGUCAAGUUUGUUUUUUAACCCACCUGUUGGAAAUGUAUGCAUGUAACCACAUUUCCCUUGCUGCUCAGUUAAUUCAGAUGUUCUCGUAAUGAAACAAAGAGCAACUUAAUGGCUUUAUAGGAGUCCUUAAAUGGCUCCUAAGAGGACAGCCUUUGUCGUACAAAGGGGAAACACAGGGGAAACACAGUUGGCCAGAGUUCUGCUGCUGGGAGUUGCAGGGAGAUUAAGAACUUCUGUAAAGAACUGCUGGCAUGCCAACAGCGUACAAAUGGACUACUUAACGCAGGAGCAAGUACUACCAAAGCAGAUUCAGCAUUGGUUAAUCUUCUUCCUUUUUUAAAAAGCAUUUGAAACAGGCCACAGCCUCUUGCAUUCCCCCAAAGCUUUGGGCUCUGACUUCCAGAGCUGAAAGUCUUGUGACUGGCUCUGAGGGAAGCAAAAAUGAGUAUGAAUGAAUGAACAGAUAGAUGUUGAAUUGAACAAAGAGCCCAUGACUGGUCAACGAGAGGGAGGCACCUUUGGGCAGAGUGCCUUUGACCUUAACAAAGAGGCACUGGGGUUUGAAAUAACCUCACAAAUAACCCUCCAAAUUGCUUGAUGACUUUCGCCUUUAUCAGAAUGUACUCUUAGUAGCACAUUAAGCCAAUUUACGUUAAAUCAGACCACUGGUUUAUCUAGUCCAAAAUGGUUGAGUAUCUACUCCAAGGGGUAGCCAACAUGGUGUCUUCCAUGUGUGGUUGGAUUCCAGCUCCCAUCAUCCCUGACCAUUGACCAAGCAGGCUAGGCAGUGGUGGCCAGUUCCCUUUUAGGACUGGUACAGUAGCCAACAGAAGGUCAAGGCAACCACAGGCAGAGCUCAUACAUUCGUGUCUCCAUCCUGAUCUCUGCUGAGUUCUCCAAGGGACACACUGAGAUGGAGGAGGAGGAGGCUGAUGGCCAGGGCCAGUUGUAAGUAAGAAGGCAGGAGGACUUGGAGGAAUCAAGUCCAAGGUUGUUGGGGCCAUGCCCCAUCUGCCUUAAUGGGCCAGCUUUCACUGCAGUCAGGGUUAAUGGGAGUCCAGCAACCUCUAGAGGGCAACACACCAGCUCCCAAGAGUCUCCCUCGUCCAGCAGCAUCUAUCUAAUGUGGAGUAGGGCUUUCUAGCACUAGUAUUUAAAGUUAACAUGUACUAUUCAGGUCCACCCCCCAACCCCAGACGGUGGAGUGUUAGAGGCAUAUGUGGAUAUUAUGGGUUUUCAAUGAGAAUUCUGUAAGUAGAGCUGUCAGUGGGGAUGGAAGGAGCUGUAAAUUUUGCUUCUCUCAGGUUCUCAUUUUCUCAGUCUCAAAUGCAGUUCUCCACAUUUCUGCAGCAAUUUAAAAAAAAAUCUCAUGGAAAUCUACCUGCAUUUUAGUGUGAAUUUAUCCUGAUAAACACUUUUUUGUGUGUACAGUGGUACCUCGGGUUACAUACGCUUCAGGUUACAGAUGGUUCAGGUUACAGACUCCGCUAACCCAGAAAUAGUACCUCGGGUUAAGAACUUUGCUUCAGGAUGAGAACAGAAAUCAUGCUCCAGUAGCACAGCAGCAGCAGGAGGCCCCAUUAGCUAAAGUGGCGCUUCAGGUUAAGAACAGUUUCAGGUUAAGAACGGACCUCCGGAACGAAUUAAGUACUUAACCUGAGGUACCACUGUAUGCAGUUUUGACUAAUGUGUACAUAUUUCCCUUCAAUAUAAGGCACUUAUGCAUGUCAUUUCCACUAAGAUAUCCAUUGUUAUACAUGCUUUCCUCUAGUACAGUGGUACCUCGGGUUACAUACGCUUCAGGUUACAUACGCUUCAGGUUACACACUCCGCUAACCCAGAAAUAGUGCUUCAGGUUAAGAACUUUGCUUCAGGAUAAGAACAGAAAUCGGGCUCUGGUGGUGCGGCGGCAGCAGCAGCAGGCCCCAUUAGCUAAAGUGGUGCUUCAGGUGAAGAACAGUUUCAGGUUAAGAAAGGACUUCCGGAACGAAUUAAGUACUUAACCUGAGGUACCACUGUAUAUACAUUUUUGCAAACAUUGUUUGGGCAACUGAAUGGCAAAAUUCACAUAGGUGUGAAUUUUGGAUGGCUGUGUUUUGGUUUGUGAAAAUGUUUUGGAAAAUGUGAAGUUGAUAGAUUCACCAUUGGGUUAAAUUUCUCCCUCACCCCUGGCUGUCAAUGUGGGUUGCCCUGAAUCCAGAUCUCAUAAAACUCAUCGAAAGACUGUUGAAAGCCUGGAAUAUUCAGGUGAUGUGACAGUGGGAGCAAAGGUGUCUCAAGUAGGUGUAAUGAAGGGUAGAGAUGACUCAUUCUUUUCCCUUCUCACUAGACAGGGAAGGGGCAGAACCAGAUGUGUGUACAAGCAGAAAUCAAAGGGAAAAAGCCAGCAGUUUUGAGAGGAAUGGCAGAGACAUAGAUACAGCUGAGUUCCCUUCUGCAGGAACCCUCUGGUGCUGUUAACCUAAAUAUAAGAUGGGAAAACAGUACAUGUUGCUCAAGCUGUAUAUAUGUUUAAAUAAACUAUGUCUCACAACAUAUCAGCCAGGUUGCUGGAUCAGGCCAAAGGCCCAUCUAGUCCAGCAUCCUAUUCCCACAGUGGCCAAUCUAUAGGCACCAACUCUAUAGGGCUGAGGUGUCUUCAGCCCCCUCAAUGUCAAAAUGCUGAUGAAUUUUCACAAGGCCUUUUUUAAAAAAUUGCAAACUGGUGUAAAAAAUGUGAAAAGCUGAAUUUAAGAUUGGAAAAAAGAGAAUCCGAGAGAAACUGGAAAAAACAACAACAACAGAUUCCCCGUGCUCCCAGCAUCCCUAUUUGUGGUAGAGGCAUACAGAUGUGUGCAAGUUCAGCCCUUUGCAAACGGUAGCUCAGAACAUCAUACAGAGGCUGAGCAGUUUCCUCCUCCCUCCCCCUUUUCACUGCCUCCUCCUGUCUCACACCUUGUCAAAGUAGGAGAAAGUGGAUCCAAAACGCAGGUGGCAGGUGGCAGACUCCAUCCAUUUACAUGCAAGACGUGAGUGCUGUCACUAGCUGAGCAGAGGCGGGGGUGGUGUAGGAGCGGGACUGAGGAAUUGUUCUGUAAGUGAUGGAGGAGCGCUCUGCACGGAAAUGGGCUCGGUUCAUUUAUUGAAACCACUCCAACAUCCUGGCAGAGGUGUGAGAGAUGGACACGACCCGGAGAGUCACUUAGAAAUCUGGCGCUGUGCCAAGGAGGAGGGAGCUCCCCAGUCAUAGCCUGCUUUUGCGUACUGGGCAAACUGCAAACAGCCAUAAUCUAGACUGCUAUACUGGGAUGCGGGCAGAGGUGGGCAGCACUUGCCUGCAAACGUUUUGGGCUUCCAUCAGUGUUGCCCAGGGGUAGGACCUGGAUCUGACUGGUGGGUCAAAUUGUUAUCCUCUACACACCUCAGGGGUCAAGCUGCCCAUCUACCAGUUGUCUGACAUCACAGUGAUAUCAAGUGCCCACAAUGAUGUCAAGUGCCUUGCAGAAUGCUUUGCAAAGAGCUUUACAACACCUGGCACUCCGGCAGUCAGCCGGUCGCUGGGCCCUGCAAAGCCCCUUGCAACAUGUUCCAUGAGACCCAACUAUCAUCUGAAGCGCUUUGCAAGGGACUUGGCAAGACCCAAUGAUCAGCCGAAUCCCUCUUCACGGGGCAGCAGUGCCUGCAACUCCACCUUUGAUGGAACCAGACCUUUACCUGCCCCACAUCUGAUCUCAUGGACUGGCUGGAUGUAGAGGAGUGGUUGGAGGCACCAGCUGGGGAACCCCUAAGGGAACCCCAUUGGGAAGAAGGCUCAGAGCCAGGGGAUUGGUAGUGGGAUUACGAUGCAUGGUCAGAGAGAGAAGAGGGAGCAGACUGGAAGGAGGAGGUGUCGGACAUUGAAGAGGCAACAGGGUUCAGUGAGCAGGAAGAGGCUGUGGCAGAGAGCAGUUCAGAAUCAGAGGCAGGAGAGGAGGGGAGGCAGGAGACAGAGGUGAGACAGGCUGCUGAAAAGCCAGGGAGUCCCCCGCUCCUGCUGAAACCAGCUUCCCUCCUCCCUGGUCUUCUACAACACAGAGACGAAUGAAGAGAGUAGAGCAAUGAGAGACAACAGGGCUUUAGGCUGCUGGGGAAGGAACCUGGGGAGGAGCCUUAGAGAGCAGUGGGAAGAUGGGGACCUUCAGUCCUUGCAGCUGCCUCAUUGGGCAAGACCUACUGGGAAGGGUUGCUGUGACCUCUAGACCUGAGCUGUUUUUGUUUCUUUGAAUAAAGAGUUAACUUUACAGACAUCAGAUGCUUUACUGUUUUACUGCUGACCUAUGCCUGAUUCCAGCUCCUGACACCUGAUGUCAUAGUUGCUUGGCUGAAUUGUCCUCCUGGGCCAGAGGUUCCCCACCCCUGAUGUUCCCCAACCCAUUGGUUUUGCCAGGCAUGUCUGCAGUUGAGAAGCCAUCUGCUUCUCAAUGACAUCUAAGGGAGAUGUCAUUGUGGCACACUGACUGGCCAUUUAAGAUUUUGCUUCUAGUUCCUGGUGUUGGAACUGGCAUGCAAACCCAGCAUAUUUUGUUUGGGGGUAUAGUCUGAAGAGGGCAUAUGAUGCAGUGACCUUGCUGAAGAUAGGCAGGUCUAGAACCUCUGCCCAAAUAAAGUGGUAAAAGUUGGGAUUAUGGGAUAGGGCAGAUCGGAAAGAACCCAGAGAAACAAUGAUUUCCCCUGGGAAAUAACUCACAGAUCUUUUCUGAACUUCUCAGGUUUCAGAACAUGCUGCCUGUACAUAGUCUUGCCAUUCUCUCCUGGUCCCUUGCCAAAGGGCCUCACCAAAUAUCCCUUUGGUGCAACACCAGAUUUAUGGCACCAGAGCUAGAAGAAAUUUGAAUCCACCUGCAAAAGGUUGCUUCAACUCUGUCCCUCCACAUGUCCCUGUUCUGAUGAGCAGGAAAGGCUGAUCUCCUGCUUGAUUUAGAAUAGGAUCAGGAAUGGAGGAUAGAGAUGACACUUCUGUUUUUUUAGCAGGUCAACCAGGAACCAUUCCUCUAAGCAGCACAGCUGAAUAACCUUUUUCUCCAGCCUCUUGCCUCCGAGUGUGCUUAUAUUGCAGUCAGACCAAGGAUGAAGAUGAACUAUUGUAUAGCUUCAGAUAAUCAUAUAUUUGUAUCAAAGCCUGCAUCUGGGGCAUGAUGGGAAUGCAGCCAAGGGAUGGCUGUUUUCUGAUAUUUUCCAUAGCUUUUAUACCAGGCUAAAACCAAGAGAUAGAAAAGUUAUUGGGUGGAGACACUCAUAGCACACCUGGUAUUAUUUCUGUGCUUGAACAGGUGUACCUGCACUUGCUACCUGGAUCCUCCCAUGGACUUGGUCCUUCAGCAACAAGACAAAGAUUCCUUGCCGGCAACCAGUGAGUCCCUGGGAGAAAGCCAUACCUUCCCCACACUGCCCUACAGCCGUCUUUCUGCAGCCUCAAUCUCUGUAUCUCUCAAUGAUGAUGGGGAGACGGUUCUGACCCCUGAGGAGGUGGCCGAAUACCUAGAGCUCAGUGAGGAUGCAGAGCAUCAAAGGUAAGAGCAACACAGUCCACACAAUGUAGCGUCUCAAGGACAGUGUAGAUGGUGGCUCUGCUCCUAGUCCGUCGUUCUCUCCUCCUACCCUGACAUUAGCUGUUGCAAGAGACACAAGCAUCCCUCUGAAUACCCCAAAGAGGUAACUUAACAGCCCAGUCCUCAUCACACAUACUCAAAAGCUUGCUUUCACUGGGAUUUAUUUCCAAGUCUGCCAGUUGAUGACAGCACUCGUUGGCUCCUUCCCUUGACCUCAUUGUCCCUGACCAAUGCAGUGUAAUGUAAUGUAUUGACUAAGGUGUCAAUCCCCCCACAGGCAUGAUGAAUCCACUGACCUUUGGUAAGUCAUUGUCUCUUAAUUCUCGGUCCCUUCCUUCGGGCUGCUCUGCCAAGCUAUUGUGAACAUGAUGGAGUUGAUCUCCAGGAAGCACUGUGGAUUCUUAGAAAGAACUACAGUAUAGCCAUGUUGCAAGAGACUCCACUCCAUUUUUCCAUUUGGUUUUCCAUCUCCUGCUCCAAUAUCCUGUUAGUGUUCAGUGGCCUCCUCAUUGGGCUGUUUUCGAGAGACCCCAACCAAGACCCUCCUCUUCAAAAUACUUUUUGUGCUUCUGCAAACCUCAUGAUUCCUCUGAGUACUGACCCCUUUAUCCCUUGUGUGGGUGCUGCCAUUUUGGCUACCUAAGCAACGGCACUCACACCCUGAACAUUGGAAAUAGAGGGAAUAGAGGGAAUGGCGAGAACAUGGUAAGCAUGUUAUGAGGAACAUUGUUUCAUAUUACAAUCUUGUGGUUUUCAAGAAGCUAAACUGGCCCUCAGAGUCUGAAUACUGGAAACAGAAGGAAAGCUACGUUAUUACUAUAUGUUAUUGCCUAGUGGUGCAAUUUUAAGGUUAAUAGUUCUUGUUUGUUGGUCCUCUGUGUGCUAAUAACUUUGAAAGGCUUAUUCUUUUACUUACAUUAGCUGUUUGAGCUGUUAAAGAGUUGACCUCUCUGCUCCACUUUGAAAUAGUAUGUCCAUAAUCAGAUUUCGGGAUGCAUAACUUGCCUGCUCUAAUGUCCAAUUAAGCCAGUUUUUCUGUUCUGGAUCAGAGCAAAGGUCAGUCUAAUUCAGCAGUUUGUCUCACACAGUGCUCAGCCAGAAGUCUUUGGGAAGGACGCAAACAGAGCACAAGGAUGAUGGCAAUGAUGGUGCAGUGGUUACUUUGGCUAUUGUUGGUUACAUGGAUUAACCAGCGUAAAUAGACCAGAAUGGGAGCUAAUGGUUCGGAGAUGGUCCCUGAUAGUUUGGGUAGCUCUGUUUUUGAAUGAGACACCCAGCAGAGCUCAGAGGAGGUGACACACCUGCAGCUAAGAGAAGAGGGUGGAUGUGUUAUGUAUGUAAGAAGCUGCAGUUCGCAGUUUUGCAGUUGAAAUGUGAAAGAGAAAGAGAUGAGAGCGUUACCCAGAGGCAGCUGAAAUGAGGGGUGCAAUCUUGAGGAGCUGGUCCAAUUGCUUGCUUGGGUAUCUUCUGCCUUGUAGCAGCACCUGCCGUUUGUCUCCACUUACAAUUUGUUUGCAGAUUUUAAGCAAGGCAAAAAUUAUACAGACACCUUAAGUCUCCAGUGAUCUAUCCAGGGCAAUGGUUCUCAAAGUGUGUGGCAUGCAACAUUGUUGUGGCAGGAGAGGAUGGCAAUUGUGAUGGGAAGGCUCACGGAAAUUCAAAGAAACAUUUGAACAUUUCAUUUUUUUUUAAUAAGAUAUUUAUUAAGAUUUUCAGAAUAUUACAAGACAAAAAAAAGAAAAAAGAAAAAAUACAAAGUAAAAAUAGUUAAAAACAAUUCCUUCCUUCCAUUACUUAUCCUUCAUUUGCUUAUUUCCAGGACCUCCUCACACCUCCCUUUUUUGUAUUCCAGUUCAGUUAUUAGUUCAACAAAUCCCUCCCCUCUUUAUGUAUCCUAAUCAUUAAUCAUAAAAUAUUGUAAUUUUAGAUUUUUACCUAUUAAUAAACCAUUUUUUCAUAUUCCCUUAUAACAUUUCAUAAUGUUUCUAUCCAACAUCUUAGUUUCUUAGUUUCUAUCCAACAUCAUUCUAACAUUCAUUAAUUUUGCAAUAUUUCUGUAGAUAGUCUUUAAACUUUUUCCAAUCUUCUUCCAUCGACUCUUCUCCCUGGUCUCGGAUUCUGCCAGUCAUUUCCGCCAAUUCCAUAUAGUCCAUCACCUUCAUCUGCCAUUCUUCCAAGGUGGGUAGAUCUUGUGUCUUCCAAUACUUUGCAAUGAGAAUUCUUGCUGCUGUUGUGGCAUACAUAAAAAAAGUUCUGUCCUUCUUUGGCACCAAUUGGCCGACUAUGCCUAGGAGAAAGGCCUCUGGUUUCUUCAAGAAGGUAUAUUUAAAUACCUUUUUCAAUUCAUUAUAUAUCAUCUCCCAGAAAGCCUUAAUCCUUGGGCAUGUCCACCAAAGGUGAAAGAAUGUACCUUCGUUUUCUUUACAUUUCCAACAUUUAUUAUCGGGCAAAUGGUAGAUUUUUGCAAGCUUGACUGGUGUCAUGUACCACCUGUAAAUCAUUUUCAUAAUAUUCUCUCUUAGGGCAUUACAUGCCGUAAAUUUCAUACCUGUGGUCCACAACUGUUCCCAGUCAGCAAACAUAAUAUUAUGUCCAAGAUCUUGUGCCCAUUUAAUCAUAGCAGAUUUCACCGUUUCAUCCUGAGUAUUCCAUUUCAACAGCAAGUUAUACAUUUUUGACAAAAUCUUAGUUUUGGGUUCUAACAGUUCUGUUUCCAAUUUUGAUUUUUCCACCUGGAAGCCAAUUUUCUUAUCCAAAUUAUAUGCCUCCAUUAUCUGAUAAUAAUGAAGCCAGUCUCGCACUUUGUCUUUUAAUUUCUCAAAACUCUGCAAUUUCAAUUUGUCUCCUUCUUGUUCCAAAAUUUCCCAAUAUUUCGGCCAUUUGGCCUCCAUAUUGAGCCUUUUCUGAGCCUUUGCUUCCAUCGGUGACAACCACCUUGGGGUUUUAUUUUCAAGUAGGUCCUUAUAUCUUAUCCAGACAUUUAACAAUGCUUUCCUGACAAUGUGGUUUUUAAAUGCUUUAUGUGCUUUAACCUUGUCAUACCACAAAUAUGCAUGCCACCCAAAAACAUUAUUAAAACCUUCUAAAUCCAAAAUGUCUGUGUUCUCAAGAAGCAGCCAUUCUUUCAACCAGCAGAAUGCUGCUGAUUCAUAAUAAAGUUUAAGGUCUGGCAGGGCAAAUCCACCUCUAUCCUUUGCAUCAGUUAAUAUUUUAAAUUUUAUUCUGGGCUUCUUGCCCUGCCAGACAAAUGUAGAAAUGUCUCUCUGCCACUUCUUGAAACAGUCCAUUUUGUCUAAGGUUUGCAGUGAUUGAAACAGAAAUAACAUUCUUGGCAAUACAUUCAUCUUUAUAACAGCAAUUCGACCUAACAAGGAAAGCUUCAAGUUUGACCAUAUCUCUAGAUCCUUUUUCACUUCUGACCAACAUUUCUCAUAAUUGUCUUUAAAUAGGUUUAAAUUCUUAGCGGUCAUAUUAACCCCCAAGUAUUUUACUUUCUUAACCAGUGUUAAACCUGUCUCCUUCUGAAACCUCUCUUUCUCAAUCGGUGUUAAAUUUUUCUCAAGCACCUUAGUUUUUAACUUGUUCAACUUAAAUCCUGCCACAUGACCAAAUUCCUGAAUCAAUUCUAAUACUCUUUUAGUACUAGAUUCUGGCUCCUGUAACGUCAAUACUAAAUCAUCUGCAAAAGCUUUCAAUUUGUACUGUUUAGCUCCGACCUGUAUACCUUUAAUCAGAUGGUCCCUUCUGAUCAUAUUUAGCAGAACCUCCAGGACCGAAAUAAAAACCAAUGGGGAAAUUGGGCAGCCUUGUCGUGUCCCUUUCUCUAUCUUGAAUUCCUCUGUCACCACAUUGUUAACUAUUAGUUUGGCCUUUUGUUCUGAGUAAAUUGCACUUAUACCAUUUUCAAACCCUUGACCAACCCCCAUCCCCUGAAGAUUUUUCUUCAUGAAACUCCAAGAAAUAUUAUCAAAGGCUUUCUCCGCAUCUACAAAAAUUAAAACAGCUUUAGUAUUAAUAUUCACUUGUAGCAUCUCCAAAAUGUUGAUUAUAUUCCUCGUAUUGUCAGACAAGUGUCUACCCGGGAGAAAGCCAGCUUGGUCUUUAUGUAUCUCCUCCACUAAUACUUUUUUUAACCUUUUAGCCAAAAUAUCUGCAAAAAUUUUAUAAUCCACAUUAAGCAGGGAUAUGGGGCGGUAGUUCUUAAGUUGUGUCUUUUCAGACUCAUUUUUCGGUAUUAGUGUAAUAUUAGUGUAAUAUAAGCUUCCUUCCACGACUCUGGCGCUUUUCCCCCCUCCAAAAUUUCGUUACAAACCAUUAUGUAGGCAGCUGGAGGAUCAUAAGUCAUUGCUGUCUAUGAUCGAAUUAAAAGAAAAACAGAUAAUCUAAGGAUCAGGGCUGUACCUGAACUUGAGAAAGACAACUUGAGUGACUUUCUUACGCAGGAAUUUACAGACUUUUGGGACCUAGACCCAGACAAUUUAGACUUCAAGAUAGUAAGUGCUUUCAGACUUGGAAGAGGGGGGAGAAAGAACAGGGUGAGAGACUGUUUGAUUACCCUCCGAUCAAGAGAGGAGAGAGACAGAAUAUUGAGCCUGCACUUCCAGAAGACCUUGGAAAUAAAGGAAUCAAGAGUGGAGAUAUUUAAAGAUAUCCCUAAACAUCUUUUGGAUCUUAGGUCCAACUACGGAGACUUGGUGGCCCUGCUAAGAGCAAACAGAACCAUUUUUAGGUGGGAAUUCCCUCAAGGCCUAUCUUUUACUUUUAAAGGGAAAAAGUUUAAAAUAAGAUCAGUGGAAGAUAAAGAAAAAUUUCUGAAAGAUCACGAAGAAGAUUUGCAAAAAGAAACUGAAAAAGAGCCAAGAGCUUUAAAACCAGGAACACAGGACAUAGUAUCACUACCUUUGGGAUUGGACAAGUUAGAGAAGGUGAUACCACCAACAGAACAAGAACAAUUACUUGGUGCAGUUGGAGGAAAAGUAAAAUAAAUACACCAUGUCCCUGCAACUAUUAAGUUGGAAUAUUCAUGGAUUUAAUUCCCCGGAGAAAAGGAAAAAAGUCUUUCAUUUAUUGAAAAGGAACAAUUGGACUUGAUUUGUUUGCAGGAAACACAUGUGAUAAGGCUCCAUAGGAAAGUAUUGAUUAAUAAAAGAUUGGGUAAAGAGUUUAUCUCAUCGGACAAGGUUAAAAGAGAGGAGUUGUAAUUUAUGCGAAAGAGAGCCUAUCACCGAAAUUUAUUUUUAAAGAUGACCAAGGAAGAUAUGUGGCAAUUAAAAUCCAAACACAAGGAGAAAAAUUUCUGAUAGUAGGAAUAUAUGCACCAAAUGAGGGGAAAUCUGAAUUUUUUAAGAAGUUGCAUGAGACAUUGUUAGACUAUAUGGAUUACAACAUUAUCAUGAUGGGAGAUAUGAAUGGAGUGGUAUCCACAAACAUGGACAAGUCGCAGAGACAGGUAGUUACCAAAGAUGGCAGACUGCCAAAAACCUCAUUUGAGAAGACUGACAAUAUGGAUUUGAGUGACAUGUGGAGAAGAAAGAAUCCCUUGGCUAGGGAGGGAACCUUCUUCUCUGAAGCCAAAAUGACAUGGACAAGAAUUGACCAAAUCUGGAUUACUAGAGGACUGGCACCUAAGACUCAAAAAGUGGAAAUUUGCCCUAAAACCUGCUCCGACCAUAAUGCUGUGAAAAUGGAGAUGAAAUUAACACCUACCGGCUUCUUUAGAUGGAGGAUGAAUGACACCUUGUUUAGAGAUCAAGAAGUUACCAAGAAGGCCCAAAAAACCUUGAGAGACUACUUUGAGAUAAAUAUGAACACUACCAUCGAAAAAAGAGUAAUCUGGAACGCAAGCAAAGCAGUUAUGAGAGGGUUUCUAAUUCAACAGAAUGCAAUAAAGAAGAGAACUCAAAAUGAGAAAAAAGAUAAAAUUUUGGAAAAAAUAAAAGAGGGGGAGAAGAAACUGAGAGUGAAACCAAAGUCACAAGAGAUUCUGAGAGAAAUAAAGUUAUACCAAGUUCAAUAUAUGAAGAUGAUGAAUCAGGAAAUAGAAUGGAAAUUUAAACAGAUGAAACAAAGGACAUUUGAAUCGGCUAAUAAAUGUGGAAAACUGUUAGCUUGGCAAAUGAAAAAAAGACAAAAACUUAACACCAUUACCAACUUGGAAGUGGAAGGAAAGAACAUCCAGAAUCCAGUGGAAAUUAGAAAAUGCUUCCAGAGGUACUUUAAACAGCUAUAUACACAAGGGCCACAGAAAGAGUGCGAUUUAGACAAAUUUUUAAAAAACAAAUGGACUUCAAAAAAUCUCCCAAGAAAAUAAGUUAAUGUUGAACUACAAAAUAACAGAACAGGAGGUGGAAGGUGCCAUUCAGAACAUGCAGUUGGGCAAAUCUCCAGGGCCAGAUGGCUUAACCUCAAAAUAUUAUAGGUCCUUGAAGGAUUGGAUAAUUCAACCAUUAAAGGAGGUUUGAAACAUUUGAACAUUUCAGUAUAUAUUGCAGAAUAUGGAUAGAUACCUUUUCAAAAUGAGAGCAAGAGCAUCAAGUGUAUGGGAAUGAUUUGCGUUCUUAUGUAGCUGCAUUGCUUUAUGCUUUCUUGAGGUCCCAUGAUCAGAUUAUAAAGUACUUCUGUUCUAUGUUAUUAAUCAAGCAUUGCUAGGAGUUGUUUAUUUUUGUUUUCCAGUGUAUUUCUUACAUGAAAAAGAAUUGGUGUGGCAUGAGCACACUUUUAUUCUGGAAGUGUGGCCCAGAGAAAAAAGUUUGAGAACUCCUCUAGGGCCCGAAAAUUUGAAAUCCUGAAUUUUUAGAGUGGCAAGGAGGGUAAAAAUGGAACCUGAAACCAGAGGGAUGAUUUUAGAAGAGCAGUAAAAUUGGAAGAAAAGUUCAGGGGUGGGUUUGCUGCUUUUCUUCUUUCUCUUCCUCUCUCCUCCUCCAUUCAAAGAAAGCACAGUGUCUCUGGAACCCCAAUUCAAACCACGGUGCUUGGAUUAUUGCACAAAUAUGUUGUCUUAGCUCUGUGUCCUGAUUUGUUUCAACCAGUUCUGUGUUGGUUUCUGUUCUGUCUUCUAGCCAAGCCUAAUAGCCCCAGGGAGGUGGCCCCCUGCACAUUCCCUGAAAACACGUAAAGGUGGUUCAUGUAUGCUACAUGUGCUUUUCUGCAAAGGAGAAAAUCUCAGUUCCACAAUGCACGGAUGUUCUUCUGACAUGGAAGAGACUUGUGCAUCUCUCUGCAUGGGAUGUGCACAAGUUCCUCUUUGGAACAGUAUCUGGAGGAGGUGGGGGAGUAAUUUGAAUAUCCAAUUCAUGGCAGAGCCUUAAAAAACUUUGCCAUAAACGACUUGGACAGAUAAAUGUUUUCUUAGGGCAAAAUCCAUUGCCUAUUUCACCCAUCCUUUGAUUAGGUAAAGGUAAAGGGACCCCUGACCAUUAGGUCCAGUCGUGACCGACUCUGGGGUUGCAGCGCUCAUCUCGCUUUAUUGGCCAAGGGAGCCGGCGUACAGCUUCCGGGUCAUGUGGCCAGCAUGACUAAGCCACUUCUGGCGAACCAGAGCAGCACACGGAAACGCCGUUUACCUCCCCACUGGAACGGUACCUAUUUAUCUACUUGCACUUUGACGUGUUUUCGAACUGCUAGGUUGGCAGGAGCAGGGACCGAGCAAUGGGAGCUCACCCCUUCGUGGGGAUUCGAACCGCCAACCUUCUGAUCGGCAAGUCCUAGGCUCUGUGGUUUAACCCACAGUGCCACCUGCGUCCCUGCGUCCUUUGAUUAUGGGAGACCAAAAACACAAAACUUUAUUUUUAUUUAUUGUUAUUCAUAUGAAGUAUUUUCAUAUGAAGUAUUUCAUUUUCAUACUUCAUUGAGUAUUUUUUUUAUCCCAGAGUGGGCAAGAAUGGAACAAAGCAAUAAGGUUAUACUGGAGUAGACAAAAAUACAAAAUCCUUAAAAAACUACAACAACAGGUCCAGGAAAUAACAGCAAAUCAAUAGUUCCACUAUAAGACAAGCCAAAUAAUUGAAGUUUGCAAUUUAACCAAAUACCUAGGUAUUCAGCAUUCACAGGAACUAACUUUGCCUGCCCACACUGGCUCCUGCACUUGGUACAACCCCCUAAGAAAUUCUCUCCCCAAGUUCUGCAGAAGUGGGCUGGCCCUGGGCAGGGUUACUACCCCAUUGCACUGCUUGGCACAACAUCCGGAUAUGAUGGAUGCACGAGCCGCUUGCGCUUCCUGAUUUGCUUUGAUGCCUUUGGUUCACAACGUGAAGGUCUGUGUCACGCAGCCCAGGCUGGCUCUGCUCUCCCCCUUGCCCCAGGGUGGGUUGAAGGACCUCCUGGGCAUGCGGCCCCUUUCCCCACCCUGGUCUUGUGGGAACUGCACUUAACAGGAAGCCUCCAGCCCCAUCCUUCUGCCAGCCGAAGCCUCGCUGGCUGCAAUUAGCUAAUGCGCUGUAACUGCUGCCUCUGCAGUUUGGGGACAGCUCUCCCCGCAAGACCGACUCCUUACACUUUUGUAAUUGGGGCUGGGACAUGGAGUUGCUGAUUUUACGGGAAGCUCAUUGAUCCCACUCAGAUAAUUACAGCUCCAUUUGGAGCCUAGGCGGGACAACUGCCUGCCAGCUUAAGACAUGUUUAACAAGCCUCAGCCGGUCUGGCUUGCCAGCUGCCUGGCCUUCCAGCUCCAAGCCACAUCUCCUCUUCAGGAGCGGGGAAUCGGGUAUACGAUCUGCUUCCCUGGUAUGACAGAGAGUCUAGUGUUGUUGUAGUGCAAAGUGUAAGAAGUUGCCUUAAAGGUAAAGGAUCCCUGACAGUUAAGUCCAAUCACGGACGACUCUGGGGUUGCGUCGCUCAUCUCGCUUUAUUGGCCGAGGGAGCCGGCGUACAGCGUCCGGGUCAUGUGGCCAGCAUGACUAAGCCGCUUCUGGCAAACCAGAGCAGCGCACGGAAACGCUGUUUACCUUCCCGCUGGAGCAGUACCUAUUUAUCUACUUGCACUUUGACGUGCUUUUGAACUGCUAGGUUGGCAGGAGCUGGGACUGAGCAACAGGAGCUCACCCCGUUGCGGGGAUUUGAACUGCGGACCUUCUGAUUGGCAAACCCUAGGCUCUGUGGUUUAGACCACAGCGCCACCCACAUCCCUAAGAAGUUGCCUUAAAGGUAAAGGGACCCCUGACCAUUAGGUCCAGUCAUGACCGACUCUGGGGUUGCGGCACUCUUCUCGCUUUAAUCGCUGAGGGAGCCGGCGUACAGCUUCCGGGUCAUGUGGCCAGCAUGACUAAGCCACUUCUGGUGAACCAGAGCAGUGCACAGAAAUGCCAUUUACCUUCCCGCUGGAGUGGUACCUAUUUAUCUACUUGUACUUUGACAUGCUUUUGAACUGCUAGGUUGGCAGGAGCUGGGACCGAGCAAUGGGAGCUCACCCCAUUGCGGGGAUUCGAACUGCCAAGCUUCUAUCGGCAAGCCCUAGGCUCAGUGGUUUAGACCACAGCGCCACCCACAUCCCUAAGAAGUUGCCUUAUACGUGGUCAAAUCUUUGGCCCCAUCUCCAGUGCCUGGCUCCUCUAACUGGGAGCACAUCUCCAGAGUCUUGCCCAGUCUGCUGUCUGAGUCUCUGAAGUAGGACGUUGAACCUGAGAUCAUCUAUGUGCACAGCAUAUUUUCUGCUGUUGAACUAUAACAGAGAAACUCAGGUCUGAAGCCCAAAUGAGGCUUUCCAGACCUCUCUAUCUGACCCACGGGACUCCCCCUCCCCCACAGGCCACCCCCCCUUUUCCUAGUCCUGCUCUGCCCCUUCCUGGGUAUUUUUGCUUGGUUGGAUAACACCACAACUGGAAGAAGUGGGAGGCACAAUGGAGAGAUGGAAACCUCUGCAACCCUAACAGUUGUUAAUCUCAGAGCCAAGCAACACAUUGACACUCAUUUAUCCCUUAUCUGAGCCCGUGAGCCUGGGCACUCCAGAACAUGCUCACGACUGAACAUCAGAAAUGAAAAUGCAGCAGUGACAACAACAAACAGGGAGUGAGAACAGAGGGAGGGGAGCCAGGGGAGAGGGCAGGGAAGGAAAGAAGGGGCUGCACUGUUUUAUCGCGAUAAUGUGAGAACCCUAAGGAAGGAAGGAAAACAGUGGGUGGAAGGGGGAAAGAGAAAUGGAGACGUUCCGUUCUCCCCAUGAUUCACAUUUUUUAGAAAAUGGGAUGUGUGGGAAUCAGCACAGCACUAGCUCAAGGCUUCCCUCCCUGGCUGACAUCUUGGUAAAAAAAAACCCUUGCCAUGGAAAUUAGCAUUCAGAAAUAAUCUCCCGUUGUUGCCAAUGAGACACUCCCCCUCUCCUCUAACGAAGCACCUGAUACAGUGGUACCUCGGGUUACAGAUGCUUCAGGUUACAGAUGCUUCAGGUUACAGACUCCGCUAACCCAGAAAUAGUACCUCAGGUUAAGAACUUUGCUUCAGAAUGAGAACAGAAAUUGCUCGGCGGUGGCAGCGGGAGGCCUCAUUAGCUAAAGUGGUACCUCAGGUUAAGAACAGUUUCAGGUUAAGACCGGACCUCCGGAAUGAAUUAAGUUCUUAACCCGAGGUACCACUGUACUUAUUUUGAGCAGGGAAACCUUCAAUACAAUUGCUAACUUGCAGUUAGGCUCUCUGCGUGAUAACUCCCCAAUCUUGAGGGGCUUUUUGUGCAGUUCAUUUCAGGGCUCCAAGAACUGGCGUAGGCAGGAUCAGCUGCCUUUGGUUCCCUCUACCCUAUCCUGCCGGUCCCCUUCAUUCUGAAGAGGAGCCCCAACCCAGCAUGCCUUAAUAUGUGGUGGAUUUCACAGAGCAAUUUGCCUCUCCCUCCUUUUCAUGCUAGGCUGCUGUCUCCGAGGCCUCUGGGCCUUAGGGCAGGAUGUGGCCUGACCACAGCUUUUGAUGCUAAGUCAGUUGCAUUCAGGGCUGACUGCAAAAUGUUUUCCAGCCCCUUGGGAAAGGCUCGGAAUGGCACGGUGGUUAUGGAGGGACAAGAAACCUGCAGUUACACACACAUACAUCUUUAUACAAGCCAUAUCUAAAGGGUUGAGCACCGUAGCCACAUGAAUGCUCCCCUGGAAUGUCACCAGGAUCCACCGGCAAGCUGGCAAUAAAACCCUCCAUCAACAGCUGACAAAUCCGCUUUCAGCUGGGAUUUUCUGAGAGGCAUUAGUAGAGCUGACGGUUGGCAGCUUUCAGGGCUGUGCAGUUGUGCCUUCAGGGCAGGACUUUGGGGCAGACGUCCAGGGCUCCACUCAGCGGAAUGAGCAGGGCAGUCCUUUAACAGCAGCCAAGACUGGCUUUCAAUGUUUUGAAGUGAGCAAAGUUGUUCACAUGACCACCCACACCGUAAAGGCCAAAAUGGUCUUGCAGGCCACAGGAGGUGUGCUUGUGGGCUUCAUGAAGAAGAAGAAGAAGAAGAAGAAGAAGAAGUAGUUUGGAUUUCAUUUCUCGCUUUAUCACUACCCGAAGGAGUCUCAUAGCGGCUAACAUUCUCCUUUCCUGUCCUCUCUCACAACAAACACUCUGUGAGGUGAGUGAGGCUGAGAGACUUCAGAGAAGUGUGACUAACCCAUGGUCACCCAGCAGCUGCAUGUGGAGGAGCGGGGAAUCGAACCCAGUUCACCAGAUUACGAGUCCACUGCUCUUAACCACUACACCACACCAAUAAGCCUGUGAGGAGGAGCUUCCCCCACCUAAAGAACCCUCCCCUCCCAAUAAGAUUAUUUAAGUGCAGAGUCUAAAAUUAUCUUAGUGCCCUGCUGGGGCUUGGUGUGUGUGUCAUAAUAAUAUAUACCCCACCCAUCUGGCCAGGCUUCCCCAGUCACUCUGGGCAGCUCCCAACAGAAUGUUAAAAACAUGAUAAAACAUCAAACAUUAAAAGCUUCCCUAAACAGGGCUGCCUUCAGAUGUCUUCUAAAAGUCAGAUAGUUGCUUAUUUCCUUGACCUCUGAUGGGAGGGUGUUCCACAGGGGAGGCACCACCACCAAGAAGGCCCUCUGCCUGGUUCCCUGUGACCUCACUUCUGGCAGUGAGGGAACCACCAGAAGGCCCUUGGAGCUGGACCUCACUGUCCGGGCUGAAUGAUGGGGGUGGAGACGCUCCUUCAGGUAUACUGGGCCGAGGCCAGUAACUUAAUUCACAGGUAAUGGAACUAACUUAAUUCACAGGUCAUGUGUACAGAAAGGCAUGGACCAGAACAAGCUAGCCAUGGAAAUGUAUUCUGUGUGGUGGGGGGCGGCAGACUGCUUUGCAAAAAUGUGCAUAUGAGGAGAAAUUGCUGAUGAAUUUUUAUGAGACUUAAAAAUAAAUAAAUCACAAACUGAUAUGGAAAUGUUGAGAACUGAACUUCAGAUUGGAACCAGCCAGAAACCAAAAACGACUGAUUUGCCCAUCCCAAAUGCAGAAGAAUUCGUCGCAAGGGUAAACAGGGCAACUGUGGAAUGUAAUAGACCGAGGAACAGAAAAGCUGAGCAAUGUGCCAGUGGUUGGGUUGGAGUUGACAGAAACAAGCCCGUGCCAGGAAUAGCACUCGCCUUCUUAAAGAGUUCUUUGCUGAGAUUUACCUUGUAAUUUAACUGGGACGAUGUAUCCCUAAAAUGAAGAGUCACAUGAACAAGUUGCUAAUUAAAUCAAAACCUCUGGAUUGCUGGUUUCCUUUUCUGGCAGUUUCAGCUGCGCCCCCCCCCCGAAUGCUCUUUAAAAGAUGAGCAGUAUCAUUCCACUUCAUCCCAAAUGCCAAAGAGAUCCUUGGCAGAGCUCCAGCAUGGGCAAUUUGCCUCUGUCAGGGAUUUUGUGCAGGUUUAGAAAAAAAUAAAAUAAAGGAAGGGCACUUAAGCGAAUAAUGCAGGCAGAUGGACACGGGUAACACUUGGAGAAUUCUGGAUGUUGCAGCAUUGCCAGAGCUUAAGAAGACCUCAGUUGGGUCAUUUCCUGGGUGGGAGGCUGCUGGCAGGACAGCAUGCCCCAUAGAAACAUGCCAGGGAAACGGUGACCAAAAUGAUAAGGGGUUGGAGCAUCCUGAAAGGGUUAGGAAGGGUCUGUUGAGCCAUGGGAGAUGUCUAUUUGGGGCUGCAACUGAUGGCGAGUGGUGGAGGGCAGAACCAGAACCAAAAGUGGCAGAGUUUGAAGCAUUGCGGGACUGUAUAGCUCCUCUCUCCGUUUUCCUCUCUCUUUCUCUCUGUACCACCCUCUUGCUGAAAUGAGGCUGAGACCUAAGGCCACAGUGGAUCGCCACCUCCCAGAGCCUAAAGCAUUUGGAGCGUGUUUUUUUAAGUCUGUAUCAGAGAUGGCUCAUAGCAUCCUUGAACCAUAGAGGUGGAGAGGUCCAGUCCAAGCUCCCUCAAGAGGCAGGCAGUCCAGUGCUAGAGCAUCCCCAACCAAUGACUAUCUGACCUCAGCUUGAAGUCCUCCAAGGAGGGUGACCACCAACCCUCUUAGAUGUCACCUUUUGCUUCUCUAUGUCUUCCAGUCUUCCAAUAUUUUCCCAGUCUUCAGUUUAGUUCUCUGCAUUUCCCGAUGCAAAUGCACCACUAUUUUGGGUGUGCAUUUCUGUAAUUUGGCAUGCUUGUUUGCAACUUUGCCAAAUAUGCAUUUUGUGCAAAGAUGUUUCCCCUAAUGAAGUGCAUUUUUGUGUUAUUUUAUUUAUUUAUUUAUUUAUUUAUUUAUUUAUUUAUUUAUUAUUAUUCAGUAUUCAAUAUUCACUGCCCUAUAUCCGGAGGUCUCAGGGCAGUUCAUAAACAAGACCACAACAUAUAAAAUCAAACCAAAAACAAUAACCCAUUUAAAAAAAAAAUCCCCAAAGAGCCACAUUCUAAAAGCGUGUUGGAUGCCAAUAAGAUCAAUCAAAGGCCUGGUUAAAAAGGAAUGUUUUUGCCUGGCGCCUAAACGUGUAUAAUGAAGGUGCCAGACAAACUUCCCUGGAGAGAACAUUCCAUAGACAGGGAGCCAUUUUCACCGACAUGUGACUUUUUAGGCUCAUGGUAUUUCAACGUAUGCAUUUUUAUAGACAUUACUUGACUGGAGGUCUGCACAGCAAAAUUCAGAGAAAUGUGAAUUUCAAAGGACUCUUGUGUCCCCGUUCUUGUCCUGUUUAAGAAAUGCUAAUGUGUAUUUAAUGCCACACAUCUACUGAUGUUACUGAACCAAUGUUGCUCAUUUCUCCUUGCUGGACAUGGCUUUAAUUGCCUACUUUUAUUGCCUUUCUCCUAAGGCAACAGAGCGACGGCGUUUCUGCUCCUCCGCGGGUCUUCUCCCCACCUCAUACCUAUGGCUACAUCUGUGGUCCGCUGGCCUCUGAGCUGCUAGAGAACAGUGCCGUGGACGACGAUGACGACCCCAACAUGGAGGAGGAAGGUGGCUGCCGUUCCACAAAGUUCUUCCGCAGUUUCUGCAGGACCCCUUCGUCCAGCCUGAGUGAGGACGACGCCUCGCUGGGGGGCUCCCUGCUCAACGGGUGGGGAUCUGUCUCGGAGGACAACGGCACCAGCACCCGCUGCAGCCUGGUCAGUUCCACCGACGGCUCCUUCCUUGUUGAUGCCAGUUUUGCCCAAGCUCUGGCCGUGGCGGUGGACAGCUUCUGCUUUGGGCUGGCCCAGAGGGACAUAGACAAGGCGUUGACAGGUAACAGCAUCCUUUCCUGGCGAAAAUGUUAAGAGCUGUAGAUUCGUAAUCUGGUGAACUGGGUUUGCGUCUCCGCUCCUCCACAUGCAGCUGCUGCGUGACCUUGGGCUACUCACACUUCUUUGAAAUCUCUCAGCCCCACACACCUCACAGAGUGUUUGUUGUAGGGGAGGAAGGGAAAGGAGAAUGUUAGCCGCUUUGAGACCCCUUCGGGUAGUGAUAAAGCGGGAUAUCAAAUCCAAACUCUUCUUCAUAGGGGAACAGUUAGGGCCAGAGGCUUGCAAGGGCGAUGUGGGGCUGUGCUUUGCUCCCUAAGCAUGGCAGAAACUUCCCGGACUUUGGGAAGGAGGCGCCAGGCUUUAAUAUUUUAAUACUCUAAUUUACCGGGAACAUUUAAUAGACUAGCCUGGUCCCCCUAGUCCACUGACCGCACACCACUGCUUCCCUUCCUUGUAGCAAAUAACUGGUGCCCUUCUGCUUAUUUAUUUAUUUGCUUGUUAUUUUCAGGCACCACCUUUCCAUAAAAAGGUGCCCAAUGUGUCCGGCACCAGCCGAGUCCAUCAACAAAAUAAAAAUAAAAAUGAAUUCACAAGCAGAUAAGCAAUACAGAGGAGAGCAGAUUUUAACAAAAUGGCAGCUUGUUAAAAAAAUAUAAUUAAGGCAGAUGGGGAGAGAAAUCUUUAUUGAAGAGUGGUCCAUUUUUAUUGCAUUUUGGAGUAAUAAGUAAGAUAGGAAUUAUUGGGAUCACUGUAAAACAGAAAGUGAGGUUAUGACAAGAUAGAAAUAGGUGUGAGUGUCUCUCAGAUCGAUCUAUCUAUCAUCUAUCUAUCAUCUAUCUAUAUCUAUCUAUCUAUCUAUCUAUCUAUCUAUCAUCUAUCAUCUAUCUAUCAUCCCACACGUGUGCACAGUCACACACACAGAGGGAGAAACUAUUUUUAACACUUGGUACAGCAUUUUAGACAAGUUAGCUCUGGAUCCUGGUAGGGUGCAGUUAAUCACUAAAAACAUAUAUUUAGUCCAAGGACUAAGAAAACAAAUUAAUUUUUUAUAGCAAAAUGUUUCAGCUUCCUCCUUCUCCAGCUGCUCUGAUGUGAAUAUAAAGCUAAAGCAAAAUAUGAGGGCUAGAGGCCAUAAAAUAUUUGGUGGAUAGCAUCCAUUUUAUGGAGUAUAAUUCCACUGAUUAUAUGUAUUCAGUUUUAUUUGAUUCUUUGUUUAUCUGUACAUAAAGAGAAUUGUGUGGUUUUGGUGGGGGGGGGGGACACACAGCAAAGGCUGCAAUCCUACACCUACCUUCCUGCAAGUAAAUCUCACUGAACUCAGCGGGAUUUACUUCUGAGUAGAUAUGCAUAGGCUUGUGCUGUAGUUUAGGGAUACAGAUUGAAACACAGAGCAAAACGAAUCUGUGGAGGAGGAAAAAUGCUUGUUGCUGCUGCUGUUUUUAAAAGGAUAUUAAUUGUGCCCCAUUAUGGGGAAAAGUUCUUGCCAACCUAGCAGUUCGAAAGCACGUCAAAGUGCAAGUAGAUAAAUAGGUACCGCUCCAGCGGGAAGGUAAACGGCGUUUCCAUGCGCUGCUCUGGUUCGCCAGAAGUGGCUUAGUCAUGCUGGCCACAUGACGAAAGCUGUACACUGGCUCCCUCGGCCAGUAAAGCGAGAUGAGCGCCGCAACCCCAGAGUCGGCCAUGACUGGACCUAAUGGUCAGGGGUCCUUUUACCUUUACCUUUAACCAACCUAGGGAGCCUCCUCCCCCUGGCUCUGCUCAGCCAGGUGACAGCCGACUCUACAAGUGUGUGUGAGCAGAUCCUUGCCCUCCUUAGAGACGCCCUCUGGGACAGUGGAGUUCAGUUGCACGCAGGGUGUGAUCCAGCCUCUCCGGUGCAGCCGACAGCCCCGUUGAUUUAUUCGGUAUCUGCUGCUCAGGUUGUGGGCCCUUCCAUUCAAUCUCUGUUCCUCAUAAUAAGGCAGACGGCCAGGGAAGUGCGGUUUGAUUUAUCGCGGCAGUAAUUCUCCCUUGCCGUUAGAACGAGGCUUUUGUUUCAAGUUCUUCUCCCCGUAUUGCAAACUUUGAGGGCCGUAAAUGACAAGAUUGAUGGAGCAAGCGAAAAAGAGGGGAGGCCUGGGAAGGCAGGAGGGGUAAAGAGCUUCCGGGCACAAAUAGGCUGAAAAUCCCUAAGCAACUGGCCAGGAGACAGCUCCCGUUCCCCUUCCCCUCAAAGGCAGAGGGAGGAUUGGUUUUGCUCCUUCCUAACAGAUGCCUUUGAAAUUCUUCCAGCCUUUGUCCCCACAAUCAUUCAGGCCUCCACUGUGAGGUCAGGUAAGGCUUAGUGUGCUUGACCUUGGACUCAGCUACACAGCAGCAAUUAAAAUGUUUUUAAUGUGUUGCAAAGUGCAAUAUGCAAAGGUGACAGUAGAUGGCGACAAUGAGCUAUGCAAAAUUCAAUGGAUUUUUCAAAACGCUUUGAUAUAAAGCAUUUUCACAGCAUUUUUUAAAAAAAUAUGUGUGUAGAUUUCACCCCAGACAAGCCUUUUGGGCAUCCCACCAGAUUUCUGCAUUUGGCAUCGCAGAACAAUCCAGUGAGACCCCAGCCACAGAUUCUGUGGAUUUAGGCUUGCAGGAUAUUGUGUAUGUAAGGUAGUGAUAUCAUCACCAUCAUCAUCAGUAACAUUUCUUACUCCUCCUUCUCCAUAAGAUCCCAGGACGGUAACACAAUAGUAUAAAAAUACAAAAUUAUGUAAAACCGAGAGGGCUUCUGUAAAUUUGCGGCUGUCCCUGGCAAAUAGGGACACUCGGAGAGUCUGCUCUUUGCUUCUGAGAUGCAUUCCCUCUUUUGCAUACAAAUGUAUGCAAAUGUAUGUAAAUAACUUUCUCUCUCUCUUUUUAAUUUGAUUUCUUUGUUUCUUAACUUUGUUACUUCUUUAUUUUUUUCUUUAUAAUUUUUCUAUUUUAUAUAUAUUUUUCCUUUUUUCCUUUUACCUGUUAAGAGAUAAUACAUAAUGUUUGUAUAGACAUGCAAAUCUUUUAAUCAAUAAAGAAUUGAUAGUUCAUUAAAAAAAAUUUAAAAUUUAAAAUUCAUAAAAAUUGAUAGUUCAUAAAAAAAAUUUAAAAUACGAAAUACAAAAUAAAAAGUUGAAAAUAAUCGCACCCAGUGCGCAUUUAAAGCUCAUGGCUUCCCCCAAAGAAAUCAGGGAACUGUGAUUUCCCCCCUCAGAGAGUUGCAAAUUCCCAGCACCCUUAACAAACUACUGGGAUUCUUUGGGAGAAGUUGUAUGCUUUAAAUGUGCACUGAAUAUGCUUUAAAUGUUCAGUGCAGAUCUGUCCAAAGAUAGGCUACAGAGGCGUGUCCACUAGCAGCUGGUGUGGUGGGAUGGUAGUGCUCACCUGAGCUUCCAACAGCUGAGUCUCUGAUGCUUACUGGGAGGGAGAAGGUCAGCAUGGGGGCAAAUGCCCCGGUGGAAACACUAAAUUAGCUCUCACAGCACUUUUGCACUGUGCUGACUACUGCCUUGCCUCUCCCCCUUUCCUCCCGGAUAAGCAGCAAUGACAGCUGUUGGGAGGUCAGGUGAGCAUUGCUGUCCACUGCUGGGAGUUCCUCUGGCUAUUGAGUGGUAGCCGGGUCCUUGUAAGUACAUGCAGUAGACGGGCAAAGAAGGAAAAAAAUAAGUGUGUGUUUGCGUGUGCAUGUCUGUGCGUGAAUGUUGGACGUUGAACUUGUUUUCAUUGUAAAAUGCACAUGCACAGCAAGUUGUAGCAAUAGAUUGUGGGCCCCAUCUGCCUAAAAGGUGUUAUGUACUGAAGUUCUCACCCUGGCCCAGCAGGGGGAUACUGUAGAUAGUUAUGCAAAUGAAGGAUCGAAAAUGAUGUUCAGUGAUUGGAUAGUUUUAGAAAGUUGCUACAGUAACGUGGUACUGGAGCUCUAUAUAAGCAGGCUGACUGAGCCCUUCAGUUCAGUUCAGUUCUGGCCUCUGAAUAAACAAGAGCUGUUUGAAGAAUCGCUGUGUCGUCUGAUAUGUUCACCCACAACUUAACAAAAGGCACCCAGAUAAUCCUAUCAGCGGCCCAUAGCUCAGAGUAAGGCCUUUGAGCAAGAGGCAGAGUUUGUUUUCACCCCUGCAAAAUUCAGCCAAAAUUUGCACCAGUGCAUAUAAAUCAGCAUAUGCAUGUUUUAUGCAGAAUUGUGUACCUGUGUCUUUGUAAUGCCCCUGAACAGCUUCAUGUCUGAGAGGGAAAGAAAGUUCUCUCUUUCUUCACAGCAGGUAUAAUUUUGUAAACUUCUAUCACACCCUUUGCCCCGACUUAGGCUGGAAUCCUAUAGCUGUUUACUUGGGAAUAAUUUCCAUAAGACUCAAAUAGAAUCGACUUCUGAGUAGAUAUACAUAGGAUUCCAUUGCUUGUCAUCUUUUUUCUUUUCUUUUUUAUCUUAGGAGCCACCCAAAAGCCUGUUUGUUUUAUCACUCAUUUGUUUAUACAAAUUAUAUACAGCUUAAUUUUAAAAAAGAAAUCUGUAAGUGAUUCUCAUGCGCCAGACCAUGGAUCAUUUUAAUUUCCCUUGUCCUGCUUAGACCUGCAUUCAUCAUAACACACAUACCCUACAAGGAAAAAAAAGCAAACUUCUAAACUGGAACAUAUUCAGCAAUCUUGCACAGGUUGCAAACCCUUGAAUGCUCCUAAACCACCUUGUCAAAGGCACAGUCAGAGGGAAUAAAAUGAUUUAUUGGCCCACCAUUUCAUCACAUAUUUGUAGGUGCAAAAGAGGGGAUUGGAAAUUGCAUUAGGGAUUCCAAGAGAAUGUGGAGAGUUAUUCCCAAUUUUAUUAAUGCAAAACCCUGAAAUGUGGUGUUGUUGCUUUUGCCUGUAGCAUUAACACACACACACCACUUUUCUGUAACACCUCUGGUGUUUUCCCUUCUCUGCACUCCCAACAAACUGCUGUGGGCUUGUCUGAGCGAUACUAAGGAACGGGGCAACUGAAUCUGGUUGCUAUCAUGUCAUUAUUUUUGCAGUUCAACGGGAUCCCCUGGAGGUGGUUCUGGACAUAGGGCAGGGAAAGAGCGUCUGCUUUGCAUGUAGGCUGUCCCAGAUUAAAUAAUAAUGAUAAUGAUAAUGAGAUAAUGAUAAUGAGAUAAUGAUAAUGAUAAUGAUAACGAUAAUAAUAAUAAUAAUAAUAAUAAUAAUAAUAAUAAUAAUAAUAAUAAUUUAUUAUUUAUACCCCGCCCAUCUGGCUGAGUUUCCCCAGCCACUCUGGGAGGCUUCCAAUCGAGUGUUAAAAACAAUACAGCAUCAACCAUUAAAAACUUCCCUAAACAGGGCUGCCUUCAGAUGUCUUUUAAAGAGAAGAUAGCUGCUUAUUUCCUUCACAUCUGAAGGGAGGGUGUUCCACAGGGCGGGUGCCACUACCGAGAAGGCCCUCUAGCAUUUCGCUGGCAUUUCCAGGUACGACUGGGUGAGAGCCCUGCAUGACAUCCUGGACAGACACUGUAUAAGUGCUGCAAUGAAUCAGAAGGUGGUGGACUCUCCUUCAUUGGAGGUUUCCAAAGGCCAUCUGCCAGGGAUUCUAUAGCAAAGGGGUUGUCCUUAGUUGACCCCUGGAGGUCCCUUCCUGCUCUGUGACUGUGGUUGGUCUUUAGAUGAAAUCCCUGCUUCCCCUGAGUGGGUGGUGACCUGCCUGCUCUUCUCCCUUGCAGACAUUUUGCCUUCAGCACCCCCUCUCCAUGGACUCCUGCAACCACACGUUUCCUUGGAGAGCUCAGAGGAAGCUGAGCAGAAGCCUCCCGGAUCGCAGCUCCUUCCUGCGUGGGAGUGGAGCACAGAUUGGGUGGAUGAGGAGGAAGCCAAGUAUCCGCAGAAGGCUGAGAACUGGAACGCUGUCCCGGAGUUGGGAAAGGGAAAGGUGACAACAGUAGCAGGAGAAACCCAGCCACUCACUUCUGUCUUGCAGGGGAUAAAGGGCAAGUGUUUUUUGUCUUUUAUUUAUUUAUUUGGGAAAGUAGCCUUGGAGGCUGCAAUCUUAAACAGAAAAGCAAAUGAGAGUAGAGAUGAACUCUUCCUCUUCCUUCUCUUUUUUUUAUAUACAUUUUUAUAGAAUUUUUAAAAUAUCAGUUCCAACAGUCAUACAACAUAACUUCUCCUCUUAUACAAUGUUUUUAGACUUCCAUCAACACCUCUGAUGAUUUUCUGUUCUUUAUCACUUAUUCUGCAUUUCUUAAUUUCUAUAUUACAUUUAAUUAUCCUUAACUAAUAGUUCUCUUCAUAGUCUUUCUUGCAAUAUUUCAAAUAAUCCACCUUACAAAACUUCUUGCAGUCCUACUAGCGUAAUCUGUACAUCACAAUUACUUUUCAAACAGUUCAUAUAUUUAUUCCAGUCUUCUAAGAAUCUCUCAUUCUGCAGGUUUCGAAUCCUUCCUGUUAAUUUAUCUAAUUCUGCAUAGUCCAUCAACUUCAUCCUCCAUUCUUCUUUCGUCAGCAGUUCUUCUUGCUUCCAUUUUUGUGCCAAUAGUAUUCUUGUUGCUGUCAUUGCAUAUAAAAACAACUUACAAUCCUGUCUAUUAAUAUCAUCUCCUACAAUGCCAAGUAAAAAUGCUUCUGGUUUCUUAAUAAAUGUAUAUUUCAACAUCUUUUUCAUCUCAUUAUAUAUCAUUUCCCAGAAGUUUUUCACUUUUUUACAUUCCCACCACAUAUGAUAAAAAGUGUUUUUUGUCAUGUUCUUAAUAACUGCAUAUGGAGCAGAUGUGGGGUCAAGGGGCAAAAGGGCCUGGUCUCUCUGCACUUUGAAGUUGCAUUCACUAGAUGCUGCUUGCAUGACAAGCUGCACCUCCCAAGGUGACCCUCUCGUACGCAGCUACCAAAGCAGGGGGAGACACCUCUGUCCUCCUGCAAGGGAUGUUUUCCAGAACACAUGCUUAGCCGCCUUACAGCUGAUAUCACAGGUGACUACAGGUGUGGGAUCACCUGUAGCUGGAUGCAGCUGGAUCAAAUAAAUUGCAGCAACACCUGCAGCCAAGCUGGUGCCCAACGUAAUGCUCUGCUUUCCUUUGGACCACAUCAGUGAGGCUGAGAGGGAGGUCUCAUCAUCUGGGCAGCCCAGGACCUCCAUACUCUCUGUGCAUGCUUGCUCCCCAGGGAGGUCACUUUGGUGUUGCUAAUGCAGCGGUUUGGCUUCAUCCCCUCCAUUGUCUCUCAAGACAGACAGAUGCCAACGACAACAAUGAAUUAGGGGGUGAUCCCUGCACUGUGGGCUAAACCACUGAGCCUCUUGGGCUUGCCGAUCAGAAGGUCAGCGGUUCGAAUCCCCACAAUGGGGUGAGCUCCCGUUGCUCAGUCCCAGCUCCUGCCAGCCUAGCAGUUCGAAAGCACACCAGUGCAAGUAGAUAAAUAGGUACCACUCUGGCGGGAAGGUAAAUGAUGUUUCCAUGCACUGCUCUGGCUUUGCCAGAAGCUGCUUAGUCAUGCUGGCCACAUGACCCGGAAAAACUGUCUGUGGAAGCGGACAAACGCUGGUUCCUUUGGCCUGUAAAGUGAGAUGAGCGCUGCAACCCCAGUGCCGUCUGCGACUGGACUUAACUGUCAGGGGUCCUUUACCUUUACCUUCACCCUGCAAAAAGCCAGCUUGAAAUCCCUAUGCACCAGCUGAUGCGUAGGGAGAUUAAUCCUCCUUGGUCACUAUCUUCCCCCCACCCACACAGGCCAAUUUUAACAGGUGGGUGGAUCAACCCACCUGUCAAUCACCUGACAUCGUUAUAACAUCAGAUGAGUGACAGGUGGGUUGUCCCCCACACCUCUCAACAUUGGCCUUUGGGAUGGCAGGAGAUAAAGAGCUGGCCAACUGGGCUAAAAUUGCUCCCCACGGCUGUACUAAAGCUACAGAUGUCCUUUCCCCUUUUGCAUCUGGCUAGCCUGGGAGCAGGCCCAGCAUCCAGAUGUGGCAUUGUUGGGCAGUUGCAGGGUCCCAGUAACCUACUCCCAUCAUCCCUGACCACUGGCUGUGCUGGUUGAAGCUGAUGGGAUUUGGAGGCUGACAACAUCUGGAGGGCAAAACCUGGAGGGCCCCCACCCAUGUCUCCACCCCAUCCUAGAGCGAUCUUACAUUGAGAGCAUGGUGGGAAAUGUAAAUGGUGGCUUCCCUCCCCCCCCCCCCAGCACUGAUUCAGAGCACUGCUGCUGCCACAGUUCAUAAAUUUUCUGUGUUCUGCUUGGUUGUGCCAGAGGCUUGACUUCAGACUGGGAAUUGUUCAUUUAAGGCGAUCCCAAUCCGUCAAGUCAAGCUGACAGGGUGGGGAGGUGGACUUUGCCCUCUGGACCUUCAGUAAUGUUAUUUGCACCCUAAAAGUCCUGACCUUCUGGAACUGAGCUGAUGGAAGUCAGGCGGCAAGAAAUUCAAGCUAAAUAGGGAGGGCAUUGUCAUGGGGACAAUAAACGGCAGGGGGAAAGAAUGGUUUUCCUGAUUUGCAGCGGCCUUGUCUGUACAUUGCAAACAGGACAUACGCAACUCUCUUGCCCAGGGUUGGCCAGCCUUUUGACACAAGAGAUUCCUUUGCACUUACGAGUUGGGUAGAUUAAACAGCCAGGAUAGGAGGGAGCUUUUCAACCCCUUGGUAACUUGGUAAAUCGCCACACCUGCCAAAAUGCCCUUGGCCUCCUCAGCUGCUCAAGAUACACAGACUUUGUUAAUUGCAAGAGGUCAGCCUGCCUGACCCAGAUCUGAGAUGCUGCUCUGUGGGCCAACAUGAGAGCAUCACACAUGGUGAUUUGGGCCAUUGCAACUCCUGUACUUCAGCAAAUUUGCUGCUUGUUUUGCAAAUUUUGCUGAAAGCCACCUGCUUUCGAAGGAAUAGGGUGACACCUCCGCCCCAUUCAACUGCCUAUGUGGCUUCUCUCUUUUUGGGUGGGUGUGUCUUAUAAAUUGCCGGCGGUGCGUUGAAUUGGGGCCAGUGUCUGCAGUCCAUGACUGCUCCAUGGUGGGGGCAGGGGUGCACAGAGAAGACCUAUUGAUUUCCAAUGCUCUGACUGACUGAUGGCCUCCCACACCUUUGCGCCUCAGCAAGCAAGGAAGAGAGAUUCAAUUAGUGAUAGAAGUAUCCCGUGCACCUUGCCCCCCCUGCCAUAUCCACUUUGGAUCAGAGCCUCACACAGGAAAAAGCCUCACUCCCCAAGAUAGCUCUGAGCAAUGCCUCUUGUGGAUCACAGCAAGCAUCCAUCAAAGGCAUUCAGGGGUCGGAAGGCAGGUGCAAAAAAAGAGCAGGCCAGGGCUGCUCCUGCGUCUUCAAGAGUUGUGUUGUAGAGGGAAGGCGGAUGAGGCUCAUAGCUCAGUCCUGAAGCACCUGCCUUGCAUGCCGAAGGUCCCAAAUUCAAUCCCUGGCAUCUCCAGGUAGGGCUGGGAGAGAGGCCUGCCUGAAACCAGCAAGAAUAGACAACAUUGAGCAAGAGAGGCCAAUUGGUCUGCCUCAAUCUAAGGCAGCUUCCUAUAUUCUUGUGAUAGGAAUCUGCUGUACCUUUAAUUAGCAUGGUCCAUUGGAAACUCCUCCUGCACCUUUAAUAAUUGAGCCAAAUAGGGGAGUUGAGCAGGUGACAAGCUACAUCUGCAGAAACUCCCUCUUCUGCUUAACUGGCAGAAGUCCUGUCCUUGUCUUUGUUUGUUUGUUUCCAGCAGGUCAUUGUAUUCAGAGUUCACUGAGCCCCUCUGGCGUCCUUGAAGGAGAAUAGUUGGAUCAUCAAUAGAGAGCACUUGUCAUAUUACAAACUAAGUCACAGACCGUGAUCUAUGUACUCUGGCAAGAAGGCCGAGUACUCUGCAGUGAUACGUACUUAUGACAGUGCGGGUGCUAUAUUGCUCUGCCUUUGUUUGUGGCAGUCUAUACCACCACAGGAGAUCAGCCACUCAUCAGAGGCAGCCGCUGAUUAAGGCCAGGUUGGACAACCUCUGGCUCUCCAGCAACAUCUGGAGGGACAAUGCCAGUGGUUUUCAACUAGUGUGCUGUGGCACCCUGGGGUGCUUUGAAUGAUGGACAGGGGUGCCAUGGGCAACACUGGCCUCUGUUCCUCUUUCCUUCCCUCUGAUGCCCUCUUGCGUCUCUGCCUCCCAAAGGCUUGCACAGCUGUUGCAGCAGCCCUGGUGAUAUGCUCUCCUGGAGAAUGAUGCUUCUGGGGCUGGCCAGGGGGUUCUGGUUGACAGGAGCUGAGGCAAGUGGGUGAGGGAGUCAAGCCAGCCAGUACAACAGCCCUUGCUGUUGGGAAUGGAAAGACUAGUGGGAGGUUGGGCAGGCAGGCAGGCAGGCAGGCACCAUGCUGGCCUUUCUUGUGCUUGCUGUGUGCAAGGCCUGCCUGGGAGCUGAGUGCCUGGUGUUGAAGGGGAGACUUUCCAACACGCAGGCCCGGCAGUGCCUGCUGCCGCCACUGCUGUCUCCCAAGGUAAGGUGCUGGCCUCACGUUUACCUUGGGUCAUUCUCCGUUGGGCCACUAAGGCUGGGGGCAUCCUCUUUCCAGGUCCCUGUGGGGCAGUGUGAGGAGGCAGCUCUCCUUGGGGCAGAGGGGACAGCUCAGAGACUGGGGGCAGCAGCAGCAACUGCCCAGAGGACUCCCAAGGAGAGGGAGAGGAGAUGAGGCUGAGGGAACACUCCACAAGGGGGGUGUUCGAAAAAGGGUGAGAGGCUGCCAGCUCUGCAGGAAGGGGUGACAUAACUGGGCUCCUGAGCCCCACAGGGGUGCCUCAGAAAGAAUGUAGUUGGUCAUGGGAGCUGUGGGCUCAAAAAGGUUGAAAACCUCUGGACCCAUGGGCCCUGGCAAGCACAUGCUUAAACAGAUGCUGACACAUGUUUGAGCUGCCCUCAUUAACUGCCAUUCUCUGGGCUGUCCUUAGCCCACUCCCUGCAAGCCUUCAGGCCCCACACUCACUGCCAAGAGGACCAGCUGAAAUAGUGUCCCCUUAGGUGCAGAAGCAGACAUUUUGCAUGGGGGAAGGAGUUCUGUUGAGGGGCCAUAGCUUGGUUGAAGAGCAUCUGCUCUUCAUGUAGAUGGUCCCAGUUCAAGCUCUGGCAUCUCCAGUUAGGACUGGAACAGAUCCCUCUAUGGAGUGCCCUGCCAGUCAGUGUAGACAAUAUGGUGCUAGGUGAACCAAUUCUGCCUAAGUCAGUUUCCUAAACUAAUAGGUCUCUUUCUGAGAUUCCUCAGAAAUUUGUUGGGGUUCACAGAAGACAGAGGAGGAAUGAAACAGAGACUUCUCAGUAGAAGUUGUUUGAAUAAAGAGCUGUUUCCAUGGAGUUAGCCCUUGAGUUGUCAACUUUUUCUGUUUUGCUGCUCCUGCUCCUAUGCUUUUAACAACUCAUGGGCCAUACCGCAGUUUAGAUUUUGGAAAGAAACUUCAUAAGUUGUUGUUAAAGGCAGAGGUGCAAGGCCCAUAAAAACAGGCAGUUCUAACCUUGCUUAUACCAGUCAAAAGGCAGCAAGCUCUUUAUUUGGACGUCUGCUUGUUGCACUGUUUGGAUAUUAUUAUUAAUUUGCUUCUUUUCAGGGAUGUGGGGGGGGGAGAGAGAGAUGGUUCUUCUAGGAUAUGCUGAGCAAAAGCCCUGCUGUAGGAAAAGUGCCUUUGUCUGCACCAGAGGGAGGCCUGCCGGGCACACGCUUUUGACCGGCUCCAGUAUGUGCACACAGGAUUUUCCCCUUGGUUGUCAAAGCAACGGCUUCUGGCUUUGCCCAAAUCUUCUGUGCCCCUGCCCUGGUGCGUCAGUAUUGCCUGGAACAAUAUCCUUUUUUGUGCUUGAGCUACAGCCCCUCCCUGCCCCUUCCCCAAAGGACAGUAAUAGCAACAGACUGUUUCUUUUCAGGUGCCUGCAAGUCUGACUCAAGCAGCUAUCCAGACAGAGAAGCUGGGGCCAUCAAGGCUCCUCUGACAGCUACCCAGGACUCUGGGUCAGGAUCCUUUGCCAUUCCCAAGAGAGGAGAGGAACCGGUUGUGGAGAAGCUCGCCACGCCAAACAAAGGGGGUCGCUGAGAAGCCCGGAGAGCACAUCUGAGUGUGGGGACAAAGGUGCAUGAAAGAGAUCAAGGCAGGCCCCUCUUGCACUUCCUUGGAAAGGGGUCUGUCAGGAUUAGAGAGGGAUGGGGGAGACGUUCAUUUCAGUUUGCACUGAGAGGAGGAUUGAUCAAAUUCACACUUUUCAAAAUGAUACACAGACCAUAACCCAAACAUCCUUUGAAAUCUGCCCUUGUCCCGAUUUUGCAAUGCACUUCUCCAAUCAAUGUUUACAAAAUAUGGCUAGAUUAUCGGAGAGGGUGCAUGAAAAGGAAUACAUUAGCAAAAAUAACAUACCCCCAAAAGAAUUAUAUUAGGGGAAAUUGCCUGCAAAAAAAAAAAAUGUACGUUAGUUAAAACUGCAUUUCAAAAAGUGUUUAUUAGGAGAAAUUCGCAUGCCGGUGAAUUUUCAUGAGGAAUUGCAAAUCGCUGGGAAAAUGUGGAGAACAGAAUUUAAGACUGGGAAAAAUGAGGAACUGAGGGAACAAAAAUUGACAGCUCCUUCAUUCCCUAGCUCUAAUCAGUAUCUCUUCUUGGCCAGUAGACUUUCACCAAUCUUGGCCUUUGUCAACAAACCCAAGCAUAUAUUUGUAAUCCCUUCUGGGAAGGAGAAUUUCCAUGGAAGUUCCUUGGAAGUCCUUGAGCCAGUUCUGCCUGCAUGCCGUGGACCUUUGCAAAAUUUCAGAAAGUCUCUUCUCAUUCUAGCAUCUCUCAGGGGGAGACAAACCCCUGUCUGAAACCCUGGACUGAUGACAGCACUGAGUUCGAGGGAUCAAUGGCCUGGUUCUGUGUAACCUCCUCUUCUCACCUCAACCAUAGCAUUGUUCAUAAUAUAUGUGGAAGAAGGAACCUGCCCGUAUCGUGUUCACAAUUUUUUUAGCUUUGAGACUAGUUUGGACUAUUGAGCAUCAUGCAGCCCUGUGCAAACUUAAGUGGGAGUAAGCCUCAUGGAACACAGCGAGACUUCCUUCUGAGUAAAAAUGCAUAGAAUUGGGAUGUCAGUGAGUCAGGCCUGGGAUUCACCUUCUCUCAUUUUAUCCUUGGUGUUCCAGUGUAUGUUUUUUUGGGGGGAUAGGGAAAAAGAUAUCAGUUUACAGUUUUUGAACCGGUCCUUCUAUAGCCUGCCAUGAUGAUCUGCAGUCCUGAGCAGAUGAUCUAGUGGUGCAAUUGCAUAAUUUUUGACUGUGUUCCUAACACCCCUCCCCUCUUUAGACAGCAAUAUAUAUUACUUAACUUCAAAAUGUGGUAAUCCAGCAUUUAGGAUUGAUGCAUUUAGGAGCCUUCCCGCUCCUGCAGCUGAAUGGCUCCCUAGACAUCUGCCCCAAAGUCCUGGCACCACUGAGCUGAACGUAUUUAGCUUUGCAACAGGAAAACCUUCACCUGCUGACUCUUGCAUAUUAAAUGGACUAUAAAGGGAGAGGAGCAAAGCCAGACCAGUGUUUUCUUCUUCUCCUUCUUCUCCUGGCCAUAUUGGCAACUCUUCAGAAGUCUGAUUAUCGCAGGAGCCUCUGAGGUGGAGAUCAGUGUCAGGAGAAUGAAGAAAAACCCUCUGGGUCUUUUCUUCAUUGGCUUCUCUCCCAGGAUCCAUCAGCCUCUGCCACCAUCUGGGUUGCUGACUUGCAAGGACAUUUCUACUGGGGAGAGGGGCACUUUUUCUAAUCUCCUACUUAACUAUUGAUUGCCAACCCUGUGGAUUUUUAAAGUUUGGACUGAGGUCCCCACCACCAUCGUUCCCAUGCAGCCUGCAGUGGUUUCUUAGAGAAAGAAAGAAAGAAAGAAAGAAAGAAAGAAAGAAAGAAAGAAAGAAAGAUUCUUCAAAGUGGAGAAAAUAGCAACUUGGUAAUCAUUUUCAACUUGGGUAGCCCUUCGUUGCUUUCUCUGUUUUUACCUUCUUGCAGGAGAACUGUUUACGUCGCUGCAAACACUUUCUUUCUUUCGCAUGUCUACUAAUUGUGCCUGAUGUGGCGCAGCUACUAACUUUUUCAUGUGUGUGUGUGUGGCCUUACUGUGUAAAUAAAUUGAAACAUUUCCAAAAGGUGCAAUCCAUUUCGUAGCAUCACAGUGUUUCAAAGAGGCCAUAAGUACGUGCCAGUUGUUUCUUUCUGUACACCCUUUACCUAAGAGGUAUUUACAACUGACCAGGUUGGGGGUGAGGGAAAGCAGGGGAGAAGCUGGUUCAGGUCAAGUCAUCCCCAGAGGAUGUGGGUGUCCAUUUCCCAGACCAUCCAACUGAUAGAAUUUAGCAAGGAGUGUACUUUAAGACAUGGUAGCUGCUCAAAGAGACCCAAAAGUUCCAUACAGGGGCUGGAAACCUCAGGUACAGGGCCAAAUGCAGCUCUCUGUCUGGUCCUUAGACUUCUCCCCAGGCCACACCUCUCCCC